AUGCAGCUCAGUCGAAUUUACCCUAAAGGAACGAGAGUAGAUUCAUCAAACUACAUGCCUCAGGUCUUCUGGAAUGCCGGUUGCCAAUUGGUGGCUCUUAACUUCCAAACAAUAGGUAAGUACCAUUUCAAUCACAUUUUAUUACUGUAUUUGUUCUGGGGACAAAUUGUACAGUAAAAAGAUAAAAGCAGGUAAAUGAUUGGUAGGUUUCGUAGGAACAAUGAUACCCAGUAGUAUUAAGUCUCUUCACAGGCAGAAGCACAUAUUUCAGCUGACUUUCUUUUUUGAUGCUAUUAAAAUUUGGGUAUUUGUUUGCUCUCCAGGAAAUUGAGGUGAAUUGAUCAGAUAAUUAAAUACCAAAGGUAGUGUUGCACUCAAAGAACCCAAUAAAGUCCUUCAGAAGUAUUCAAAGUCAAAUUCCAAAGGCUUCACAGGGUAGUGCAACUAGCAAGGGCUUCUAUUCAAGAUCAGGAGAACAAAAUGAUAUACAACGUUUCAAGGUCAAGUCUUUUACAUGAUUAAGACUUGACAAUGAAAUGUUGUAUAUAAUUUUGUUCUCUAAACCUGAAUUUAACCCAAAAUAGCCAAGUUAGUGGUUUCCUUUCAAUUCAGCUAUUUUGAGUAAACAUGUGCAAGUCUGAGCAAAUUUCAAAUCCGUGGUAACAUUGUUUACAGAUUAUUUCUUUACUUACAGAUUUCUCUAUGCAACUGAAUAUGGGGAUGUACGAAUACAAUGGCAAAUGUGGCUACAGACUCAAGCCAGAGUUUAUGAGGCGACCUGACAAGCACUUUGAUCCAUUCACUGAAACCACUGUAGAUGGAAUAGUUGCAAACACUCUUUCUGUAAAGGUAUAAGUAGCCAGUCAGACAAAGCCUGUUUUUUUUUAUAAAUGGGAAUAAUGGAAAUAAUUAUUUUUUGAUCAUAAAAAUAAUGUUAAGCUAGAAGUGCAGUUUAUUGAGUAGAUUGAGUUGAGUUUUGAUAUCGUGACACGGAAGGUCUGACAAUUUAUUGCCAACAAUCACAAGCAAAUGGUAUGUUCUACAACCAAAUCAACUCACUGUCCCACCUCAUUCCAGCCCCUUUAAUAAUUUCUGAGUUCACCUGCACCAGUGCACCAGUCCAAGCACAAAAGGGCUGCACCCAUACAAUUCUUGCCCUGAAUAUUUAUUCCCAUCACUUCUCUGCUGAAGGACUGUGCCAACAGACAGAUUUGUAAUCAGAAGAUUGGUGGCGUGAGGCUGCAGCCCUGAACCAGAUCCCCUUCCUAAUCCCCCUCCCCAUUAUGACUCGAGUAGACAUCUACUGUAAGAAAUUAUGACCCUCUUACAAGGAUAUUCUUUUAGGGAAUGUGUGACAAAUAGGACACAAACACAACUGUAUAAUAAAAUGUAUUGCUAAUAUUGGUUUAGGAUACUGUUACAGAUUUAAAAACACAUUAUAACCAAAACAGUCCAAAACCAAAAGAUACAUAAUAAAAGGGCAAUACUUAAACAUUUAGAUGAAGAUCUUCCCCUUGCGCCUUCAUGUUAGUAUCCUGUGCUUGCUGCACUGUCCUCUCCAAAAGAAACAAAGAAAGAAGUGAGGCUGUUGUUCUUUUAAAGAUUGAUUCUUGCUGUCAUUAACUACAAGUCCCAGAAUCCCUUUCCCUCCCAAAAAGUGGUUUAUCCAGUCACAUUUUUCCAGAGAGGUCUGUCUUUGCACAAGUCUUUCCCUUUGAUCUCUUCCCUCAAGCUUUACUGUAACGUUCUGAAAGAAGUGACCAGUUAGGGUUGGUUUCUGGGUAGAUUGGACAGGAUGGCUUGGGAAAACACACACUUCAAUGGUUACAUCUAGAUGUUCAUUACUCUGAUCUUCUGAUAACAUGCAUGGAAAACUGGUUGGCAGGAGAACUACUGGAGGGAUGGAAGCUUUUGUUUUAGCUGGGUGUUGUAAAAUGCAACUGAAAACGUUGAUCCUUAUCACACUGUUAUCAAGUAGAUGACCCCUCCCCCCCCCCCACUUUGUGAAACCAGUCACAUACACAGAAAGUUAUAUACAAUAUUGCAGUUUUGCAUAUCAAUUUCUUACACUACAAGCCUUGCCACAGUGGUUUGUAUACAUAUUGGGGGUGAGGCUGUAGGACAGCUAUUCUCCAAUAUGUAUACAUGCUCCUGUGGUUUCUGGAGGCCUUCUGUGAAGGUGUCCUGGGGAAGCUGUUUUUCAUGUAAUCACCAUCAAGCAACUAGCACAUUUUUGAAGCUAAGUGUGUGGUUUCCCUAUUACUAAUGGUGGAGCUGUCUUCUGUAUACAGUAGAAUCAACAGGGGGAAUAAUACUUAUGUGUAUAAUGAGCACAAAACCCUGCAAAAAAAAAAAGGUACAAAAAUAUACAAAAAUUUGAUAUUGAGCAUUAAGCAAAUGCAAGCGUUAACACAGAAAGUUUCAGUCUUUGUCAUUUAUAGUGAAAAUCACCCAUUUAAAGCACUAGACUAGAUACAUAUAGUGUGUAUGUUGUCUGAAGGUGAAAGAGUUGUUACUGGAUGGAAAAUGUUACAACCAAUGGAGAAUAGUUUUAUAAUAGUGUAUCAAGCUUGUUCUAUUAGAGCAGUGGUUUUGAACCUCUAUAUGCGAUCCUCUCUUAUACGAAGAAAAAUAAUUUUCAUCUGGCCCAAAACAAGUGCCAACAUACGUUUUGUUGUUUGUUUGUUUUUACUGUAAUAGCAUUACUCAUCGCCUUUUGGAGACCCAUAUGAUACUGGGAAGAUUUUAAUUAAGGUGUUUUGUGAAAUGGAGCUCAAUUUUAAUUAUAUUACACUUAAUGGGUCACAGACUUGUUUAUCCAAUUGAAGAAUGGGCUGCCAAGCUAGUGUCACGUAGAGAGCUUGGGUUCCUGAUAAAAAUGUAAAAAAAGAUUUAAGGACCAUUGUUUUAGCAGCUUCUGCAUUUAUUAAUAUAUUUUUUUUGUUUUCCUUCCAGAUCAUUUCAGGACAAUUCCUUUCAGAUAAAAAAGUUGGCACUUACGUUGAAGUGGACAUGUUUGGGUUACCUGUUGACACAAAGCGGAAAGCUUUCAAAACAAAAACUUCCCAAGGAAAUGCUGUUAAUCCCGUUUGGGAAGAAGAACCUAUUGUUUUUAAAAAGGUUAUAAGAUUUUCAUUUCGUACCAGCCUAUCCUUAAAUAUACUUAUCCCUAUUUACUAUGGCUUCUUUUUUUUCCUUAACCAGCUCUCACAGUUUUAUGUCUGACUUUUAUUAUUAUAUAAUUGUAGUUAUUUUGAUUGAGGUUGGUUAAUUAGUAAUAUAGGUUUCUACCGCUGCUUAUUAAGAAUGCUGCCCCGGAUUAUCUAGAUUAAAAGGGGUGCUGAGGUUUACCUGCAUGUAAUUCUGAAACCAACCACACUUUUAUAGCAUGUUAAGGCAGGAGAUCAUAUUAACGCAUUGAUUACAGUGACAGGAAUGCUGAACAGGUUUGUGUCUAGCAACACUUAACCAUAACUGUGGUGGAUAUAAUGUGACUUUGCACUCAUUAAUUUGUUAACAAUAUAAAUAGACACAUGUGAGUGUGCACAAAAACACGAAAAUCAACUAUUCGGUUAUGCAUUAUUAAAAUGGGUACUAUUUAUAUUUAUUAAAGGGUACUUUUUUUUUUUUGGUUAGAUUUAUGAAACGUUGCAAAGGGCCUUAUAGCUUCUAAGUAUAAUACGCACAAGCCGCUUACAUUAUGGAUCGUAAAGGUAGGCUGGCCGUGCAUGUCCCAAUGCUCUGGACGUUUAGAAGUGUCGGAGUGAUAUUACACAAAGCAGAUCAAGUAGUUGAAGGGACGCCUCUAUUUCUUAUUUAUUCCAGAUUUUAUUUAGAUUUAGUGGAGCCCUGGAUCCAAAUAAACAAGAGAACACUAUAUAACACAAGUCUGUAUUCCUAACGCUAUAAUGUUCAUAGAAACAUAGAAACAUAGAAACAUAGAGUGUGACGGCAGAUAAGAACCAUUCGGCCCAUCUAGUCUGCCCAAUUUUCUAAAAACUUUCAUUAGUCCCUAGCCUUAUCUUAUAGUUAGGAUAGCCUUAUGCCUAUCCCAUGCAUGCUUAAACUCCUUUACUGUGUUAACCUCUACCACUUCAGCUGGAAGGCUAUUCCAUGCAUCCACUACCCUCUCAGUAAAGUAAUACUUCCUGAUAUUAUUUUUAAACCUUUGUCCCUCUAAUUUAAGACUAUGUCCUCUUGUUGUGGUAGUUUUUCUUCUUUUAAAUAUAGUCUCCUCCUUUACUGUGUUGAUUCCCUUUAUAUAUUUAAAUGUUUCUAUCAUAUCCCCCCUGUCUCGUCUUUCCUCCAAGCUAAAAAAAGUAUAUGCUAAACUCAAUAAUUCCAUGCUAGAAACAAAGCAAGUAUAAUAAAUCAUAUACAGUGACCCACAUAUUAAAAUGAAACUGUACACAUAUUGUAAUAGGACAUAGCUUGCAAAAAGGUAUAAAUAUUAACUAACCCAAGCUUGAAUUUAAAUAUAUACUUCAAUCCUACGCUUAAAGGGACACUGUAAAAAGCAUAACCUACACAGCUCAGUGUAGGACUUAUGUUGCAAAGGAGUCUUUGACUGUGAGCCCUUAUGUUAUUGUCUAACACAGGGGUUCUCAACCCAGUCUUCAGGACCCCCUACCAGUCCAGGAUUUGGGGAUUACCUGGGUGUGUCUCAGGUGUUUUUUUCUUCUUUUUCUAAACACCUUAGACACACCCAGGUAAUCCCUAAACCCUGGACUGGUAGGGGGUCCUGAGGACUAACGUUGAGAACCCCUGGUCUAACAGUUUGACAAAAAGGUCUCUUCUGGCUCCAGAAAUCCUCCACUUUCACUGAAAUAAGCAAUUUCACUUCUCCGUAAUCCACACAAAUACAGUUUAUCCAAGUUUUAAUGGGAAUAAUAGUCUGCGAGCUGCAGACUAAGGCCACAAUCAUCCCUCAUUGUCUAUUAAUACCAUUCUAAUUAAGACAGGAUAUCUCUGUUUUAUGACAAGUUUCUCAAGAACAGUAAGACAGUCAAAAAAUAAUAAAAGACUCCUUGCACCAGAACAAUUACCACUACACAGAGCAAUGUGCUGCAGUGGUUAUCCUGCUAAAAGGUCUGCAUUCUGCUUUUAAGUAUAAUAUGUCUCACUCUGUGCUGUGACUGCAGGUUGUGCUGCCCUCUCUGGCCUGUCUCAGAAUAGCAGCAUAUGAAGAAGGAGGCAAAUUCAUUGGUCAUCGGAUAUUACCUGUGGCAGCAAUCCGGCCAGGUAGGACUGUGCAGAUAGAGGGAUUAUAUGCUUUCUACACAUUAUUCUUUUUCAAAAUACAUUGAAUUUUUUUUGUUUCAUGCUUGACAUGCUUGAGUAUUUUGAAAACAAACUUGCAAAAAACUAUUUGUUUAACCGCAUCCAUUAGAUUAAUGGGCAGAGUGAAGCUUAAGAUGAAACCUGCUAAAAAUCAAAAAGUCAAUUGUUGACUUUUUGUUAAUUUUACCGAAUUCACCCUUUUAUAAUAGACAUUAUUUUAUCUAACAUAUUUAAUACUUUAACCUGCAGAAAUGAAAUAUAAAUAUGUAAUAAUGAUGAAUUAAUGUAACAGUCUACAUCUGUAUUUGUCAGCAUGGGGCCAUAUUAUAAAUGUAUCAAAUUGGGGUGUCUUUCUGAGCUGUACCCCUUAGUCGUAACAGGGGACAUAUUCCUCUUCAAGGAAAGACAACUGUGUUUUUCUCAGAUUUCUUAGUUUAAAUAUCUGCAUUUUCUGUCCUAGUUUGACCACUGCAGCCAUGCAAUUCUUUGUUUCCCUGAUAAAUGUUAUUUAAGUAAAGCAUUCUGUAGGACAGAGAUACUUUUCUAAACUGCGUGUCCUUUAAGAUGUCACAGUAUGCAAAUGCAGUGGACAUGAGCCAUCACAGCUCUAGAACGUUAUAUCCUUUUAAAGGACCACGAUAGGCACCCAGACCACUUCAGCUUAAUGAAGUGGUCUGGGUGACGGGUCCAUCUAGGUUUAACCCUUUUUGCUGUAAACAUAGCAGUUUCAGAGAAACUGCUAUGUUUACCUAUGGGUUAAUCCAGCCUCUAGUGGCUGUCUCAUUGACAGCCGCUAGAGGCGCUUAUGCGCUUCUCACUGUGAUCUUCACAGUGAGAAGACGCCAGCAUCUGUAGGAAAGCAUUGAUAAUGCUUUCCUAUGGACUGGCUGAAUGCGUGCCCGGCUCUUGCCGCGCAUGUGCAUUCAGCCGAUGACGGCAAAAAGGAGGAGGAGAGUUCCCCGCAGCGAGGGAGCCAGACUGGGGAAAACAGGUAAGAUUUAACCCUCCCACCCCCUAGAGCCUGGCGGGAUGGGGGGCCCAGAGGUUGGGGGGGACCUAGAGACCCUAUAGUGUCAGGAAAAUUUGUAUGUUUUCCUGACACUAUAGUGGUCCUUUAAGCACCUUUCUAUUAAAUAUGACUUUUUGGAUUUCUCUCCUACACAUUUUAACUUUUCAUACUUUGCCUUAUUUUCUCAUAUCAGUAACUACCCUACAUAGAUAAGUCUUCAGCAAAGCUUCCUCUACGGCAGAUGUGUAUCUAUGGCUAUCUAAUGGACAACCAAGAUUCCAUCUAUUGCAUAGCAUAAUUUUGUGGUUUUUCAUCCUGAUUUAUGAACGUUUAACCAACUUAACUUUGGAAUACAGUUCUGCCCUCGCUAUCUUUUAUGUAAUAAGAGACAUGUUCCUUCUUAUUGGAUGUAGCUUCAUACAGAUCCAAGGUGGAACAAAGACACAUUAGUGAUAUCAAAACCUUGUGUGAGAUAACAGCUACAAUACUAAGCAGGAAAUGGUGCACAGAGUCUGUUCUGUAAGCCAUACACUAGGGAGAAUUGACAAAGACAAUUGUAGACCAAAAUAAAGCUGAACUAAAGAUCUUUUGCCAGUUUUGCUAUUCUAGCCAAAAUUCUCCAAUUUCUUGUAAUUUCUCUGCAAUUUCAAGUUUAGUCAACAAACCUCAACAUUGGCCCUCUAAACACCAUCUUAUCUUUGAUUUAAUAAUAUGUUCUUGUCCCUGUGUUAUAGGCUAUCACUAUAUUUGUCUAAGAAAUGAGAAGAACGUUCCUCUGACAUUGCCGGCAUUGUUUGUCUACAUAGAUGUGAAAGACUAUGUCCCUGACACAUUUGCAGGUACUUCGCAACAGCCAUUUUUUGGGAGAGGGGGGGAAUUGACGAGUAACUUCUUAUUUAGCUAAACAAUAUUUUACUAUAUUACCAAAAUAUAACUAACCUUUUAUAAUAUAUGAUUGUGAACAUUAACAUCUCAUACAUUUAUGGAUAUUAGUAUUUUUCAUACCCAACAAAUAUCAUCCUCACAGUUCUUACUGUAGACCUUUAGAUAGAAAAUAAUGUCAGGAAUGCAUGACUGUUUUGUGAUAGAUACAUUUAGCUAUCACAGUCACACUCUAUUUCAGGUACAAGGCAUUUCAACACAGUCACUGGAAAAAAAAAUUGUCUAAAAUUUCUCAUUUAAGCAGAUCAAUGAGUUGAACAUUAUGAUUUUACUGUAUAAUGUUUUAGGAAUCCCUUUUUGGCAACAGCUAUCCAUUUUAAACAAUUUUCACAUUGACAUUGACUGUCACUUCUUUUUAAGAAGGGUUAACAUUUUAAAUCAUUUCUAUUUGCAAUGAUAAACAUUAAAACAAGUGUAUUAAUGAAAGCAGUUUCAGAUUUUUUUUUUUUUUUUAUAUAUAAAAAUCCUUACAGAGACCUAUGUUGGUAUGCAAGAGUAUUACUUUAAUACUUUCCUGAUAUCAAAUUAAUAUUAUUUUUAUGGUUAUUCCUCUAUUUUUUUCUUCUUAUAUAGAUGUGAUUGAAGCUUUAUCCAAUCCAAUCAGAUAUGUGAAUUUGAUGGAACAGAGAUCGAGGCAGUUGGCUGCGCUAACCUUGGAAGAUGAAGAAGAACUGAAAAGAGAGGUAGCCAUUUUUAAAUAUUAACAAGAAUAAUGUUACACAUAUUAUACACAUGCAUUCAUGAAUAUGUUUAUAUAUAAAGAAAGUGGAUACAUCAUAGUUACUCAUGUGAAAACAAUGCCAUCAAAGUGUUAUGGAGAAAUUCAAAGGCCACUUGACCAAAGGUGAAUUCUCCAGAAUCACAAAUGUCUCAGGUAAGUAUUUUUAAAUAUUAGAUGAUUUGUUAUUUAUGUUUUUAAAGUUUUGUUCCACAGCCAAUAGAAUGCCAUAGAUUGACUGUUCUCUGCGAUGUCUGCUACUUUGGAAUAAAACACAUGCAUAGAUACACAUACCUACACCUACACACACCUACACACACACACACACACCUACACACACACCUACACACAUACACACACACACACACACACACACACACACCUACACACACAGCUAUGCACUCUUGUAGAGAGCUACAAAUAUACAUAGUCAGUCACAGUCAUGCUCUUAAAUAAAUACAUUUAUCUCUCCUCUGUCUGUAUUUUAUCUUUUUGCCAGUGGUGCGGAAGGAGUUAUAGCCAUCCCCAUGAGGGAGUUGAACAACACCUGCAAGUAAUGACCCAUACUUACAUAAAGGCACCCACUGUCUGAUCUGCUCUAAUUAAUAUAUCAAGUCCUAUAAUUAACCAACAGCUAUCUGACAUAUUUUGGUACUCCACAGAACUAGGGGGAACUGAAGAUACUGAUAACCCAUUCAUAAGAAAUUAGAUAAUGGGUUCGAGAAGCUGUCUUAAUUAUUCCUUUCUGUGCUACUUGACCAGUCUUAUGUUUGUAUUUUAGUUUGUCCUGGUGGUGGUUUUGUUACUUCUUUAACUUUGCAUUUUAUCUAUGUGUCAUUUGGACUCAACUUAAAACAUAGCAGCCAUAAGUGAGAUUAAUAAUUAAGUGUUCUUGCAUAGCAAGACCACUUAAUGUUAUCUCACAUAUAUAUUAUUCUUAUUCUUAUUAUAGCCAAAUUUACCACCCUAACUCCUCCCACAGUUUUUACACUACAUAGACAGUAAUAUAACGAAACGUGCGGAUUGGAUUGCUAUUACUUUGUGGAAUGUUUUGCCAAAUGGUUCACGAAAUAUCGUCGUUUUUGUGGCAAAAUUGAUCCCAUAGGAAUGUAUGGCAAAAUGUUCAAAACUAGAGUGGGAGCUGACAAAAGCUGAAAAAUCAGGACAUGAUUUCUAAACUGCCACCACUCCCUCAUUUUCAAGCCCACCUACACAAAUCUUAUAUCAAAACGUUCAGCUAUCCCUGCUGCCACUAAAAUGUCCACGGCAAAGCCACAGUCCUGAUAGUUUUCACAAUAUGACCAUUUGUUUGCAACUCCAUUGACAUUCAUUGAAACUCCAAUCUAGCCAGCUCAGACUUGAAGGGCAAUUUCUAAACUGCGACUGUGCCUUCAUUUUUAAUACUUCAGAGACAUACUAUGCAUCAAAAUGUAGGUUUGGGUCUUGUGAUUCUCACAAUAUAAAGCUCUCCACUGUAGGAUGUAUAGUUUUUAAAAUACGACCGUUUGAAGAUGGCAACCACCAAAAUACUCUGACCUGUGCCAAGCUGGAGCAUCAAGUGAUGUCAUAGACAGGGCCUUUUGUACACCUGCUAAUGUUUUUAUAAAUGUAUGUUUUAACCCCUUCAGGACGGGUGACGGACGAGGUCCGUCACAGAGGGGAGACCCUUAAUGACGAGUGACGGACCUUGCCUGUCACGCGGUAAAAUUAACCCCGGAUCGCCGCUAUCGCGGCGAUCGCGGGGUUAAUGGUGCUCCGGUCUGCCUCUCUAUUAGAGGCAGAUCGGGAGCACCCGGUCAGGCUGCCCAGCAUAUGUGCUCGCUCUCACCUUAUGUCAGAGCGAGCACAUGUGCUCUGUAUACUUACCUUCCGCCUCCCUGCACUUCCUGGUUCUGUGUGAAGGGCAGGGAGCCGGAACAGUGCUGAUCCUACCCCCUGCUGGAAAAAAAUAGUUAGUUUAAAGUCCCAACCCCCCUUUACCCAUUGUAAUAAAAAAGUAACCCCUUCCCUGCCAAUUGAUCACUGACUACAGUGAUCAAUUGGCAGGGAUUACAUUUUACUAUGAUCUGAUUUUUUUUUAACCCCUGAGGGUUAAUUCUUUUUUUUUUUUUGUAUCCCUCAGAGGUAAAAUUUAUUUAAUUAAUUAAUUAAAAUAUUUUAAAAUUAUAUAUUUAGCUAGCUGGGGUGGGUGGAAGUUAGUGAGGAAUCGGGGGAUUUGGCGUUAGGCUAAAUAGGGGUUAACGUUAAAAAAGUUUUAAAAUAAAAUUUAAAAAGUUAAAAAUUAAGCUUAAAAAAAAGUUGUAAUAACGUUAAAGUAAAAAAUAAAAAAAACACCCCCCUUUACCCAGUCCAAAUAAAAAUUAACCCCUUCCCUGCCAGUCGAUCACUGCCUACAGUGAUCAAAUACAGAUCACAGUAUUAUACUGUGAUCUAAUUUUUUUUAACCCCUGAGGAUUAACUUUUAUUUAUUUUUUAACCCUCAGGGGUUCAAUUUAUUUAAUUAAUUAAUUUAAAUAUUUUAUACCUAUAUAUUUUGCUAGCUGGGGUGGGUGGGAGUUAUGGGAAAAUGGGGAAUUUACUUUUAGUGCUGCUUACUGCUAGUUAGGGGUUAACGGUAAAAAAAAAAGCUUAGAAAAAUGUUAAAUCUGUAAAAAAAAGUUUUAGGAAAGUUUAAAAAAAAUUAAUACGCAAAACAAAAGUUUAAAAACUAGUUUUUUAAAAGUAAAAAAGUAAUAAAAAAAAGUAAAAGAAUACAUUUUAAAAACGCUCAUUACCACUACAAAUGGAACAAACUAGAGAAAAAAUUAUCCCAUGCCAAGGUUCAAAAUAUGCCUUUUGAAUUACCCCAGGGUGUAUUCUUUAAUAAAUAGUAUGUGUUUGUGGGAAAGUUUCAAUAACCAACCGUCUAAACUACUCCAAAUUAGAACAUGGACACAGCGUAAAACUUCAAAGUUAGAAAAAAACUGAAUGGCUGCGUCUCAAAUGCGCCCCUUCAACAUCCACAUAUACCUGACAAAGGUACAUACGGGGGUAUUGCUGUACUCAGAUGACAUAGCUGAGCAACAUAUGAAGUAUUAUACAGUCAUAGCACACAUAAGGUUUGCAAAAUAUACUGCGCAAACUCACUUUGUAUGUCAAAAAGGCAGAAAAAACGCUUAUUACCACUACAUCUGGUACAAGCUAGUGGAAAAAUGAUCUCACGCUAAGGUUCAAAAUAUACCUUUUGAAAUACCCUGGGGUGUCUACUUUAAAAAAUGGUAGGCCUUUGUGGGGUAGUUUGAAUUUAAAACCUGCGAAGAUGCUUGGAAAUUGCACAUAGGCCCAGUGUCAAAAUUCAAAGUUCGGUAAAACGGAUAUGACUUGGUCUCCUAUAUUGCACUGUAGCUUCACGAAAUAGUGCCAAAGACAUACAAUGGGGGUGUCCUUUUACUCAGAAGACUUAGCUGAGCAUAAUUUGGGGGGUCAGCAGAUGUAACUGAACACAAAAUAAAACUUUGUACAGGAAUAGCACACACCAACUUUACAAAAUAUACACGAGAAUUACUUUGUUAUAAGUUUGUGUGCCAAAAACCAAAAAAAACACAAUUUUACUCCAAUAUUUAGCAGAGGUUGGCGGUGAAAUGGCUACGUAGAAAGUGUCAAAACAACCCUAGUUAAAUAGUCUGUGAUGUCUACGUUAUAUAAAUAAAUACUUUUGUGUGGCAAUUUUGUUUUCGUUUAUGGCUAUUAAGCUUACAAGACAAACAUACCAAAUUCUAAAAUCGCUCCACAUUAAAGGUUUAGUUUACUCCUUGUGCUUUGUGACCUGUAACUACCAAAAAAAAACUUAAAAUCUCAGACACAUUAUAUAUUCUGUAAAUCAGAACAACUUAAUGAAUUUAUUUUUAAUUACUUUUCUUAACCUGCACUAAUUGUGCACACAUUAUUAUUGCAAUUUUCAUUUUUUUUUACAUUUUUCUGUAUUUUUUUAUAAUAAAUAAGCAUUUAUAUAUAUGUGUGUUACAUCAAAUUAAAGCCCUUUCUGUCCUUUAAAAAAACGAUGUAUAAUAUGUGUUGGUGCAACAAAUUAGUAAAAUGUAAAUUGCAGUUGAACGCAAACAGCAAAAAAUGAAAAAAAUGCUGUUGUCAUUAAGUGAAAGACAAGCUUUUGAAGCUCUGUCCUUAAGGGGUUAAUGUAACUGUCAAGCACUUUGGGCAACAACGUUGCAAUUAAAUGUGCUAUAUAAAUAAAUAAAAGUUGAAAUGCAUUUCUCACUCUAUCGAGCUUGCCAUGUGCACUUUUUAAAUUUGAUCAAUCAAUUGGUUAGUGUAAUGUUUACUAUCUUUACUCACUCCAAACACUCCACACAGUUACUCUGCCCACUCCAUAAAGUUACUCUGCCCAGUCCAACCUUUCCAUGGUUACUCCAGCAACUCCAACCACACAACAGUUACUCCAGCCACUCCACCCAGUUACUCCGCCCACUCCAGUUGUAGACUACUGGUGGAGGCAAGAAGAUUUUACACAAUUUCCCCAGAAAUUGUAGCUUUUCAAGUUUAUUUCUGAAACUGGACAUUUGCUAAGGUGAAGACCAGUGUAAGCACAUUCCAUGGGUGACCUGACCCCUUUUACAUCAUUGCACUACUUUUCAAAACAGUCACCCCCUGCUCUGCAGUUUCUCCCCCCUCAAUAAUACUGGUGGCUGAAGAUGCUGCUGAAAAGAUGAACAACUAAUCAUAUCUACAUUUUGAAGCAUUAUUUAAAAAACAAACAAAAAACACGUAUUCAAUGGAUAUAAAACCUUUAGACAUGCUCAGUCUGCUCUAACAAGGUUUCAGAUAUCAUGUAUAGACUUUGCCUUAGGCCAUCAAAUACUGGACAUCCUAAAAGAUAGACCCACAUAUAGCAUUGUCUUCUAGAGUUAUUGUUAUUUCUUACCAGCAUCAGAGAGUAGAGUCUGACCUAUUUAAAGUUAUGUUAUUUACUAAAUAUAUGUAAACAUAGUUUAUGGUUUUUAACAGGUCAAGACCUCUAAUGGGUGUGGGGUUAUGUGCAUGGAGAAAGCGGGUAGAGCCUGAGCCUGAGAUUAAAGUCAAAUUUCAAGGGUAAAGCUCCCACUGGUGAAUACCUCACUACUACAUCCACUAAUCUCAAACUUUUCAUUUAUUUUGCUUAUGCUUUGUUCAUAUAAUUCUCAAAUUACACAAUAGACACUUCACUUUUAGGGAGUAAAUUACACACACUCUAUGUCGAAGAAGAGUGUAGAGGCUUUGGGACACACAUCGUUGUACCCAACACCAAUAAAAAUAAUUAUUUGUUGUCUCAGUUACUAUGAAUAAACUGAGAAAGUGCCAAACAAUAAAGUAGGUAACAUAGCUGUCUAGGUUGAAAAAAAGACUAAAGGCCAUCAAGUUUAACCCGAGGCCCAUUCAUUUAUGCUUUUGAUCCAAAAGAAGGCAAAAAAAAAACAACAAUUGUAGCCUUUUCUAAUUAUUCCACAAAUAGAGGGAAAAUAAUCUUUCUUGACUUCUUAAUGGCAAUCAGAUUUCUCCUUGGAUCAACAACCUGUUAACAUACAUAUCUAUUAUAUCCUUGAAUAUUAUGUUUAUGCAAAAAAGAACCCAACCUUUUUUAAAUUAUGUAUUAAAUCUGAUAACACAACCUAUUUAGGCAGAGAAUUCCACAUAUUUAUUGUUCUUACUUUGAAGUACCCUUUCCUCUGCUGUAAGUGAAAACACCUUUCUUCCAGUCUCAAUGGGUGACCUCUGUUGUAAAGUUCUGCUAAUGAACAGGUUAGAAUAUAGUGGUUUAUCCUGACCUUGUAUAUAUUUGUAUAAUGAUAUCAUAUCCUCUCUGAUGUGCCAUUUUUUCUAAAGAAAACAAAUCCAGUUAUUCUAGUCUUUCCUUAUAACUAAUAUUUUCCAUCCCUCUUACUAGUUUUGUAGCUCAUCUCUGCACUUUUUGUAGUCCUGCCAUAUCCUUUUUUUUUAAAUUGGUGCCCAUAAUUACACCACAUAGUCAAGGUGGUGUCUUCCUAUAAAUUUGUAAGGAGUCAAAAUUAUAUUUGGAUCAUGUGAAUCAAAACCUCUUUUUAUACACAAAAACCGCUUACUAGCUUUUGCAAUGGCAGACCAGCUUUGCAUAUUGUUGUCUACUUUGUGAUUUAUAUUAUUGUUCCCAAGUCCUUUUCAUUUAAUGCUAUCCCUAACUCAACCCCAUUUAAGUUCCUUAUGCAAAAAUCAUGAUUGUGCAUUUAUCUGUAUUGAAUCUCAUCUGCCAAUUGCCUGCCCAGCCCCCUAAUUUAUAUAAAUCGUUCUAUAGAGAAGUUAUAUCAUGUUCAGACUUUCAGACUGUACUUUCUCACCUAGUUUUGGAUCAGCUGCAAACACAGGCAAAUUACUUUCAAAGCACCCUUCAAGAUCAUUUCUAAACAGAAGUUAAAUAUAUACAUAUAUAUACGAAGUUAAAGAAAGAAUGGGUGAAUCGGUGAAGAAGCAUUAAUUGUUUUACCAUUUAUGUUUUUAUACAAUAUUCUCUAUGAGUGUGAUAAAUAUUUUAUCAACAUAUCUACACAUUUUUUUACACAUGUUUUGUGUACAACUCUAAAAUAUCCAAUAUUCUUGUAUCUUAAUGGUUACUGCAUGCAUUUAACUUGCCAAACUAAAUCUAAAAUACAUUUUGUCUAAAUUAUAAAUCACAUAUUGCAGUCUGACCUACAUUUCUUAAAUUGCUAAUCUGUAUGGCCCAAGUGAAGUUAUCCCAGGGAAUAAAUAUGGUACUGCAUGAAAGAACUACUCUGAUCGCAUACUGUGAAUGAGGUCAUUAAGAUGGAUCGCACAUACCCUUCUGUCUCCAAAGAGCAAACUAUCUAGGACAUCAUCUGAUACUAUUUCAGUAGAAAAAAGCAUUAUUCAUCUUUGACCUUUCUGCGUUAAGAAAAAUAAAUACUUGUUGAAGAUGACGAGAGACAGCUUUGUAUAUAUUGUUUUCAAAAAAAAAUUCUUGUGCGUGAAACAAAAAAUAAUUUUGCUUUUAAAAUAUAUACGCAUACUCGGUAACCUAAAUAAGAAAAAUACUGCCAAAUGAUCUAAGCUACAAUAUAUAUAAUAUAGAGACUCUUAAAAUCAGAAUGCAUGCACCACAUUAGUGUUGGACUGUUGUAGUUAUGUUACCUAGAGUUGCUUUGCUUAGUCUUCUUAUUUUAUAUGAAUCAAUUUAGAAGUGGUUUGACAAUAAAACAGGGCUUUGCACGGAACCUUUAGAUUCUCUCCUCCACAGCCUUUUUGAUAAUGUUGAAUUACCACUUACAUACAUCAUUUUCGUCCACUUUGCACAGCUGAGAUUGUCUGAGAGUGCUGAUGAUAGAUUUUGAACCAUUCAGAAUAAACAGUUCAUUAGAGAAGAACAAUAGAGUUGUCUUAGUAAUGAUAGCCUGCAACAUCCACAUCUACUUGUGAUAUCCACUAUUAUUUAGGUGAAUGUUGAAAAUAAUUAAUUCUACAUCUUUAAAACAUAAACAAAAACGCGCUCUGUAUACAACAAAACUUAACUGUGUUGACAGAAUCUAUACAUUUAGAAAAUACUUAAUUCAAAAAAAUAUUGUAUGUUAAAGGGUACAUGUCAUGCUCUCUAUAGCUUAUACUUUCUUUAAAGAAAAUAAAAUUCCAUCUAUACAUUGUGCUAGCAGAUUUGCUAGCAAAUGUAUAGAUUGGGAGAAAACCCCAUUCAAAAAUAUGUAUUUCUCUAACCUGUCAGUCAAUUCUUCAACAUAGACUCUAAGUAAAAGAGUUGACUGAAGAGAGAGAGCAGAAAAGACCACAGGCAGUCCUUCUGCUCUACAUGUAUAGCAAAUGCUGCGCAUGCACUGUGAUUGUGAUGGUAACUCUGUAGGUGAUGCUGCUAGCACUGACUAGGGAUGAUAGGAAUGGAGUGACUAUCUAUCUAUCUAUCUGUCUGUCUAAAUUAUUAUUUUCUGAAGUUAACUCUGGGUGAAAUUCAGUCGACCAAAUCCCAAAUUAAUAAUGACUAAAUGGAAUGAUAUUUUACCAUUCAAAUUCGGUUCACAUUUGGUAAACAUUUGCUCAUUUGAGCAUUCAGCUACUUUUGAGUAUUGUAAAUUUUAAGCGUUUGGUCCGACUAAACCCUCCUAUUUUAUAUUAUUUGUUUAUUUAAGUUUUUUUUUUAAAAUAUAGAUUUUUUUUUCAUUUAGUGGUUGUCCCAAACCAUCAGUCAUCUCUCCCACUCAAGAAUAAGCCAAACCAGCACAUCCAUUGUCGGUUAUUUCGUAAUUCGGUUAUAUGAUCUUUCAGAGUUUGGAUAACCCGCUGUUCAUGCAAAGUUUGGACAAAUUGCAAUUCGUGACAAACCAAAUGCAGAAGUCUAGAAAUUAUCACUCUUUUUUACAGUAAUAUAAACUGUUAUCACAUAAUCACUAGGUUAUGAUCGGGAAAUAAGACAUGACAUGUAGAAUUUGAAGUUGAUGGUCAGAUAAAUGAAAUCUGUAGAUAUUGUUUAGAAACAUAGAAGCAUAGAAUGUGACGGCAGAUAAGAAUUAGUCUCUGGCCUUGUCUUAUAGCUAGGAUACCUUAUGCCUAUCCCACGCAUGCUUAAACUCCUUUACUGUGUUAACCUCUACCACUUCAGCUGGAAGGCUAUUCCAUGCAUCCACUACCCUCUCAGUAAAGUAAUACUUCCUGAUAUUAUUUUUAAACCUUUGUCCCUCUAAUUUAAGACCAUGUCCUCUUGUAGUGGUAGUUUUUCUUCUUUUAAAUAUAGCCUCCUCCUUUACUGUGUUGAAUGCCCAUUAUGUAUUUAAAUGUUUCUAUUAUAUCCCCCUGGUCUCGUCUUUCCUCCACGCUAUACAUGUUAAGAUCCUUUAACCUUUCCUAGUAAAUUUUAUCCUGCAAUCCAUGAACCAGUUUAGUAGACCUUCCCUGAACUCUCUCUAAAGUAUCAAUAUCCUUCUGUUAGGUCUCACCAGUGUUCUGUACAAUGGCAUGAGCACUUCCCUCUUUCUACUGCUAAUACCUCUCCCUAUACAACCAAGCUAGCAUUUGCUGCUCUAUUACAUUGUCUGCCUACCUUUAAGUCAUCAGAAAUAAUAACCCCUAAAUCCUUUUCCUCAGAUGUUGAGGUUAGGACUCUAUCAAAUAUUCUGUACUCUACCCAUCCAACAUGCAUUAUUUUGCGCAUAUCCACAUUAAAUGUCAGCUGCCACAACUCUGACCAAUUUUCUAGUUUACCUAAAUCAUUUGCCAUUUGGCUUAUCCCUUCUGGAACAUCAACCGUGUUACACAUCUUAGUAUCAUCAGCAAAAAGACAUACCUUACCAUCAAGACCUUUUGCAAUAUCACUAAUAAAAAUAUUAAAGAGAAUGGGUCCAAGUACAGUUCCCUGAGGUACCCCACGCGUGACAAGUCCAAGCUUAGAAUAUAUUCCAUUAACUACAACCCUCUGUUGCCUGUCACUGAGCCACUGCCUUACCCAUUCAACAAUAUUGGAAUCCAAACUUAAAGAUUGCAGUUUAUUGAUAAGCCUUCUAUGUGCAACAGUGUCAAAAUCCUUACUGAAAUCUAGGUAAGCAAUGUCUACUGCACCACCCUGAUCUAUAAUUUUAGUUACCCAAUCAAAAAAAUCAAUAAGAUUAGUUUGGCAUGAUCUCCCUGAAGUAAACCCAUGUUGUCUCUGAUCUUGAAAUCAAUGUGAUUUUAGAUGUUCAACAAUCCUAUCCUUUAACAUGGUUUCCAAUACUUUCACCACUUACAGGCCUAUAGUUGCCCGACUCCUCCCUACUACCUUAGGUUACGAAGUUGUUAAAGAGACUCUAAGAAGGGAGCCAGGGGAUUAUACUACAAAGGAGACUGAAGAUUUGGUGGGAGGAAGGUUAGUCCUUGCUGAGCUUGAGCAUUUGACUCAGGAUGGACCAGGUUUGGGGCAGAUGCAAAUUACUUCUUAGGUUUCUUCUUGAGAUUGGGUGCCAGUUGCAAGAAAGAAGAGGAUUGAUGAGCUUGUGUAAAUAUAUUUUGGGGGUGCUCAAGUUAAAGGUAUACUAUCGUCACCAAAACAACUUUAGCUUAAUGAGCAGUUACAAGAGAGACAUGGUUUAGGCUACAGUUUCAAAUGUGCUUUUGGAGCGCUACAAUGCUUUUUGAACUUGGUGAUCAGUUACAGUAAAGACAAGGUUUGGUUGUUAAUGUGAAUGUUUUUUAUGGGUGCCAAAAUACUUGCUGAGCCUGGAAAUCAGUUGCAUAAGAGUUGUGGUUUGGGAACUGGACGUGAAAGCCUUUUUGAAGUGCCUAACAUUUUUUACUGCACUUAGUGAUCCAGGUGAAGGUGGGAAAGGGCUCAAUUUUCUUGUAAAAAUCAACCUAAUGCAGAUCUGCAGACCAGGUCGAUUUUUUAAAAUUUCUUUUAACCAUUAAACCUUUUAGCAAUAUAUACAAUAAAAGACCAGUUACAGAUUAAUUCUAAGAUAAGUAUGUUUUCAAGUUAUAUACAAUUUGUGCACUAGAUGGCGCUAGAGUUUGUUAAAGGAGCUCUGUCAGUGUUUGGACUACACUAUGUAUCUCUUCUAUGUUUUGAUAUUUUAAUGAAACGAAUAGAUUACAUUACAUGCACAUAUUUUAAAGGAUUACAUGAUGAAUGGAACUAUGGGAUGAGUGAAAAAAGUGUAGGAUUCUACGGGAUUGCAUUUAAGGAAUAAAAAAAUAAACCGGAGGGACGUACGUGUGUCCAUUUUGUAUUUUUUUAGGUAAUCUCCUUGUUUCUGUUUGGUGAUCAGUAGAAAUUAGAAAAAACAUAUGUAUGUAUUGUUCACAAAGUCAAGUAUUGCUUUCAGGUAUAAUUGGUUUUCCAUUAGAUGUCAACAAAAUUUAUUUAAUUAUGUACACAUACAUAUUUUGUAUUGUUUUGAAUUUUAAUUUAGGCAAUAAAUUAAAUGAGAAAUAGACAUAAACAAUUAUAUAUACACAAUUAUAUCAAGUGCAUGUUUCCACAUCCUGCAGUUUUUUUAAAAUCAAAAUUCAUGUCUCAAUGAGCCAGGAGAUGGGUGGGUGGAUUUGUCCAAAGAAUUCAGUCUCAGAGCAAACUGCAAGAAUUUUUCAGACUGUAACAAAUUGCACUUUACACACGUUUGAUGUGACAGCACUUACUGUAAGUGGGCAUUAUGUCCACAAAUAUGCAUUACUUUUACAUUCGAGCUGGAGAUUUCUUUCCAUCCGAACUGAAUUUCAGCCAAAUUUGGGUUAGUCUGGUGAUCGGUUUGGUUGAAUUCUCGAACUAUGUGUCCAAAAGUACCUGGAUAAUAAACCAACAGAAAUGAGCAAUGUUGGACAUGUUCGGUUCGUGAUUCUGAGCCAAAAACAUACAUAUAUAUAUAUAUAUAUAUAUAUAUAUAUAUAUUUACUGGGAAUAUUGUACUGAUGACUAGACUUGGAGAUCCAUUUCAGGCCGAACUGCAAUUUGUCCAAAUAUGGGCCGAUUGGGUGUUCAGUGGAUUUCGCAACCUCAAUGCUGAAAAUGUUUGGUUCGACUUGUGAUCCUGGAUUUCUGUGAUUUCCGUGGCACAAAAAAAGAGAUGACUGAUGGGAAAAAAGAUAAGUAAUGGUUAGGGGACAGUCACUAAAUGAAGAUUUUAUUCACAGACCAAGUAAGACGUGAGCAAUAGAGGGAACAAUAAGCAGCAGUGGAAAAGUCUUUGUCUAUAUAUUAUGUAUUUAUGAAGAUAUAAUAUAUAACAAAAAAUCUAUAUCUAUAUAUCAUAUUUUUAACAAAUAAAUAAUGUAAUAAAUAUAUAAAUAUCGAUUUUCACUACUCCUCCUGUUUAGUUUUUUUACUUGAUUUGUGAACCAAAUGACAGGAAAAUACUCCUAUCAGUUUGCUGCAAAAUACAUACAUAGUAUUAUAUUGGGUGUAUAUUUUGCAGCACACUGAUUUUCUCCCCCCUUUUUGGUUCUUCUGAUAUGGUCUCCAAAUCGUGAUUUCGGUUACGAAAUUCUUCCGAGUUAAACAUAACUAAAUUGUCCUGAAAAAUGUUCUAUUUGCGGAAAACAUAGCGUAGCUGAGACACGUUUUCUCGUUGUGCAGAAGUCUAAUGGAGAUCAUUUUAGGUAUUAUUUCUCUGCUUUAUAUUGAUGUGUGAUGGACACAAAGUGUAUGCAAUUAUUAUGUUAUUCAUCACUAUCCAGUACUCAUUUCAUUCAUGGCUAUGGUGCAGUAUUAAUUGCCUUUCAUUAUUAGCGCUUUAAUGUAAAACCUGAUACCACACAACCCUUGGGGUUAAGUGAUUCCCACGAUUUUUCUAAUUUCUCUACAAACAAAGCUUAUCCUUUGCUUAUAGAACGGGUGCUAACAGAAGUGUAAUGUACAUUUAAAAUCUUUCAUCCUUUCUUUCUGUGUGUUGCUUGGGAUCUCAGGUAUGUGGUCACUUGACCUAAAUCAAGUAAUGCAAAGUAUGUAUCUGCUCUAUGUUCACCUUCCUUGGUCACUUUACCAUAUUGUCUUCUGUCCACACCAUCCCACCUCUUACGUGCAGGACUUCUUUAGGGUGACGCCACUAUUUACAAAAUGCCUUAUCAGAUCACAAACCCCAGUCCACUGAGGAAUUCCUAAAACCACAUUUCCUAAAAAAAUAAACAAAAUAAAUAUUUAGAAAAAAACCUACAUAAUGUUCUUGUAGUCUGCUUCAAUUUACCAUAUUUUAUUUUUCUACUUUCCAUUGAUUUAGAUAUGCAUAUUGUAUGCCUGGCAAACUUUCCUAUUCACUGCUUUUAACCUACCUUGUAAUUAUAUCCCUCUUUAUAUCCCUCUUCUUUAAGUUUUUUUUAAACAGGGCUCUUUUCACAUUUUGUGUCUACACCUCUUAGCAUUAUUAAUGUUAAAAGUCCAGAAAUCUAUGGCAGAAGAUAUCAGGGAACGGUACAGAAACUGCCUUAAUUAUUACAUGCACACAGGUGUUCAGGGGUACGAACCUCCUGAGUAAAUAAAGGAAGGGGUUAAUGAUCCUACCUUAUUGCUUGAUUUCCUAUCGCUUUAUUUCUCUGUAAAUCAAUAAGCAUAAUCUAAUCUGUCUUGGGUAUUCUGUUGUCCACUUUCAGAUCAUGCCCCUGCAGUCUAACUGCUCAAUUCUCUGCUCAUUUAGGAAUGAAAUCACGUUGUUUAUACAGCCCUUGUCACACCUCCCUGCAUGUGACUUGCACAGCCUUCCUAAACACUUCCGAGAGAUUUUAUGUUUAAACCUCCUUUAUUACACAGUCUGUUUAAUGUAGAAUUUCUUAUCCCCUGCUCUGUUAAUAAUAGCUUAAGUCGCUACAUGAGACUUUGUGUUAGAGUAAAGUUGAAUUUACAGAGCAGGAGAAAAAUAACUUCAUGCACGCUGUGUGAUUUAACUUCUAAAUGGCAGUGAAUUGAGCAGUGAGAUUGCAUGGGGCAUAAUCUAUACAGUAAAACUGUUUCAUUAAGUUAAAGGGUUUUUUUUUUUUGCAUAUUACGAGUUUAUAACAAUUAAUGCAAAUGUAUUUAACAAAAUAUGAAAGUAACAAAAGGGAAGGAAACAAGAAAAAAAAUAAAGAAUUACGAAUUUUUUUUGUGAACAUUAAACAACACUUAUGAAAUUGUGCUAUUUUUUGUCUUAAGAAUUAAUUACAGUUGAAUCUCUGCAGUGAUAACACAAUAAUAUGGUUGUUUAAUAAUGUUAAAUUUAAACGCUGACUUUCUGAUACAAAACAUGUAAUAAUAUGUUGUCUAUCGUAGAUCGAAGCUGGUGAGGCACCAUCAGAAGCUAACAGUGAACCCAGGCCGUUGCCAGCAGAAAAUGGCUUGAACCACGCUACAACUCUGACCCCUAAGACUUCAUCUCAAACUGCUCCCACUCAACCUGUUCCAGGUAAAAAAAUAUUCAUCAUAAUUUUGCUGUUUAGUUCUCCGAAAUAAGUCUUUCCAAACAAUUUCUGGGUAUUUGUGCAUUCUACAUGUGAGCUCUUGUAGAACAAAUGUUGUGAUAAAGAAUAUAGUUCAACAAUCCAUAGUGGGAUUCAUUCACUAAACUUGGACUUGGGGGAGAACUGACAGGGACAUUGAGAAUAAUGUAAUUGUAGCUGGAAUAAAAAGAUUUGUGAACACAUCUAUUCAGCCCACGUUUUUCAGUCCCCUUGUCAAUUCUCUGCGAUUCCAGAUUUGGUAAGUAAACACUAAUUUGUUUUUUGGAAAAAUGAAAAUCUAAUGGUUUUGAAUUUUGAUUCAGAAUAGCCAUAUAUUAUAUUAUUAUUAUAUAUUAAUAUAUAUACACAUUCAUAACAACAUAUCUCAUGUUUUUUUGUUCAUGGAAUUAAAGGUAUACUUUAAGGACCAAACAACUUUCGCUUACAGGGACACUGUAGACACCCAGACCACUUUAGCUAAUUGAAAUAGUCUGGGUGCUGUGACCCUUUUGCACUUAGUGUUGCAAUGUAAAACAUUGCAGCUCUAAGUCUGCCCACAGUGGCUAUCUACCAGACAGCCACUAGAAGGCUACCGGAAUCCAAACAGGCUUUUGGUCCGUUAUCUGAUUCUGGACGUCCUCACGGACUUCCAGUGUCAGAUUUUCCCCAUAGCGGAGGUCCCCUAUGAGGAGGUCUAAUGUGCGGCCAUUGCCGUUCAUGCGCAUUAGGACUCCCUAGCCGACUGCCGUCGGCGGGGGAGGAGCAUGGGCAGAGCCUGACCCAGCACUGAGGGACAUCGGUGCUGUAUUCAGGUAAGUGGCUCAAGGGGUUUAACCAGAAGGCAUGUCAGAUUUUGAAGAUUUCAUUGAACACAAACGUAUUUUUCGCAACUAAAACUGUAUAAUGAAUUUAUAAUUUAUUAUAGACUCAUAGCACAGUUUACGAACUUACUGCAUCUUCUUAACUUUACUUUUUACACAAGAAACCUUCUCUUUUCCUAAGACAAUAUGUAUUUUUAAUUUUAGGUUCUGUCAAAGUUCCUGCCAAAACAGAAGACCUUAUAAUGAGUGUCUUAACAGGUAAAUUCUUUUUGAAACUUUGUGAGCCUGAUGCUGCCAAUGCCAACAUUCUGAUGUAUAUAUAUAAGCCCUGUUCUUGUGCUCCCACCUCUAGUAAAUAUUUACAUUUACUACCCAAUCCCCAAAAAUGUAUUAAUGAAAAAAGAUGAACGUGGGCAGUGUGCUAUGUAUAAAAAGCCACCACACUGGUGUUAAGAUAGUGAAAAGUUAUUUGUUAUAUAUUUAUUUAGAAAUGUUUUAAUGUUUUUAUUCAUUUCAUUAGAUUAAUAUGAUAUCAGUUUUAUGUCGGUUUUAAAUCAGAAUUGUUAAGCUUUUCACAUUCUUUAGAGCAUGUUUUUUAUUAAUGAAAGCACUUCAAGCACCAUAACCACUACACCGUGCUGUAGUGGUUGUGAUCUCAGGAGUUCCCUUUCACCCCACCCCACAUUUUAAGUAGUCAAAUAUUUUAUAAAGUUUGACCUCUUACCUGGACUAUGCUAGGCUCUGCUUCCCUUCUCCACUACAGCCAUAUGAGCUAAGCUGGGCAGUGUAAUUCGUUGAUGUUCUCAGCCAAUCAGCUAGCCCUGCACUACUGGGCAUAGCUCAGUAGAGCCUGGAUCUCCUUCUGGCUCUUCUGGUGGCUGGGAGGAGGUAGGAAACGGAAUCAGAUGGACCCCCAUAAGAAGUCAAACUGCUUUUAAAAUGGUUUAUCUGGUUACAAAGGGUAAACGCCAUGACGCACUGUAGUGGUUACUGUGCUUGGAAUACUCAUUUACUGCUUCACAAACAUAAUAUGCUCAGAAAUAGACAAUGAGUACUAUGGGACCGGUCAAUGAACCAAAAGUGAAUAACUAUUCAAUGACUAUAAAUAUAUUUAACUGCAAAAUAUUUUGUUUAAACAUUCAUUGCAGAAGUGGAAGCUCAGACCAUUGAUGAACUGAAACAACAAAAGUCUUUUGUUAAACUUCAAAAGAAGCACUACAAAGAAAUGAAGGACCUCGUAAAGAGGCAUCACAAGAAAACCACCGAUCUCAUAAAAGAGCACACAACGAAGUACAAUGAGAUUCAGAAUGAUUACUUGAGGAGGAGGGCAAUACUGGAAAAGACUGCAAAACGAGACAGCAAGAAAAAGUAAGUAUACAUCGGUCUGUCUAUCUGAAUUAUUUGCUCCAAUAAUGACAAAAAGGAUUUUUAAAGGAACACUCCAGUGUCCAGUGUUAAAGGACCACUAUAGUGCCAGGAAAACAUACUCCUUUUCCUGGCACUAUAGUGCCCUGAGGGUGCCCCCACCCUCAGGGACCCCCUCCCGCCCGGCUCUGGAAAGGGGAAAGGGGUUAAAACUUACCUUUUUCCAGCGCUGGGUGGGGAGCUCUCCUCCUCCUCUCCUCUCUCCUCCUGGGCUGAAUGCGCACGCGCGGCAAGAGCUGCGCGCGCAUUCAGCCCGUCGCUAGGAAAGCAUUUACAAUGCUCUAUGGACUGGCGUGCUCUCACUGUGAAAAUCACAGUGAGAAGCACGCAAGCGCCUCUAGUGGCUGUCAAUGAGACAGCCACUAGAGGAAUAGGGGGAAGGCUUAACCCAUUCAUAAACAUAGCAGUUUCUCUGAAACUGCUAUGUUUAUUAAAAAAAUGGGUUAACCCUAGAAGGACCUGGCACCCAGACCACUUCAUUAAGCUGAAGUGGUCUGGGUGCCUAGAGUGGUCCUUUAAUUCCCACUAGAUCGUUGGUAAGAGGGUCUUCUCACCAGGAGCUCCGCUUCACCCCUGGGAGAUCCUCACAAGUAAAGGUUUCCAUGCCAGUCCAAUGCUUCUCAUAGUGCAGGUGUGGCAAUCACAUAGAGAAGCAUUAAAUCCAGGUAAACCAAAUCAAAUUCAAAUCAAUGAAGGUUCCUUAACAAAAAGCUGAGAAUGACCACAUCCAUAUGUUUAUAGUAAGACAGACAGAUUAGCCCUAAAGUACAUUCAGUGUACUGGUUGUCCUCUAGCUAUUCUCAGUCAACAAUUGGAGAAGAUUCUGAAGCACAGAGAUUGAGAUCUGAGAGCAUCUUUAUUUAGUAUUUUGUAAACAGAUUAUUAAAGAAUGUAAAAGUUAGAAUAAAACAUACCUGAAUAUAGUGAAUAUACCGUAUCGUCAAUUUGGAUUGAUGAGUAUUUGUUUAUUUACGUACACACAAUACUUUGGAGCCUUGAAAAGACUCUGUGGCUGGUGGUACAGUCUUCCUCAGAGGCUCUUCCAGGUUUUCCAAAGUCAAACUCACUACUACUACUUAACCCUGUUAUUUACUAAGGUGAGAAGUCGAUGGUUAUAAUAGAUGAAGUGAAAAAAAAAGUCAUCUAUUCUGUCAGAUCUGAUACUUUGGCCUAAAACAUGAAAUUCACUCUGAAUUCACUUUGAAAACUCGAUUUAGGGAAUAAUCCUGAAAGUAAAAGGAAAAUGGAUCAUGGACAGAAAAAGAAAAAUUAAAGAAUUUUUAAUUGAUAAAUAAAAAUGGUUUUAGUAAAAUUUUGAUGAGAACCCUACUCAAAUACCGUACUUUCAGUUGUUAACUUGUAGUUUAUCAUAAAAUAUGUGCUGUUUAUUUUCUCUAUAUGUUUAUUUUACUGGGUGAUUAUUAUUAUUGCAUAUCCCACAGUAAUGUGUAAUAGGUAAAUUAUAAAUACUAUUAAAGGAACACUAUAGUGUUAGGACUAUAAAAAUUCACUUAAGUGUCCCCCUACAUAUCUAGGUGUCCACCCUCUUCCAGGGGUUUAAAAUGUAAGUUUUUUAUCUUUUGCUCUCCAUAAAGCCGCUCCUUAUCUUUGUCUGAGAUCAUCAAUGUUGAUGAUCUCAGCCAAUCCAAAGCUUCUCCAUAUAGAAACAUUGGGAGGCUUGUUUACAUUCACGGCAGAAUGCCACGCUGUGCCAAUCAAAUGCAUUCAAUGAAAGUAAUUAGAGCUAUAACCAUAUAUACUCAGUUAUAGCUGUGGAAGCAACACUAAUGCCUGUAUUCCUGACUAUCAUUAGAAGCAUGUUAACCCUGAAAUGUAAGCACUGCACUUUUUGCAAAAGGGCUAUGUUUUUUGCGGCAGGUUUGAAAUACCAGGGGCAUGGUACGCAGACCACUCCAUGGGAAGGGUAACAAAAAGCAAGUCAGGGUAUAAAGAACAAAGAAUACAGAUAGCUCCGCUCAAAUAACUUCUCAAUUAAAAAAAAAAAAGUAAAAAGUUCAAUAACACAAGAAUGGAGACAAAUAAAAUCAGCAUAGCGAUGCAUUUAGCGAUAUACACUCCUUGUAUGAAUGCCUAACAAGUAGUAAUGUGAAAAAUUGAAAAGAGUUGAAACAGAACAAGGUAAAAUGGAAUGGACUGCAAAAGAGAUUCAGAGAUUCUUACAGGACUGGUGACAAUAGGAAAAAAUCUCAUUGGGCACGAGAUGGUAUUUUCAGUUUUUUGGGAAGUUCUGAAGACGUAUAAUGGAUUAAAGGACCACUAUAGUGCCAGGAAAACAAACUUGUUUUCCUGGCACUUUAGUGUUAAUAGCCCCCCCCCCACCACCCUCAUGGCCCCCCUCCCGCCGGGCUCUAGGGGGAGGAAGGGGUUAAAAACUUACCUUUCUCCAGUGCCGGGGAAUCUCCUCCCUCUUCCGACGAAUGUGCAUGCACGGCAAGAGCUGCGCGCGCAUUCAAUCAGUCCAUAGGAAAGCAUUUAUCAAUUAAAUAAUAAUGAGACAGCCACUAGAGGCUGGAUUAACCCUAAUGUAAACAUAGCAGUUUCUCUGAAACUGCUAUGUUUACAGCUGCAGGGUUUACCACAGAUGGACCUGGCACCCAGACCACUUUAUUGAGCUGAAGUGGUCUGGGUGCCUAUAGUGGUCCUUUAAUAAAAAUAAAUUAGUAGAGAAAUUAAAAACUAUAGCACUUUACUCAUUUCCCAAUGCACUUUCACCAUGUGUUAAAUAUAUUGCCUUUUACAUAUGCAUUCCAUCUUGUUUUAUUUUGCUCAGAUAUAUUUUCUGCAGUUGAGUCUGUGAACAUGUAACAAAACCUGAAAUGGGAAGAAGCAUGCACCAAACAUUUCAGCUGAGAUACAGUUCUUACAUCAUAGUUAAAGAAUAAUUCAAGGUCUGCUACAGCUUUUCUUUGGCAGCUGCAUACAAAUGACUAGCUUAUCAACAAAUAUCACAAAUGCUCCUUGUAGCAGAAAAUAACAUGAAGCACAAUGUGGCAAUCAGUGUUUUGCUAGAAUUUACGGCAAGAGAAUUACUGGAGGCUCUGUGUUGGUGAUAUUGUCGAAUGUUUUGAUACGGAGGGAAAACAUAUUCGCUGACUCUGAAAAUGAUAAAAUUGGAUAUUUCAUGUGAACUGUAAUGGAAACAUAACCAUUUUCUCGCUACAGUUGUAGAAUUUAUUAGCAAUAAUAGACAUAUUAAAGUUUAUUGCGAGGUGCGUGGGAUUUGCUGAAACUGCAGCUUUUAUUCCAGCAGUAAAUAAAGCGCUUUAAUGUGAGUAAUUCAGCUCUUUUGGUAAUUGAUAUAUUCUACCAGCAUUACAAAUCAUGGGAAAAUGUUUUCAAAGACAUUUUAAUAUUUCUUCCGUGCAUAUCAUUUCCUUUUUUUUCUGCAACUAGUUUAGCAAGCCACCUAUUCCCGUAGAUCUGGGGUAGAACCUAAAGAUUGUUUGUAAGAAGACAAGUGUAUAAUGCACACACUAAAAAGAUGGAAUACUUCCUGCAGGGUGAUCCAGAAAGGGAGGGCCAGUCUCUCGAGACAACAAAUGGAAGAAAACAUAGGUAUCCAGGCACACCUGAGGUUUCUUCUAAAAGGCAGUCUUUUAUCGCGAACCAAAAAAGUGGAGACAAGGUUUUGGCUCCUCUCUGAACCUUUAUCGAGACUUUAUAAAGGCUCAGAGAGGUGCCAAAACAUUGUCAUCACAUUUUUGUCCUAAUAAAAUACUGCCUUUUAGAACCUAAAGAUUAGCCGGUUCAGUUCUUCGAAUCAAGGAUAGUGAAGGUUAGGUACAGUGAGGGAAAAAAGUAUUUGCACCCCUGAUAAUUUUGAACGUUUGACAACCGACAAAGAAAUGAUCAGUCUAUAAUAUAAUGGUAGGUGUAUUUUAACAGUAAGAGACAGAAUAACAAAACAAACAAAAAAAAUCCAUAAAAAAGCUUGUCAAAUAAGCUAUAAACUGAUUUGCAUGUCAAUGAGUGAAAUAAGUAUGUGAUCCCGUAUCAUUCAGCAAGAUUUCUGGCGCCCAGGUGUAAAACACAGGGCAGAAGCUGAGAGUGGGGGGAGUACAGGUCAGAAGCAGAGAGUGGGGGGUGGGACACAGGGCUGAAGCAGAGAGUGGGGACGGACGCGGCAGAAGCGAAAAGUAGAGAGGGUAGGACACAGGACUGAAGCAAAGUAGGGUGACCAGACACGGGGCAGAAGCAAAAGCGUGGGGAACGCAGGGCAGAAGAAGAGUGGUGGGAGUGGACACAGGAAAACCGCACAAAAAUGCGUCGUGAACAGGGCAGAAGCAGAAGUGGGUGGGUGAGACGCUGAGGCAGAAGCAGAGAGUAGGUGGAGUGGGACACAGAGGGCAAGAAACAUAUAGUGAAGAGGUAGAGAUACAGGGCAAUAGUAGAGAGUGGGGAGGAGGACGGGCAAGAAGCUUGAAGUAGAGGGUGGGACACAGGGCAGAAGCAGAUAGUGGUGGGGAGAUACAGGGCAAUAGUAGAGAGUGGGGGGUGGGACACAGGGCUGAAGCCGAGAGUGGGGGGACCGAACACAGAGCAGAAGCAAAGCGUGGGGGGUGGAACACAGGGCAGAAGAAGAGAGUGGGGGGAGUGGACACAGGGCAGAAGCAGAGAGUGAGGAGGUUGGGACACAAGGCAGAAGAAGCAGAGAGUGGGUGGGUGGUGGGACACAGGGCAGAAGCAGAGAGUGGAGUGGGUGGGACACAGGGCAAGAAGCAGAUAGUGGUGAGGAGAUACAGAACUGAUAGUAGAAGUGGGGGUGCAGGACACAGGAGGCUGAAAAGCGAGUGGGGGACGGGAGCAGAAAGCGUGGGGUGGGGCUGGGGCAGAAAGAAGAAGAGUGGUGGGAGACACAGGGCAGAAGCAGAGAAGUGGGGAUUUGGGACACAAGGCAGAAAAACAGAGAGUGGGGGUGGGACACAGGGCUGAAGAAGAGAGUGGGGGACUGGACACACAGAAGACAGAAGCAGAAAGCGUGGGGACGCGCUGGGGCAGAAGGAGAGUGGUGGGAGUGGACACAGGGCAGAAGCAGAGAGUGGGUGGGGGGGAAACACGGCAGAAGCAGAGAGUGGAGGGGGGAUACAGGGCAGAAGCAGAGAGUAGGGUAGAGGAUGCAGGGCAGAAUAAGAGAGUGGGGAAGGGGACAUAGGGCAGAAGCAUAGAGUAGUUGAGGGGACUCAGGGCAGAAGCAGAGAGUGGUGGGGGGAUACAGGGCAGAAGCAGAGAGUAGGGGAUGGGACACAGGGCAGAAGAAGAGAAUGGUGUGGCUCCCAAAAACGUUUUCCUAAACUUUCUCAGCUGCAGCCAUUCAACCAGAUCACAGAGAUCUGUACAUAUAUAUCUAAAUGUACAGACCCUCAUAAUAAGGAGAGGAUCAAUGGCAGCAAACAGUGUGUGAUCUCCAUGCCCAGGAAAUCCUAAAUGCAGAGUCUGAGAGAAUUAGAGCUCAGCACAGGGACCCAGAGCACAGCCAUCUGCCCACAGCCAAUACACGUGAGAAGCACACACAGCUCCUGGAUGGCACACAAUCAGCCUGAUCACUCCAGUCCACUGCUGGAUCUUACCUUUAGCAGUCUCCUGGUGAUGCUGGCUGAGGUUGAUGGUAGUGAGUGUGAGCAGCAGCUCAUUCCAGCCUCUGCUCUCCAUGCUGCUGCCUCCUCCUCCUUCCUCCGGUGCGGUGCUCUCUUAUGAAGCUGGGAGGAAGUAAUCAGCUGUCACUUCCUCCCAGCAUUCUCUAGAGGGACCCGGUCAUGCUACUAAAGGGCUACAGCACCAGACCGGGACCCUUUUCGACCGGCCCCCUCUAAAGUGAUGAAAGUAGUGGGCCCAUUUGGAAGCUGCUUUGGGCCCCCAGGAGUAACCGGGCCUGGGCAGCAGCUCCGUUUGCCCCACUGUAAGGACGGCCCUGAUACUGUCAAACAUGGAGGUAGAAACAUUAUGCUUUGGGGGUGUUUUUCUGCUAAGGGGACAGGACAACUGCACCGCAUCAAAGGAACGAUGGACGGGGCCAUGUACCGUCAAAUCUUGGGUGAGAACCUCCUUCCCUCAGCCAGGGCAUUGAAAAUGGGACGUGGAUGGGUAUUCCAGUACGACAAUGACCCAAAACACACAGCCAAGGCAACAAAGGAGUGGCUCAAGAAGACGCACAUUAAGGUCCUGCAGUGGCCUAGCCAGGGAGCUAAAGGUUUUAGUUGCCAAAUGUCGGCCUUGAAACCUUAAAGACUUGGAGAGGAUCUGCAAAGAGGAGUGGGAUAACUACAAGAAACGUAUGACCUCUGUGAUUGUAAACAAGGAUUUUGCUACCAAGUACUAAGCCGAAAGGGUCAAAUACUUAUUUCACCUAUUGACAUUCAAAUCAAUUUAUAACUUUUUGACAUGCGUUUUUCUGGAUUUUGUUUUUGUUAUUCUGUCUCUCACUGUUAAAAUAUACCUACCAUUAAAAUUAUAGACUGAUCAUUGCUUUGUCAGUGGGCAAACGUUUAAAAUCAGCAGGGGAUCAAAUACUUUUUUCCCCUCACUGUACUCCUGAUAUCACAAACUAAUUACCCUUAAAAAAUAUAUUUAUGACUUAUCUAUAGCUUACUCUUUAAAAAUUGUGCCUAAAUAUCAACUGUCACAUCUUGUAUUGCAUAUUUAAUUUCUAUAUACCUCAAUACCGCUGUUGUGGCAUACUGAGGCUGUUUGUUAAUUUGUGCACAACAAAAAUAAAGAAUAAAAAAAAAUAUAUAUAUAAAAAAUAAAAAAGCAAAUAAAAACAGUUCAUUUUUGGAAGUCUUACAUUGCCUCUCCAACUCCACGUACUUUGCAUUAUUGUGAGAGAUGGGCAAAAAUUUGCAGGGAUUUCCUGGGUCUUCCAUUAAUCACGGACCCCUGGCACAUAUUCUCACUUCUUUCCAUUCUUGUGUGGUAGGGCUUGGCAUUUUAUAUAUAAGUGUGGGGAUGAUGAUCUUCAUUUCAUCUUGCUUCAUGACAAGCAUGUAGGUAACACUAGGCAAGUCUGUCAUGAUAUGGCUAUUCACGGGGACCUGCACUUUCUUCAUGCCUUUUAAAUGAUGUACCAUAUCAAAUUCACUGUGAGGUUUGGAAUCUCUUUGAAUGUGUUUUUGUGUCUCCCAAGUAGCUUUGAAGUUCUAUGAGAAUUGUGUAAUUAUUUAUCAUAUGCUACUUUUCAGGCAAAACAUUCUCAAGUGUCGUUCAGGCUUGAUUGCGUAAGUUUCUGUUGAUAACGAAGUCGCAUGUUUCAUAGGUAGUUUGGCUGGAAUGGAACCUAACACCAUGUGUAUAUUAAUCUAAAUGAGUGCAUACAGUCCAAGCAUGGUGCAUCUUCACAAGUAUAUUUUGAGGUGUCAGGAGCAGUGCAUUAAUAAGGAGUGUACUUCAGCUUUGCCUGCUCUGUUCCCAGUUCUGUCCCCAUAGAGCAACAUUUAAGUAAUCAUGCUGAUGUUACUGGGUGACCCACUAUCUCAGUAGAAGAGCCACUGUACUGUCAAGAUCUUUGAAUGAGCAAACCAUGGCUUCCCAACUUCCAUGGUCUACAAGAAGGACUACACCAAACAGUUGUAUAGCUAAAUGAGCAUCUAUGAGGAUUCCACUUUUUAGGUUUGCUCUGGUGUUGACUUGUUAAAAAAUAAAAAAUAAAUUGCAGGUCUAAUGCUUUUAAAAUGUAUAACAGAAUACUGAAUACUGAAUCUUUAAAUGUCUCACGUUUUUUACAGUUAAACAUGCAAGUUUCCUAUCUUGGUGACAUAAUGCAUGACCUUCCUUUGUGUUUUUUUUUAUUACACUAAAAUAAGGUGAGGUACUCAGACUGCAAUGUGUGUUUAUGUGGGUUUAAAUACAACUUGGUGAUUUUUGUAUGAUGCUGUUAGGUUCACUAUGCCAAUUCAUAUCUAUGUAGCUGCACAGUUAAUACUUUCUUUUUGUCCACCUUUUUACGUAGAUGUGAAGGAGGCAGUCCUGAUCAUAAUUCUUCAACCGUUGAACAAGAUUUAGCUGCGCUGGAUGCAGAAAUGGCUCAAAAAUUAAUCGAAUUAAAGGAACAACAGCAGCAACAACUUCUUAAUCUCCGCCAAGAACAGUAUUAUAGUGAAAAAUAUCAGAAAAGAGAACAUAUUAAACAGGUUAGUAAAAUUUUCUUGUAUAAUGGAAAUAUAAAUCUGUCAUUUGCCAUUUUAGUCCAAUAGGAAUCAGGGUGUAAAUAUAAAUAUUAGUGUGUUUUAAUAAAAGGGUAACUGCGGCUCAAACAACACUCGUGAAGGUUACCUUACAUCCCUCACCACAGGUACAAUUUAAUAAUUAAUAUUACAAGUUAGAAUGCUUAUAAAAUCUUGCCCGCUUGCAAUAUUUCUUACAGAGUAGCAACAUAUGUAAAAACACAACAAAAGAACAAUACAUAGUGCAGAUGGCAGUAGUAAAUAUUCCACAGAUAACAAACAAAUAGAUGCACUCACAUGAGGUAGAGCCCAAAAAUGAUAUGCUCACUUUAUGUGCAGUUAAGCCUUUUACGGUAGCAUGCCAGCAUUGUUUAAUCCUGGUGUUCCAAUCUCCAAGAGAAAACAGGAACAAAUUAUAGUUCAGUAUAUGUGUUUAUAAACCAGAUAGCCAGAGAAAGAUGUCAUAGUGUCACCGUACUAUUUAAACUUCUAAAUUAAAUUAAAGUAAUGCUUUCCUGUUCUCACAUUUAAUGGGGAACCUGCAAGGGGAAAGGAGAGAAAUCUUGUCUGGACGCAUCCUGAGAUUGCAAAGCGUAUCUGUUAAUUUCUCGUUAUUCCUAACAUGCCUGUUGUGGAAAGCAAGAAAGGCAAUCUGUUCAAUGUGUAUGUGUUUAAUGAAUAUAAUACAUUCCUUUAUUUUAUAGGAAAACCGAUUAGAAUUUUUUAAUAAAUUUUUUUCAAAAAGCAGGAAGAGUGCAUAUAGUGUAGUCUCAUGAAAAAGACUGUGGGGAUUAUAUUAUUUAUUUAUUUUUAAAUUAAUUUAGUUGCAGUUAAGGCAGUCAAACAGGGAUGCGGUCAAGCACGUUACGUGAGCCUGCCCAGAGGCUAAAUAGGGCAUUAUAAAGCAAAGUCACACAUCAGAAAUUAGUAAGCAUACAGGAACAGAACUGCUUCCGUGAAUGGCAUAUCACUUAGGAGAACUUCUAAUAACCAUAUGUUAAUCAAAUAUCUUACAUGUGUGGGGCAACAGAUAGUUGCUACACUGGCAAUAAGGGACUUUUUGUCAGUAGUUUCGACAAGACUGAAACCAAAGUAUGCUGUGUUUUGAUUGACUUGUUUAUAAUAGCGGUUUGAAGUAGAGCCAUAAUUGGAAGAGGUGGGAGUUAUAAUGCGGUUAUUUUUAUCUUCUUUUUAUGCUCCCUUUACUUGUUAACUCUGAUAGGAGUGGAGGUUGGAAGGUAAAUGCUACAAUAAAAACAAAUACACUUUACACCCUGUACUUCAAUUGGCUCUAGUUUCUAGUUUUAUCAUCAAGAGGUAAAUGUUCCUGUUCCCUGUGGUGGUAACACAUAUUGGAGAAACUGUUCUCUUUUUCUGUAUAUCAUCAUAGUUCCUUUUUCUUUUUACCUUUUUACACUACUUUCUGGUACCAAAGCCUCGCUCAACCAAGAUCAUCCUACUAGGACAGGGCUGUCCAAAAGGUAGAUCCCCUGAUGUUGUAGAAAUACAACUCCCAUGGUGCUCUGCUUGCCUUCAGAAUGCCCUAUACAAUGACAAAGCAUCAUGGAAGCUGUAUUUCUAACAUCUGGAGAUCUACCUUUUGGGAACCCCUGCACUAGGAUAAUGUGUUCAAACCAACAUCCUAAUUUAAGGGCUAAUUAAAAAAUUUAUAUUUUUGUUUUUUGAAAACAUUAACUGUAUCAAAUCUAAUUUGAUAAGUAAAAAAGAAAAAAGAAACCAUAUAAAAACUAUGAAAGAACGAAAUACAAAAUAAAAUAAAAUGAACAUAACAUGGAUAACUUCCUGCUUGAUGUGUUUCUGCUCACAGAUUCCUAAAUGUAAAAAAAACACAUCAAGUGUCUUUAUAUUUAGCCUUAACAGCAUCUUCAUUGUAAAGAGACAAACUAUUCUUUUUUUUUUCACCUUAAAAAGUACCACACACAUCAAGCAAUUAAUUUACUUAUUUUAAAGUCAAUUUACAUUCCCGAAUUGUUUAAUUAUCUACUGUGUUUCUGCAAUGUACUUGGAGUAAGGAACAAUUAAAAUAUCCCCUUGGGCUCCGUUUAAAUUAAUAUUUAUUCAGAAUCUAAAACAACAUUUUAGAUAAAUGUGCCAACUGUUCUUGUAACUGGUUUUGAUUGAUGAAUUGUCCUAUUCUUUUAAAUAAGGAAAAACAAUAGACAACCACAAUUUAAGUCCAUUAAGGCAAUGCUCCAAUUAUUCAGUUGAGCUCAAUUUUGGUUGCAUAGCUGUUGUUUUGGCCUAUCUAAACAGCACAACCUACAGGUUAUAUUUUUUACCAAGAUAGUCAAGCACCACGAUAGAUCAGCUGCUAUAAAACACAAAUUAUCGCAAUGAGGAUUACACUGUACGGGGAAAGGUUUGCAAUACUUGACAGCAUCAAACAAGUCACAGGAAGACUAAUGCGUCACAUAACACAAUGCCAUCCUCUACAAUGAAUACGUUCAGUAAAUUUACAUGGCUCUGGUAUGAGCUAUUUCAGGGCUAUGAUCUAUAGCUUACAUAUAUGGUAUUUGGAUUAAUUGAUGGAUGGGUGAAUGGAUGGAUGGAUAGACACAUUUCUAUAGAUUUACCUUGAAAUGUGAAAGUACCUGCUGAGUUCAUGUGACUGUACAUGUUUUUACAUUCUUUACGCUGAAACCUGAACCUUCUUACUAAGGUCAUCUAAACCCAGCAGAUCUCCAUAGACAUACUAAGGUGUACUGCUGACAUUAAUAUAAAAAUCUAUUAAAGUAGCAUUCAAAUAGUAUCCAGGAAAUGUAAGUUUCCUUUAACAUUAAUAAAUUCAGCAGAUCCCUUUGAAAGACUUAUUGUCCUAGCUCUCCUCGUCUUUUUUCUGUACACCACCCCCAUGGCAAAUCUCACAUCUCUCAUGGCUUCAGGGCUCAUAUCUUUGCACAUGACAUCCAGAUUUUUUUCUUCACACCUGACCUCUCUUCUCAAUUUACCUCGUGACUUUCUGACAUUGUCUCGUGGAUGUUCUCCCACUUUCUGCAAAUUAACGCAUCCAAAACAGAAGUACUAUUCUUCUCUUCCCAUAUCUCUCACCCACAUCUUUUAUUCUCUUUGUUAACUUGGCCAUUUCCCAUUCACCCAUAGAUCAUAAGCUGGGUGUCAUCUUAGAUACUUGUACUUCCAUCUGUUACUUCCACCUCCAGAGAAAUUGUCCUCUCCUCACAAUCUUUCCUGUUAAAAUACUUAUCCAUUCUCUCAUCCUCACCAAGCUAGAUUAAUGCAACUCUUUCAUGCUUGGUCCUCCUCAAUACUCUAGUCCAAAAGACAGUUGCCCACGUCUUGAUUCUGCUCAUUGUCUUUAAUGUUCUAUGUAACCUUGCUGUUCUUGUAUGUUCAAUAAUUUACUGCAAUUGUUAUUUAGUCUAACAUGAUUUAUCCUCUAACUAUUACCCCUGAGUAUACUGCAACUCAAUUACUAUAUCAAAUAUUUAUUUUCACCCAUUGUAUAAUUUGUUAAUCUACGUAAAGCACCCUGAAACAGUGAAAUACAUAAAAAAAGACUCAAGCACUAAAAAUAAACUCCACAGAUUACUAAACAUACCCAUCAAAAAUAUCUGAAUUAUAGUCACUAAAUUGUAGCAAAUUAAAAACCAAAUUGAAAACUUUUCAAAAAUAGUUGACAGUUUAGGUAUUAUAACCUGUAUUAUACAGCUUGGUUUUCAAGUCACCACCAUUCACUGUCUGGGGCAAUGGUAAGCAACUUUUUGCACCCCAGAUGUUUUGUACUACAUUUCCCAUAAUGCUCUUGCAUCCCUAAUGCUGGCAAAGAAUCCUGUCGUCCACAACAUCUGGAGUGCCGAAUGUUGCUUACCCCCGGUCUAGGGAUUAACCUCUAUCAGUGUAGUAUGGUUAAAAAAAAAAAUAAACAACAAAAAUAUAUAAUUUUGUUGAUUUGAUAUGAUGCAAAUAUAAAAUAAAAAAUCUUGAAUACAAUCUCAUACAUGAAUUAUUGUGCUCACAUAAAACCCAGGGAUUGUUGAACUUGCUAAUAUUGUGCCAUUUUAUUUACGUUGUACAUCUUUUUAUUGCAGCUAAUUCAGAAACUGACUGAUGUGGCCGAGGAAUGUCAAAACAACCAGUUGAAAAAACUGAAAGAAACUUGUGAUAAGUAAAUAGCUUUUUUAAAAUCUUAUAAAGCACUACUCCUGUACACGGAACACACAUUCACCUUCUUUAUUUCCUUACAUUUAGAGAGAAGAAAGAGCUGAAGAAGAAAAUGGACAAGAAAAGGCAAGAAAAAGUUACGGAAACAAAAUCAAAGGAUAAAAAUCAAAUGGAAGAGUGAGUAGUUUUGUAUCUAGGAAGAUUUCAUGCUAAACUAUUUUAAAAGUGAUGUAAAAAGUUCAGCGAGUAUAGUGAACACCACUGGCAGCCAAAAACAAGAAGCAUUAGGCCAAACUGACACCAAAACUCCAGAAAAAUGGAAUUAAGAGAGAUAAAAAAUUAAUUUAGUGAUGACCUUAGCUACAGCACCCUUUAACCCCAUAAGGACCAAACUUUUGAAAUAAAAGGGAAUCAUGACAUGUCACACUAGUCAUGUGUCCUUAAGGGGUUAAAGUUACACUCCAAAUCCCUAAAGCACUUUAGCUUGCUGAACUGUUUUAUGUGUGAAGAGUGUGUCCUCUUUUUUCUAUUUUACGAAAAGUGUAGAUUUCAAUAGAAAUUGGCACUUUUAGAAAUUAACCCUGUUACAACCCCCGGGCUGCUGAUCAGAAAACCAGUCAUGUUACCUGGUUUGUUUAUCUUAGUGGAGCUAAACUCAAGAGGCAGACAAUUACCCAGAGAACCUGCAUUUCAAAGACUUCUUAUUGAGAUGUAUUGGGAAGUCUGUGAUUGGACAUCCACAGAAAGUCUGGGUGGAGUUAGAUGGGCAGGGUUUGCAAAGGCUGCAGGCAAUAGAUCUGCAGCUUUUGCAAGCUGUUUUAAGAUAUAUCUCAAUGAAUAAAGUGUAAUUAAAUGCAUGUAUGUUUUCAUGGGAGUAUAUCUAUUAAACAGUGAUUUUUAGUUUAGUUUUGUAUUUGGGCAGUGGUGUGUCCCUUUAAAGCCUAUGAAAGCAGUGCCAAAAAUAUCUCUACCCAGUUCUAAAUCAGUGGUUAAAAGGGCUAUCUACAUCAUUUCUUAGACCUUUUUAGACCUUAAAUGCUCACUGCGCAUGAUCAGUCACCCUACCAUUGGUGACAUGUUUUAGUUUACUCCAAUUCAGGUAAGUAGUAAAUAUUUUAGAAAUGUACUUACUGCAUUUUACUGGAGCCUAUUAGGGUAACAAUUAUGGAAAUUGAAUAUCUGUUAUAGUGCCAAAACAAGCCUUCUUCAAGCAGUAAGUGUGGCAGUUUAUAAGAAAGUGAAUUGGUGUAAUACAAAUCUGGGAUAUUACCAUUAAUUAGUGAGCUACAUAAAGUACACAGCUAGUAAUAAAACGAUGUACAGCAUAGAAAUAUAAUCUCUGGUACUCCCAGUCCUUUGCUAACCCAAUCAGUUUCCUCUGCAGAAUACGUUUAAAUGAAAGUCCACGAAUAAAGAUCUUUUUAUUUUUUUCUUUCCUGUAAGAAUUCCAUUCAAUACAGUGAUUGCAUACAGUUUCUUUGAAUAAAGCAAAUUCUGCAGCGGAAGCUGUCAAAAUGUAUCCUAAAGCAAUAUAUACAUUUUUAAUAUUGGAUUGUUCCUCGCUUGGUAUUAAAAAAAUGGCAAUCCAGGAACCGGCUAUCCCAUCUGGACUCCCAUGAUGCUUUGCAUCUCAUUGAAUUGGACUUGGUGCUAUACCCCUGUCAUUUUAGCCCUGCAGCUGCAAUGUCUACAUUGCAGGGUUAAGCCUAUCUCUAGUGGCUGCCUACCAGAGAGAUGCUAGAGGCCCCUCCUGGCCUUUCACAGAGUUUGACUCCACGAAACGAUGCUGGACGUUUUCACGCUUUGCAUGAGGACAUCGAGUGUCUUCUAAAUUCCCACAGGAAAGCAUGCGCAUUAGGUUCACCCCAUGUUUUGAUGUCGUCAUCGGGGAGAGGGGAGUACUGUACUAUAGUAUACCAAAUCAUAUUCGUUACAAACUUUGCUCUAGAUCAGUUUUGCCUUGUUUUGUAAUGUUCAUUCAACAAAAGGUAAUGGUUGUAUUUGUUUAUCACAGGGAGAAGACAGAAAUGAUCCGAUCAUAUAUACAAGAAGUGGUUCAGUAUAUUAAGAGGGUAUGUGUAUAUAUGUGGUUACAUUUUAUGUAUGUAUGUAGUUACGUAUUAUGUGUUUUACAGUAUUAUAGACAUGCAUUUGGAUUCAUUUAUAGUAAAGACAUUUAAUCAAAAUAAUUACUUACCCCAGUAGGAACACCAAAACUGGUGCACUCCCCAUAAAUUACUUUCUAUAUAUCUUGGAGAAAUAGGUAUACAUUUUACACCACUGUAAAGUGAUAAGCAGGGUUGGUGCAAGGAUUUCUACCUACAAAGGUGAAGAUGCAUUUUUCCACCCCCACCUCCCCUUACAAAAAUGCAUCUUCACCUGUGUUGUUGUAACCCCCUCUUUUUGAAUUUCUCACCCCUUUUGUGCUUUAGUGUAUUUUAUUCCCCCUUUAGUGCCUUUGUGCCUUUGUAUGUAUCUUACUUCCCCCCAGCCCCUUUGUGUGUCUCUUACCUCCAGACCCUUUGUGUGUCUCUUACCUUCAGAUCUUUUCUUUGUCUCUUUCUUACCCCAGCCCUUUUCUUUGUCUUCUUCUCCAUCACAGUCCCUCUGUGUGGCUCUUUUUCCCCACAGUCUGUUUUGUGUUAUCCUCCCCUCCAGAUCCCUUUGUGUGUCUUUCCUCCCAAGCCACAGGCACACAGGCAUCGUUUUUCAGGCACACAGUCAAAGUCAUACAGGUACACUGUCAUACAAACACAAAAUUUAUCAUACAGAGACAUACAGACACAGAGACAUGCAGUUGGAGACAUACAGACAAAUAGGCAGACACAUACAGACACACAGACAUAAAGACAAAGUCACACAGAGACAUACAGGCAGAUACAUAAACACAUACAGACAUACAUGCAUACAGAGACAUGCAGGCAUACAGACACAUAUAUAUACACAGAAAUACAUGCAUACAGAGGCAUCCUGUCAUACAGAAACAUACAUACAUACAGGCAUACAGAUACAUACAUACAGAGACAUACAGGCAUACAGAGACAUACACACAUGCAUACAGAGACAUACAGGCAUACAGAGACAUGCAUGCAUACAGAGGCAUACCGUUAUACAGACACAUACAUACAGGCAGGCAUACAGAGACAUACAGGCAUACAGAAACAUAUAUACAAAGACAUACAGGCAUACAGAGUGUCACGAACGUGGGCUAUUGGCCCAGCCGAGACAGUGGGGAAAGUGUGGAAGUGAAAGAGUUAAUGACACCAGACCCCUGGUUAUCUGUUGCUAGUCCCAAAACCCAUUAAAUUAACCCCUGCAAAACCUUCUACACUUACACACUAGUACACACUUUACUGCCAAGACUUUAUAUCCGGGCGUCUUAAAUUACCCCACACAAAGUCGAAUAAUAGUAUCACAACCUUACUUUACUGAUUAGACAUAUAUAAUUACCGGUAACCCUUUUGGUAAGGUGUUUCGCUGAGCUUUCCUCAGAAGAGUGAGCUCAUAGAGAACAAAGACACAAGCUGAUUAAGUAAACAUUUAAUCUGACAAAAAGGAUUCACAGUGCUGGGUACAAAAAUACAGAAAUAAAUGACAUACAGAAACACAGAUAACGAAUUGCAAAAUGGUCCAUAAAAUAGAAGAAAACAGAGAACCUUACAUAUAUUUAGCACUUAUAUAUAAUUCUUGUGGGAGACUCCGAUGUCAAAGUUAUUGUAAUACUUCCUAUGGAUUUGGAGUGGAACUCAACUGCAGAAAUAAUUAGGAGAAACCUUAAAGGAUUAUCAGAACAAUUUUAUUAGGAUUUAAAUAGAACAAUUCUUCAUUAAGGAAUUUGACUUGUAGGUAGAUUGCUGAGAACAGUUACUGUAACUUUAUGGAUUACAAUAUGAUGAUAGCUUGAUAAGCAGAGUUCAUGUAGCUUUAAGGAAUGCAAUAUGAAGAUAGCUUGAUAAGCAGAGUUCCUGUAGCUUUAAGGAAUGCAAUAUGAAGAUAGCUUGAUAAGCAGAGUUUGUGUAGCUUUAAGGAAUGCUAUAUGAAGAUAGCUUGAUAAGCAGUGUUCCUUUAGCUUUAACCCCUUAAGGACACAUGACAUGUGUGACACGUCUUGAUUCCCUUUUAUUCCAGAAGUUUGGUCCUUAAGGGGUUAAGGAACACGAGCAUGAAGUUAGUAACUUCUAUUUAUAAGGAAAGUUCAUAGGAUGAAUCCAGGUAAAUAAGUUCAUGUAUUAAAUACAAGUUUAACUUCCAAUCAAUCUCAUUAGGAAGGCACUUAGAGAAAACUGGAGUGCCAAACAGAAUGGUAAUCAUCCAACAGUAUAACUUGCGUUUAAGAUGAUGAGCUUUGAGAAGCAGAGUGAAUCCUAAGGCAAUCUGAGUUAAUUGGAAGGAGAGUGGAGAUCAGUGGUUACAACAGUCCAGGUUUGGUACACGUAGUCAGUAGAAGGUGAGAGCUUGAUUGUAGCCAGUCUGAUCUAGUAGGAAGCUUUCAAAAUAAUCAAGCACCUUGAAUCAGGCGUGGUCCCUCUAAGUAGUGUGAAGAAGCCUGUGUCAGAGAAGGGGGCGUGUCAUUGGUCUGUGAACCAGAAAGUGUCAGAUAUCUGAGAAGCCGAUAGUUAAGUUCUGACAGUUAUCCAAGUAGUUGUUAAAAAGAAAAUCUCUCCGGAUAGUCCAACAUCCUCAAUAUAAGCCUUAAAACUAGUUGUUUUUCAGUGGGUAGACCCCUGGGUGGAUCAGAGGGGUUUGGCCUGGCAGUUUAUUGCCCACUCCAUAUUGUCUUAAAUUAUGUUGUCCUUUGAAGAACUCAAAGUCAGAGCAUACGCAUCUAUACCUUUUACAAUGUCCUAUGUCCAGCUUUGGUGAUGGUUAUCUUAGUAGUUUUAUGGUUAGGCCAUGUGUACGAUCAAAGCCUACAAAGGUUAUCCAAACAUGUACAAAAAAACAACUAAUUACAUAUAUCAAAUGCCAACUCAUGCUUUGGCAUGAUGGUAAACAUGUAACGGUCAGGAAUCCCAACAAUAACAAUUAUCACCUGGACCUGCCUGAUCAUAUUAAAAGGAGUGACUUAACUUUUGUGUACAUGCGGUUUCAGCUGUAACAGUGUGCACAGAUGUCUCCCCCCGAUGUGUCCUGCGUCCUCUACCGCCACUGCAUUACUGACGUCAGUUACUUUAUUACCACCCUGCCCAAAUGAACUCUGGGUCAACCAUAACGAUUCUAGCCCAUUGUGUCUUUACGAAAGAUAAUGUGUGGAGCAAUGCCAGAAGUGUUUCUGUUGUGGUGGGCUGUAAAAAUCGUAGUUGUGUUCAUAGUUGUAGUCAUGACCCCAGCUGUCUAAGUUAAUUUUGAACAUCAACAACACAAUUUUAAAAUGAUUUUGAAGAUCCCAGAAAAUAUUUAAUUGAAGUUUGCUCAACAUGUCAGACUUUCAUAUAGGUCGUAUUAAUUUUAAAUACAAAUUGUUUUAAUUGUUUCCUAUGCAAACAUCAUGGAAGAAAUUAAGAAUGUCUAUAGGACAAAUCAUACAAUAAAUCGUACUCAAAAUAGUUUUCAAGAGAAAACAGGAUUUAUUGCAAUUGAGAUAUAGGUAUGAAUUGUUGAUGAACUCAUAAGAGAAUCACCAAAGUGUUUUAUUUUAAAGAACAAAAACUAUUGGUAUAUAUACUCUAUCAGAUUUCUUCAUGGGCGUAAUGAUGUUGCAAUGAUUUCAGAAUUUUACAUGGGACACUGUUUUUUGUGACACUGUUUGAGGACUGUGUAGGGUUUUGGCUAUGCAGAGUGUAUAUUUAGGUAGAUUGAUGUUAGUAUGUACACAUCUUUUGAAUAUUACACGUCUUUAAGAAAUUAGAACAUUUUUAUGUUAUUUGCCCUAUGGAUAUUCACCGAUUUCCUGCCACAGUUCAUCUCUCAUUCCAAGAUAUUACCUGAGAUAUCACAAACUGAAACUUCCGAAAAUGUUACCUGCCAUCAUGCUGUAUAUACCAAGAUUCAACAGUGGAAUGACAAACGUGGAUAGAGUAUUUCAUGAAUGAAGGCAGCACUACUAGUGGUCUUUUCUUGAAAACAAUAUUAUUUUUAAAAAAUAAGGCAUGCAUUUAUGAUACACUGUAACCCCAUUGGAUUAAAACAUUAAACUGAAUGUUUUGUUUGCUAUGAUUAUUACUAGAGAAUAUCUAUAUAUAUGUUUCUCCAACAGUGGGUUGGGUCAGUUUAGGACAAGGCCCAAAUCAAUUGGUACUAAGCAUUGCACCCUUUUUCAUCCAUGUAUUCAUAGUUUGAGAAAACACAAUAGACAAAUUGAGUGAAGUCAUUCUUAUACUUGUCUACUGCGAGAGAUUUUGCUUCUGCCUAACCAUUUUUCUCCAAAGACACUCAUUUUAUAAAAAAUUUUAGCUUUUCCUAAUUAAGUUUUUUAAUUCGGCUUUAAUUAUUCAGGGCUACCAAUUGAGUAGCAUCAUCUACACUGCUAUUUUUGAAACAAAAUGUAUAUGACACAAUGAAGUUACAUAGUUACAUAGCUAAAAAGAAACCUGUGUCCAUCAAGUUCAGCCUUCCUCACAUUUGUUUUUUUGCUGUUGAUCCAAAAGAAGGCAAAAAACCCAGUCUGAAGCGCUUCCAAUUUUGCCACAAACUAGGAAAAAUUCCUUCUUGACCCCAAAAUGGCAGUCAGAUGUCUCCUCGGAUCAAGCAGCUAUUACCCCACUAAUUAGAAAUUAUAUCCUUGUAUGCUGUGUUUUUGCAAGUAUUUAUCCAAUUGCAGUUUAAACAUCUGUCUGGACUCUGAUAAAACCACCUCUUCAGGCAGAGAAUUCCACAUCCUUAUUGCUCUUACUGUAGAAAAAAAAUGUUUCUUUGCCUUAGAUGAAAUCUCCUUUCUUCCAGUCUAAGUGUUUACUCUAUUUGCAGCAUUCCAGUAAUAGAACUAGGAUCUCUCCUUUAGUUUACAAUCCCAAACCUUGACAAACAUUUCACAUGGAAUUCAAUGAAAAGCAGUGUAAUAAUGAAUUGUAUAAAUCUCUCAUGUCUUCUUUCUUUUGUAUGAAAAACAUCAGAAAGUAUUUAACUUUUUAAUGGCAUGUAUUUAGCAGCAAGUAAUUUCCAGAAGAUUUUUGUUGUUGAUUUAAUGUAGUCAAACCCAAACUCACUGAUUGGAUGGAGCUUCUUCCUCAUAGACAAAAAGAUUUAAACCGAUAAAUAACAGUUAACAUAAAAAAGAUGGAGCUGAAUGGAAAGAUUGCCUGGUUUACAAUAUGAGGGAUAAACUCCAAGGAAAACCAAAAAUAGUGAAAAAAAGUAACCAGGAAUGUGUAAAGCAUAACUUUAUCAAAAUAGUACACAGACAGUGAGCUAAUCAAACAAGAUUCUAGAAAACGUCCGUGGGGGAGGAGGGAGGGGAAGGGGGGGUUACAAUAUAUACAAAAUUUAACAUAGAACAGGCAGGAAAUAUAUAAUCAACCAUGACACGUGCAUUCUGUUUUGAGGUAUGUAGAGAGGGAUCUCUUAAAUGACUUUAGGCUUAGGGAAGAUUUUAAAUUGUGCGGGAGGUCGUUCCACAAUUGCAGUGCUCUGUAGGAGAAGGAGGAUCGGGCCGCUUUCUUUUUGUAUUGAGGUAGACUAAGUAAAGUGUUUGUACUGGAUCGGAGCUUAUAGAAAGUGGGAACAGCUGGGGAAAGCAUUUUGUUCAGGUAGGGUGGGAGUUUCCCAGAAAAGCUCUUAAAAACAAGGCUGGAAAGAUGAAUGGUGCGUCUGGAUUCCAGCGACAGACAAUUUAGUUCCUUUAGCAUGUCACAAUGAUGGGUCCUGUAAUUACAUUGUAGCACAAAUCGGCAGAACGAGUUAUACAAUGUAUUGAGUUUAUUAAUGUGGGAUUGCGAUGCAGACGCAUAUACUACAUCCCCAUAAUCAAUGAUUGGCAUCAGCAUUUAUUGUACAAUCUUUUCCUUUACUGUAGGGCUUAGGCAGGAUUUGUUUCUGUACAGGGCACCUAAUUUUGGAUAAAGUUUAGAUGCAAGCUUUUCUAUGUGCAGGCCAAAAGCUAGAUUGGGGUCUAACAUCAUACCCAAGUAUUUGAAAGAGUGGACUGUGGUCAGUGUGCCAUUUGAAUUUGUUUUGAUGGAUAGGUGGGGAUUGUGUAAUUUGUGUAAUUUAGGUACUGUUCCAAAGAUCAUUGUGACAGUUUUGUCAGUGUUCAGGAAGAGUUUGUUUUUUGCGAUCCACUUUUCUACGUCUGUAAACUGGUCUUGGAGCAAAGCCUCAAGUUGCGGUAGAUUGGAUUUGCUCGCAUAGAUUACUGUCAUCUGCGUACAUGUGUACAUUUGAGGAUUGGCAGACAUUAGGCAGAUCAUUUAUAAAUAAUGUAAAUAGUAGGGGGCCAAGAAUGGAACCCUGUGGGGGUUUAUCCUGGCCCAUGAUUGUUCACUUUUUUGUAUUUGCACAAUCGAUUCUAGUCCGGUGUUUUAUAAUCCACCAAACAGCAAGAUCAAAGUGCAAAUAUACGUACUGAUUGUGAAGUCUCAAAUUAAUGAUCAUUUUAACUAUUUUCACACCAUCUGUAGGCAGUGUUAGUGUUUACCCAUCGUUUAACACAUUCUGUCAUCACAGCUUUUGUCUGCUGAAUACUUGCUUGGUGGGAAUAUUACAGUAUACUGAUUAAAAUAAAAGGAGAAUAAAACCCAUUUCUAAUGUAUAAAUAACACGCUGAUCAUUGAGACAUAGAGAGGACAGGAUAUAACAAAGAGAGGGGUGACAUCUUAUGACAUAUAUUUACCUAUCUAUUAGAGUAGAGGUUAUUGAGUAAUCUAGUCUAAUGUCGCAUUUUGUGUUUAUAUACCAUUUAGAAAGAUCUUCCACGUUAUUCAGUGAAUCAGUGUCUAAAAGCCAAACGCUACAAAAAAAAACACAACACAAUCCUAUGUGAUUAUAAUGCAAUCCACUAAUGAAAGUGAAAUAGAACAGGAGUUAUGACAUUGUGGUUUUUUUUAAAGACAAGCGAGGAAUAACAGAGGUGGGAGUUUCUAUACCAUGGCUACAUAGAAUGUUCUAGAAACCUCUUCUUAAAAUAAACGUUUAAAGGUGCAUUUCUAAGUCAAUCGGUCAGCACAAAAGUGUAAGUAAAAUAUCAUAUGCCACCAUGUUGGACAUUUACAGGACAGCUGAAUUUUAUUUUGAUUUCAUUUGAUAUGAAACUUAAUAACAAGCAUUUCUUUGUUGUAUUUUUCAAGCUGGAAGAUGCACAGAGUAAGAGGCAGGAAAAACUCGUAGAAAAACACAAAGAAAUUCGCCAACAAAUACUGGAUGAAAAGCCCAAGGUAAAGCUUCCUGUUUCUAUAUUUAGAUGGUGGAUUAAAUGGAAUAGAACGCUUGCAGCAAAGAGAGGGAGAAUCUAAGAAUGUUGUGUUUCCAAGCCGUUAGAAUUAUUGAGUUCUCCUAAUUCACAUCAUUGUACCAGCUAUUUAAAUAUAACAGGUCCUGGAAUGCAUUUGUUUAUUUGAUUUUGUUUAAAAUGUGAUCUAUAGGUAUCACAAUCUGCUAUAUCAUUUUAUUGUAGAUUUAACACUAUAUCUGCCAAUUAACCAAGGCCAAGUUCCCCUUUCUUUUUGAAAAGGUCAGGAACUUCUGUUGAAGUGCUUAGGAGAUAGUACUGCUAGUGGGUGGGUUGGACCACAUGUGGGAGUGGACAGAGUUAAAUAAUGUUCACCCAUCACAUGCAAAGAAGAGAGAAUUAGCCUAGGGGCCAAUUCUUAUGAACUGUUUAACCCCAACGUUGCAAAUAUGGUUCCUGUCCACUCUGCAGUUCUCCCUCUAGUAAAAGUUUAAUGCUCUCAGCCUAACACUAUCUCCCCAUUUUAAAAAGACUAUGAUCAAGGUGCAUAUUUUUGAGAAUGUAGAGGUAGUGAUAAGCUAAAAAAGUCCGCUGAUUAUCUCAGCCUAUCAGCAGUGCCCAGUUUAAGGCUUCCUCAUUGAAGUCUCAGGGGAGGGGCAGAAUAGACGGUCACCAUUUAUGCAACUUUGGGGUUAAACUGUCUUUAAACAGUCUUUUUACCUUAUGGUAAGAUGGCACACAGAAACUCCUGGCACCAUAACAACAUCAUUAAGUGAUGUCAGUCAAUGAGCUAAACCCUGCACCAGGCUAGCUCAGUGCAGGGAGCUUUCGUACUGCAAUGCAAACCACAGUUAAGUUGUCAAACUGUGGUUAUGGUGUUUGGAGUGUUCUUUUUAAAAAAAAACAAAAUUGCCUUUUCUGUGCCUUCAUUCCUGAUAUUGUAAUCAUGCUAAAUAAUUGUAGAAACUAAGAAUGUGUAUGUAUUAUAUUUGUAACAUGCAGUAAUUAGUGCAACUUUGUAUUGAGUGUGAGUACAAAUAUUCAUUUUAACUGCUGAAGAUGAAAAAUAGAUUUAUUUAUCAGCUAUUGGGUUGUUAAUUUUAGAAAUCAAAAUAUAUUUAAAAUAAUAUAGAUACAUUUGUAUUUAAAUAUAUUUAAAAGAGUGCACAUGCACUAUAACCCCUACAGCUAGCUGCAGUGGGUAUGGUGCCCGGGGUAUCAUGGCAUCCUCUCAGUGCAAGAGAUACAUGCAGAUUCUGUUCUGAUGUCAUAUAUCUAUCCAAAGAUGUUUCCCAGAGCAUCAUAGGUUUUAGAACAACUGUAGAUUUGUGCCUGUUAUCUAUUCCAGGUUUAUGGUUCUAGAACAGGUGGAGAGCUACAUGAAAUCUAUUCCUGGUUUAUAGUGUUCUGUCUAUACAAACUACUGCUGUACAACAAUUUAAAUACGUAAGAGCAGACAUUCCAUCUCCAGCAGGGUGCGCUGUUUGCCAAUAUCUGUACAAUGUUUUCCAUUAUAGUGUUUUUACUUGUCCAGUGAUCAAUGGCUGGUACAUAGGGUGUAGAGGAUGUUAAUAUUUUUAUUAUAAUAAAUUUAUUUCAAAACAAUGGUUAUACUGAAUAAAAUGAGAUAUGUGAAAAUUAUGUUACGUUUUCUUUUCAAUGCACUUAAAAUAUUUCAGCUUUUCUGUUUUUUUAGCACCUCUCCAUGAGACAUUAAAAAUACAUGUUCCUUGUUUUCUAAUAAUAACUCUGCCUAGUAAUAACCAUAUACAUUGUAAAUAGAUUGUGGUGCGUAUCUAUUUUAAAUGACAUAUUUUAAAUUCUCUGUUUGUGAAUGCACGCUUUAGCCAUUAUUUUUUGUUUCACUGGUGUCUUAGGGAAAUUGAGACAUCAGAGGAAAAAUCAGGAUUGACAUUUCCAAAUAAUGGACUGUUAGUAGGUAUGAGGACUCCAAGACCUUCACCUAUUGCCUGUAUAACAUACCUGGGCUAUUCACAAAAGCAGAUUAUUUAUGUAGAACCUCUAGCAUAUUCCAGAAGUUCUCAAAUCAUUCUGCAAGACACCAACGUUCCAGGAUUUGGGCAUUUCCCAUAUCUGAUAUUGCAAAAAACCUGGACCAUUCUAGCCUCGAGGACUAUGUUAGGAACCACUGCUUCAUAUUAACACUUGUUAAUAUUUGGUCCUAGGAUCAGCUUAUUCAGAAAGUCUAUGGCAUGUGUUUUUAUAUAUAGGGAGUUGGAAGACUGGAGACUGGAGAUUGUAUGUGUAGCACCACAUUCUGUAGAAUCCAGGCCGAGUUAUAUUUCAGCACAGAUUUACAGUCAGGUCAUGUGACCAUUUCGCUAUAAAUGUAGGUCAUUCCUUUGUAAGAAUUUUAUUUUGCUGAAAUCAUAUAUUAUAUCUUGGUUUGUAGAAAACAUGCCUAAUAAAUCCAAUUUCCUGUGCUAUUGUAGCGAAAUCGCUGCUGCCUCACUCGUGCCAAUCUAGACUCCCAGCUCUCCUAUUAAAUGCAAGGAAAUGCCUGUCAUGUAAAUAUAUCUGCACACAUUCAAAGCCGUGUUUAUAAGCUCCCAGGAUUAGCCAAAGCACGAUAAUUUCAGAGAGAACAAUUACAGUUCCUUAAUGGAAUUAAUUUUUAUUUUUAUUUUUAAGCAGCAGGUAUAGUGAUUUAUCCCACAGUAUAGAAGGAUCGGUCCUGUCACAGCUGUGUCUUAACCCUUUCAAUACACAAGCAAUACAAUUGUUGCCAAUCUGAAACUGGCAGAACUAUUUACUAAAGUUUAAUUUUAAGGCCAGAGUAGAAAACUGAAAUAUAAACAUAGCUGGCUUAGACAAUGUUUACUUUUCAGUUAUUUUGACAUUGAAUUUGGAAUUCUCUUUGCAUUCUCUCCUUAGUAAAUAACCCUGUAAAUAUAUGAUUCACAAGUCAAGUAAACGUGAUAGCACGCACACUAGAAUUCCGUUUUAUCGUCAAUUAUUCUGAAAUGUAUUUCCUUUUAUAAAGGCGCUGCUUUUGUUUUACACAUGGCACAUACAAUAUUUAUUAAGUAAAUGCAAUAAGUAAGCUUCUAUAUUCAUGUAUUUGUUCCCCAGAAGCAUAGAGAAAGCAUUCACAGUUUGUUUGUCGUUGUCAGUUGCUGGUGUUUGUGAUAUAUAAACAGAAUGCAUAACAUUUUAAAUUAGACUUCCUGUCCGAACCCCAAUAUUGAACUUGGUGGACUUUAGACUUUUUUAAACCUAGACUACAAUAUAACUAUGUAACUACCAAUAUUUCUUAUCAGAAUCAGAUGUGGAGUUCACAAAGGUCGCAAGUGUCUAGAAUAGAAGUGUCUUCUUUUUCUUAAAGAGAAAUGUGUUUUUAGCACAAAUACUGUAUUUUACUAAAUUUAUCAUUAUCAUGCUAUAAUUAUCACAUUUAUUUCAGCCCUAUCAGAGAAGUAUGCAACAUGUGCAUUGCACACUGAGAGCUAGAUUUACUAACUAGUGUUAAAUUAAUUGUCAGGUGGGAAUCAUAGAUUUUAAUGCUAACACGUAUUACUUAAGUCUCAGCAAUAAAAUAAAUCAGGGCUAUUUGCUUAAGUGAAAAUUGUCAGGUUUUCAAAGUGAAUUUAAAAUUUAAGGCCAUGAUAACUGAACUAGAAAAAUUCUCCAAAUGAACUACGCUUUCAGUUGUAUGAUUCACCUAAAGACUGCAUUGGAAUUAUUAAAGCCCGAAAGUCACUGAAGGAUAUUCACAAAAGUGUGAAUUCACAUUGAAUUCACAGUUAAUUUGAAAUUUAAGGCCAUCAAAGCCAAACUGUAAGCUUAGCUGACUUAGAGAAUUUUCCCACUUUGGCUAUUUUUUCCCGCUAUGUUUUUUUGUAAUAUAUACACUAAGUAUUGAUGUUGUCGAUUAAUGAUAUCUGAAAUGAAAAUUUAGCCCUGGAUAGUCAGAGAUCACAUCUUAUGCUAUUCAUGAUUAGUCAAUUCUGCCUCCAUUUACAGAAAUGUUUCCUUCCAUAAAGACAAUCGCACCUUGCCUCCCUUUGACCAUAGUAGCAAUUUGGCUGUUCUGACAUCAUAUAUCUGUGAUACAAUGUCAAGAGUUAACUUUCCAAAUCAGCACCUUAAAGAGAGAUGAGCCCAAAGAUGGUCAGGUCAGGGAGCCCCAUUGGUUUGAUUUAUUUGUAAAGUAAGGCGAUGUUCCUGUUUAAACACUUUUAAACUCAGAUUCUGACAUUUUCAAAUGGUUGUUUAACUAAAAUGCUGAGUUUACCAAAUGGAUUUCAACUGGCUUUAACAGCCUCCUAAAAUCUUUCUCUACUUUUAGGGGUUAACCUGCACUAAUUGGUUAAUGGCAUUACUGAUACAGCCUCUCCCCGCCCCCUCUGACGUGUUGACAUUUGAUUGGCCGUGUUACAUAAUUAGAGGGGCAGAGUUACUACACUUAAAAACAGUCAGUAAACUCAAUUCAUUUCUACACUUGACAAAGGCGCAAAUAUAGCGCCGAAACGCGCGUCGAGGAGGACACCAUUAUAGGAGAUUUUUAUAUUAUUAGGGUUUCCUAGGGGCUCUGCCAUUAUGCACUUUGCCCGGAAAGUAAGUUUAGCUUCUUUAUUUUAGAGCUGCCUUGAAGCAGCUAGAGAGAUUUGGGGUGUGUUAGGAUCUGUGUGGGACUGAUUCUGAUUUUUAUAUGAUUGGGAUUUACCUUUACCUUUACCUCUAAGUACUUGUAUCACCCUGAGUAUGAGGGUACGGUUUAUGGAUUAGGACCUUUAAAGAGGUAUCUCAAUAUGGAGUUUUUGGGGUAUGCUUAAACCCUGGUUUAUGUGCCUUCAGACGCAGUAUUCACCUAGGUUAGCUACCCUGACUAAUCCCAGAUACCUCUCAUAUAUAUAUAUAUAUAUAUAUAUAUAUAUAUAUAUUGAUCAAGCCUUUUUGGAUGACUUUUUUGUUUUGUUUUUUUUACUUUUUUCUUUUUAACUAUAAUCAGGGUUGUGGUUUGCAGUGGGGAAGGGGGUAGGUAAUUAUUGUUAUGAACUCCUACCAUCCUGUUUUCCCCUUUUAAAUCCCAUAUUCAGCCUUUUGAAGUAGAGUUUGAUCUAAUUAUUAAGGUGGGGGUGGCGAAUUGACACUACAUGCACCUACCCUCCUGUUCCUUAUACUCAGACUCUACUAAUAUACCAGUUUACUUCCAUUACCUUCCAUUAUCCCUAUCAUUGCAUCUACCCAUACCACUUAUUCACUUUUUUAAAUAUAUCUCUAAUAUUUCGAAUAUCUCUAAUUUUCAAUAUAUAUCUAAUUUUGAAUCUAAAUGCUAAGCUUUAUUCUUCCAAUUCCCAUAGACUGCUGCUAUUUAAUUGGCUACAUUUUAGCCUUCCACUUGGAAUACAUUUUAUUACUAAACAGCUGUCUUUCUUGAUACUAUCUUUCUACUUGGAUUGAUCAAGAAUUAGUAUAUUUUCUCACGCUUGCUGUGAUAGAUAUAUAUAAGCCAGAUAGGCAGACCCCCUAGGUUUCUCCUUUUUAAUAUUACACUUUCACAAGUCACUUUUGUGUUUUUCACUUUGUCUUGUUUUUUCACUAUUAUGUAGAUAUACACUUAAAAUACUAAAAGUUUAUAUUUACAUUUUUUGGUACUUGCCAAUUAUAUUGGGUUAUACAUGUUAUAUGUGGGUAAUUUAACCUUUUUUUGAGAAUCCUUACCCAUAGUUUUUUUGACUUGGGACCCCCUUUUUUAAAGAAAGAUUUGUCAUACUUUUUUUCCAUUUUGUCUUUUCUUAGUUAAGCCCAUAUUACCCAUUUAGUCCAUUCUUGACUCUUGGGUCAAAUUUUUCCUGCCCCUCUAGUCAUGUAAUAUUUUGGUCUGUCCAUUAUCACCUUCACUAUGGUCACUGCACUACUGAGUUCCCAAAAGGCUUUUCACUGUAGCGAUAAUCUUGUACAUCCAGGUUCUAUGUCAUCCUGAUUUUUAGCUUUACAGAAGCAGUCUGCACUGAAAUAUAUUCUGAAAGCACCCGCAAUUCAUGAACCCAUUUACCUGUCUGGAAUAACUGUUUGUUUGAAGGAGAAACUAGAUGAACGAUAUUAAAUUUUUAUAUCAUACGCCAGAGCAAUAUUGACACAAAUAUUCCUAAAUAUAUUACUCUUCUCUGUGCAUGAUGCUGCUUUGCCAGUUACACAUUGCCCUACGCAUUUAUUUUCCUUGAUAAAUAAAUUCAUUCAAUACGUCUGUCAUUUAAUUGUUCAAUUAGAUCUGAUUGUUUUCAUUCUGACAAGACUGAGGACACCAACUAAAAGCUUUAAUUUAAUUUGUAAAAAGAGACAAAUUUCUGUAAUUACCAUUUUAUUUUGUUAUACAUUUUUAUGAUUCCAUGAAUUAUGCUUCAAUUAAAUAGUCUAGUGAUUUAUUGAUAUGUUAACAUUGUGCUUAUAUGCCAAGCGGACAUCUCAAACCAUUUCUCUUUUCAUCCUAAUGGAAAUUGUGCAUCAAUUUUGUGUGACCAUUAUCUGGCAAAACAUUAAAAAGAAAACAAACAUUUAAAUUGACUAUAUCUCUAUGCACCCCGGGCUAUAGGUGAAGAAAAUCUUCCCUUUUUGGGUUUAAUUUUUUUUUUACGUCAGAUUUACUUAACCCCUUAAGGACACAUGACAUGUGUGACAUGUCAUGAUUCCCUUUUAUUCCAGAAGUUUGGUCCUUAAGGGGUUAAAUGAGGGGUCCAUCGCAUAACACUAUUUAAUAAAAAUAUUGAACAUUGCUUAUAACUUAUGUUAUUUUUUUUUCAUACGAUUCUUCAUUUUCUUUUAAAUGUAUAUUUUCACCACGAUUAAUUAGAGCCUGACAUUUUUUAUUUUUUUUAGCAACAGGUAAAAGUUGCAUAAAAUGACAAUUUCUAGUGUCUGCAUCUAAUCGGCUACACCAGGGUACAGAACUCAUGAGCAAUUUAGAAAACUUAUAUAGAAAAACAUAUAAAAAAAGCAGCGGGGCAUGAUAUUGAUUAGACAGACUGCGCAAGUGACGCACGGAAAUUGGAUACUUUUACACCACUUAUCCUGUGCCUGCCCUAAGUGUAGCCCCGUACCUGUCACUAGUAUUUAAUGGCCAGCCACUAUUUGCUGAAAUACCUGUCAUUACUUGUAGCAAGUAGUGGAUACAUUAGUGUUUGCCAAUUUCACAAGGGAGUUACUACAAAGCCAGUAGCUAACAUAACAACUCCCAUGAUUAGCGUUUGGUUCCAAUCCUGUUGCUAUUUUUACCGGCUGCUGCUAAGUAUCCAAUUUGAUUUGCUGAAAAUGUUUGAGCAAUCUCACUCUUGGUAGUAAAAGUUGCCAUUGGAACUGGUUUGGUGUACCUAAUAUUGUCACUAUUUUUAAGGCUUUACACCAGGAAAAUUAUUAUUACGCUGGAGCUGUACUACAAAAAUUCGCUAUUUUUUUAAAAGAAAUCCAACUGUAAAUAUUUUUCUAGUUUAUGCUGGUUUUUACAUGCAAUACAUUAAGCCAUAAAGCUUUAGAAAAUGCCCUUAUAAUACCAGUUCAAUCCUGACACAAACAUGGCAUACAUUGCAUUGGAGGAGGGGAGACAAUUGUCCCAUGUCUCUCCUCCUCUCUCCUUGCUUUCUCUAUUCUGACUGUUUGGUGCAAAGUGCAGGACUUAUAACAAUGAUUGACAGAUAGCAGUGAUGGAACUGCCCAGCUCCAGGAUACGGGUAGAUACAUGCAGGGCCGGACUGGGAAGAAAAUUCGGCCCGGGCAUUUUUUAAUUACAGCGGCCCACUAAAAAGGGGGCGGGGCCAGAUAAGGUGUGUUUUGUCAUCACCAAUGACAAGCACGCCCCAUCACAAAGUGAGCAUGUUGGUUCAAUGCUCUUCCAGGGUAGACCAUGCGCAGAGCUCUGCUGAAGAGCUCUGGCAUGAGAAAAAUACCCUGUAUUUGUUCUGCACAGCGCAAGCAAAUUUAAUAACAUGCUUGCACUGUGUUUGCUUGAAAUUUGUCUCUGGUGUCUUCAUAGUUGGGAUACCAGGAGACAAAAAUGUGUGUGUGUGUGUGUGAGGGUGCUGUGAGUGUUAGGGGUGCAUUUUGUGUGUGCUGUGAGGGUCAGACAUGCAGUGUGUGUGUGAGGGUGCAGUGUAUGUGCUGUGAGUGUUAGGGGUGCAGUGUGAGUGUGUGUGAGGGUGCUGUGAGUGUCAGGGGUGCAGUGUGUGUGUGAGGGUGCUGUGAGUGUCAGGGGUGCAGUGUGUGUGAGGGUGUGAGUGUCAGGGGUGCGUGUGCUGUGUGUGAGGGUGCUGUGGUGUCAGGGGCAGUGUGUGUGUGAGGGUGCUGUGAGUGUCAGGGGUGCAGUGUGUGUGAGUGAUGGUGCUGUGAGUGUGCAGGGGUGCUGUGAGUGUCAGGGGUGCAGUGUGUGUGUGAGGGUGCUGUGAGUGUCAGGGGUGCAGUGUGUGUGUGUGUGAGGGUGCUGCGAGUGUCAGGGGUGCAGUGUGUGUGUGUGAGGGUGCUGUGAGUGUCAGGGGUGCAGUGUGUGUUAGGGGUGUCUGUGAGGCUGCUGUGCCCUGAGUGAUUAUAUCCCCCCUCCCUGCUUACCUUAUGCCUGGGAGGGGGGAUCCUACUGCUGGGGCUGCCAUCCAUCCCUGGUGGUCCUAGUGGUGAGUGAACUCUAGCCUGUUAGGCUAGAGUUCACUCUCGCGAGACCCGGAGCGGUAAGUUAAAGCUCCGCCAGGUUCCUCUGCUGGCAGGCUGGCUCCCUCUCUCUCUCCCCCAGCGGCCACACUAUCCUGCAUGUGGGCUGGUGAGGGAGAUCUCUGAUCUCCCCACCGGCCCGCUGUAGACUACUGCAGGGCCGGCGUUCAGAGAGCGCCGGCCCUGCAUAGACAGGCAGGGGAGAUCCUGGGACCUCCCCUGCCAGCAUCAGCCCAUGGCCACCGCGGCCCACCGGGCAUUUGCCCAGUGUGCCCGAUGGGCAGUCCGGGCCUGGAUACAUGAUUAAAUUUCUGCAGUUAAUUUUAUUCUUAAAACUUCAUCAACCCACAUUUGUUAAAUAUAAGAGACAAGUAAACAUAACAUUAAAAAUCCUUGGAUUUGAUAGUCCUCCUUUAAUUUUUUUUUUACAAAUAAUUAUGAGAAGAAUUAAGUAAAUUGUCCUUUAUGACUAAGUAAUGCUUUCUUUAUGGCAUUAAAUAAGGUGAAGAAAAAGUUAAUGUAAUUUGACAUCUAAGAAAAUUUUAAAAAUGUGUUUGAGAGCAGCCGUUUCCAUAUGUGCCAUCAGGGCAUCUCUUCUGUUGUCUUUGACCAUUUUUGGUUUUUUUUAUAGAGAGAAAUGUAAAUUUUGCUACAUAUCACUAAUAAAUGCCGGAAACAAGCUUCCAGAUAUAUGUAACAUAUUUUGUAAUAUAUAAUAUCUUUCUGUAAUGAAUAGGGUCUAUGUAAUAAUUGGCCAAGUGAAUAACAAGUGCCACCAGUAUUUUCAUUCAAUCUUUGUACAACAUUUAUCUAACUGGUAUUUAAAAAGUGGUAGAUGGGAUUAAGCUGAACAUUCUGUUUCAUGUGGAGUUUAUUCACUAAACAAAGAAUUAUAGUGAAUUAAAAGCUGUAUUGCUAAACUUUUGCAAAAUGUUUAAUUACUCCACAUGGCCUUCAUUUGAGCCACAGUUCAGGGACAAUUAUAUAGUUUAUUAGUAGUUUCAUCAGUCCAUUUGUUUCAAAAGGUCUCCCAUAACUCUUCCCAUCUUUGGCCAAAUCUCCAUCUAUCUUUCCCAUGCCCUACCCCAAGGUGUUCUAGAUAAAUUUAGAGGUGUCCGAAAACUAUCUCUAAUCUUAAAUUGCUGGAAUGGAUACUCGAUCAAGGAAUAUAAUUAAACAAAUCACUUCAUUUGAAAAAAAUGGCCUAGCUGUAAUGGUUAUAUGUCCAUCUUCCAAAAUGCAUGCAAAAUGUCUUAUUGGCAAUCGUUCCAUAGCUUUACAGAAAUACUCUGUGAGUAAUACAUGCCCUGUGUUCUCUAAAUAUAGCACUUAGAUUUGUUUCAGCAUAACGAAAAACAUAUUCUACAUCAUUUAUUAAAUAUACUCUGACUUGCUGGUGUGAUACUAAAUUACCUGCUUAGAUGUGCUGUUUACUCCAUUCUAUUCUUUCUAGCUACCUUGAUAUAGAUAUAAUCUUCUAUUUGUGGUAUGGAUAAAUUCUGCUGUUUAAAGCUAUCUUGAUAAACAUUAUACACAAUUUGUUGUUUGGAAUUAUCUUGAUAUAAAUAUAAUCUGCUGUUUGGAAUUAUCUUGUUAUGGAUACAUGUGGCUGUUUAGAGCUAUCUUGAUAUACAUUAUAAACAAUGUGUUUUUUGUAGUUAUCUUGAUAGAGAUCUAAUCUGCUAUUCAGAUAUAUAUUGUUAAGGAUACAUUCGGCUGUUUACAGCUAUCUUGAUAAAGAUAUAAUCUGCUAUUUGGAGUUAUCUUGUUAUGGAUACAUUUGGCUGUUUAGAGCUAUUUUAAUAUAUAAAUGCAAUCUACUGUUUGGGGCUAUGUUGGUGCAGAUGACAGUAAAGGAAUAAUGUGGUUAAGGUGUUUUGCCUCUGAUAGUGUGUUAUCGCAUUACUUAGCAGCGUACAGCUUUAUACUAUAGUCAUAACUUUUUUCAUUUGUAACCUAUACAGACUAACGUUGUUGGCACAUACACGCUGCUCCUUGCUGUAUAUAUCUGACCCGUACUCUCCCCUUAGACACGGAGAAAUCAGACAUUAUGAGCAUGGAAGGAAAUGUGAUUAUUUAUUAAGUGUUGUAGUUUGGCAAAAAAUAGACUCCCCUAGAGACCACCACUUCAUAAGCCAGGUUUAUAAUAAGGAUUUUGCAUGUCUACAUUUUCAAUAUCAAUUCUGUUUCAAGGACCACUAUACAGCCAGGAAAACAUACUAAUUAUCCUGGCUCUAUUGGGUCCUUGGGACCCCCUCACCCUAGGGGCCCCCCUCCUGCCGGGCUCUAGGGUGAGGAAGGGGUCAAUCCCUUACCUUUUUUCCAGCGUCGGGCUCCCUCGGCGCUGGGGACUCUCCUCUUCCUUUCCCAUCAUCGGCUGAAUGCGCAUGCAGCCAGUCUCAUAGGAAAGCAUUCUUAAUGCUUUCCUAUGGACGCUGGCGUCUUCUCACUGUGAAAAUCACAGUGAGAAGCGCCGAAGCGCCUCUAGCGGCUGUCAGUGAGACAGCCACUAGAGGCUAGAUUAACCCAUUUGUAAACAAAGCAGUUUCUUUGAAGUGGUCUGGGCGCAUAUAGUGGUCCAUUGAUCUGGAUGGCAGUGAAACUGUCCCUAAAUGGUUUGAUAUUAGACUGGAGGAUGGUUCCAGCGAGCUAAUUUCAGGAACUGCCAACAGCAAUUCUUCCAAGCCCAGCCCAACAAAAUGAAAAAUUCAAAGACAUCCCUGUAACCCUUUACCAUUAAGAGGUGAGCAAUAAUCAAGUGAUCUCCCUUUGUUGUAGUUUGCAUUCUCUUUUUAAAGAAUGCCUAUGACAACUUAUACCCUACCUCUCAAGUCUGUUACCCAGAAAGGUGGGAUGUGGGUGGAAGGGGGGUAAAGGGGGCAGACCAGUCACCCAAUUCUAUUAUAUGCUCCGCCAAAGGGUGUCCACUGAAAAUACUGGCCGGUCAGCUUUGCAUUAUUGCAAAUCCUUUUUGUACAUCAGGCAGCCUUUCCAUCAUUUAGGCCAGGCCACCGAGGGAGCACUGAUUCAGUAUAACUAGCAAUGCUUACAAUGAUACAUGCAGGAGACUAACAUUUGAAACACUUAUACCCAGAACCCCAUUUAGUUCAGAUAACAUUUAUGAUUGUGUAUCUGGCAUGCAACACGACAACAGCUAUUUUAAGCCUGAAUUGUAGAACAUUUAGUGUACAUCAAUACUACUAUUCUAAGAAAUUGCAGGUAUUCUAAGAAACUGCAGAAUUUUAAAGGGACUCUAUAGUCACUUGAACAACUUUAGCUUAAUGAAGCAGUUUUGGUGUAUAUUACAUGCCCAUGUAGCCUCACUGCUCAAUCCUCUGCUAUUUAGGAGCUAAAUCCCUUUGUUUAUGAACCCUAGUCACACCUCCCUGCAUGUGACUUGCACAGCCUUCCAUAAACACUUCCUGUAAAAAGAGCCCUAUUUAGGCUUUCUUUAUUGCAAGUUCUGUUUAAUUAAGAUUUUCUUAUCCCCUGCUAUGUUAAUAGCUUGCUAGACCCUGCAAGAGCCUCCUGUAUGUGAUUAAAGUUCAAUUUAGAGAUUAAGAUACAAUUAUUUAAGGUAAAUUACAUCUGUUUGAAAGUGAAACCAUUUUUUUUCAUGCAGCCUCUGUCACUCAUAGCCAGGGGAGGUGUGGCUAGGGCUGCAUAAACAGAAACAAAGUGAAAGUGAAUUGAGCAGUGAAAUUGCAGGGAAUGAUCUAUACACUAAAACUUCUUUAUUUAGCUAAACUAGUUUAGGUGACUAUAGUGUUCUUUUAAAUAAGAUGACGGGCAAGGCAAACAAACCACUUCAAUGAGAUAGAAUGGUCUGGAUGCCUAUAGUAUCUUUAAUUUCCCAAAUUCUCAUCUCUCAUGGAUAUAUUGACUAUGUUACUAUUAUGCAUCUCAUUUAGAAUGUGGAAUUAAAGGACGGUCAUAGAGGGUUAUUCACUAAACUCCACAUCUUAGAACAUUAAAUCUAAAUUGCAAAAUUAAAGCCAAAAUAGCCAGGCUGUGAUUACAGCCGAGUUGGAGAAUAUUUUCAGAACAGCAAGUGUGCCUACAUUUUGCAACUGGGACCUAAUCUGCUAAAAUUCUGAGUUUAGCAAAUAACCCUGACUUUUCACUCCACGAUUUAGCUUUUAUUGUAUGCAUGCUGCCUAGACUUCCUACUGAAAAAAUGCCUCACUUUUUCCGUGCUAUAUGGGUCAGUACAUUUUUAGUUAUUGUUUGUUGUCAAAGUGACGUUUGCUGUGAGCUUACGCACGUAAAGUAAAUUGCCACCAUAGCAUGUGGUUAAAAUAAAAUAAACAGAGGAAGUACAAAAGCAUAAAAGUCUGUGUUGGAUAAAUCCAGACAACCUAUGUAUUGUUAUUUUUUAAAAAUAGUAUAUACCUGCUGCUCAUUCCAUCUUAUCAUUUUAAUAACUAAGUAAAAACAAAUAUAAAAUGAUAUAUAUAUAUAUAGAAAGAGAGAGAGAGAUAAUUCUGUACUGUAGAGUGGGUGAAAUCGUUUUUGUCAUUGUUCCCCGUAAUGUAUGGUUGACCAUUCUGUUUCCUACUUUCUUAUUUAUUUAUUUAUUUAUGUUACAGAAAACUAUCCAGAAGAAACAUAGUAAAUCAUUUCUUGAUUUUGGCAGGGCUAAUUAGCUUUUUCUCUAACAACUAAGAAAACCAAGUAUUCUAGAAGCAUUCUAGAAAUCCCUUUUGUUUCUACUUUGUGGGCAGAUUUCAUUAGGUUGUAGGUUGACUUGACUUAUUGAUUUUUUAAACUCAUUUUCUGUUCUUGAAGUAAAAACUGCCUGCAUGUGAAUCCAUCCCCCAGUCAAACAGCAUAGUCGUAGACAGGACUGGUCUUAGACCUUCAGUUCACCUGCGUGUGUGUCUCUCCACCCGCACCACCCCCUAUCCAUUGUUAUUGAUUAUCAGUAUAUAAUGUAGAUAGAUGGAAAAGCCACUUUUGGCCUACCACAUGCAGUCUCUAACACACAUUUUUCAGAUGGUUUGCAUGUGACUCUUAGUGUCAAAAGUGUCUUGGUGUUUGCAUUGUCCGCAUGUUUGCAGAUCUUGUGUGUAUGCAAUAGCAUUAUGUGUGCGUGUUGGUGUUUCUUUUUGUGUGCAAUGUCUUCUUUAUGUGUGCAAUAUUGAUAUUAUUACUAGCAUUUAAAUAUCGACAACCAAGCGCUUUACAAUUAUAGAAAGGGGACAUUUGAUAACAAGUAAUUGGCAUGAUUGGUAGGGAACCUAAGACAGACAGGACACAACAGACAGAAUUGCAAUACCGGUCCUUAGAAUGGCUGGGCUAUGCAAAAGAAUACUCAAGGCAAGCCAAGGUCAAAGGGAAAUAGACCGACGGAAUACAAAGAGAAAAACCGAGGUCAGGGAGAAGAGAAAACAGAGUAAACAUAAGACAAGCCAAAGUUCGGUAACCAAUUAAUCAGAAAGUGUAUUACGCGCUAUUGGGUUAAACAAAGACCACAACAGGGCACUGAGGAAAGGGGGAGGUUAACUUAUAUACACACAGGGUGUGUCUGAUUGGCUGACCUGAUUGGGAGACGUUUCUUCCCUCCCUUGUGGUCUCUGAGGUCAUCAAUUCUGAAAGGUCCCAAAUGGGAUGCCUAAAUUGAUUGCAACUACCAAGGAUUGGUAGUCAACUACCAGCCUUGUCUUUGGUGGGUUUUGGCAAUCUGUAGGGGUACGCCAUGCAUUGCAGGUUCUGUGAUAAAGUGAGGAGAACUAACAUGCUCUGGUAAGUUAUAAAUCAAAAGUUCCAAAAAGGAAUCCUUAUAUAUCCACAGGAUGUGGACAGGAAAAAGACUAAUGUGCUAAAUGGUUGGGGUGACCUUUGUACUUUGGAGAUAAUUCCUGUUGAAUGGGUGUUUUGAGAGGAGCUACUUAUUUGUAGUGCUGUCAUGAUAUGGUUGGGGAAUACAUGUUCUGGAGGGUCUGUAACCAUUUAUCACUGUUGUUAAUGUCAGACCUUUUUUUCUGUUUGUUUAUUUGUUUGUUUUGUUUCUGUUGUAUUGUGUAUUUUUGAAUGCAUUGGGCUCUUCAACUAAUUUUAGAAAAAAAUAUAAUCUGGAUGAUUGCCCAGUAUGUAUCAACCAUGGUGUGAAAUUUAUCCAUAAAUAAUAAGAUGAUAGAAUAGAGAGAAACAGACAGAAACAAAUACAUUUUCUUAGCAAAAAACAGCAUCUUAUUUUGCUCAUUUUUACUUUUUUGCUAUUGGUACCAUUAUACUUUUUUGUAAUUUUAUAUAUAUUUUAUAUAGUAUAUAUAUUAUAUAAAAGGAUAGAUGGUAGAAUGGACUCUUAUGCUCAUGAAUAGAUAGACAGACAGAUCGACCUAUCACUUAUCCUAUGAAUGUAUAUGCUCAUAAUCAGAGAGACGCACAGACAAGUCGGAAGGCUCAUAAUGAAAUUGACAGACAGACAGACAGGUGCUCAUGAAUAGAUAGACAGAUCCACAUACUAAGGUAAAUAGAUGGACAGAUGGAUGAAUGUGCAGGUGAAUGGAAGGAUGAAUUAAUUCAGACAGACUAAAUGAUAGGCAGACAGAUAGCUAUCUCUGUGUGCUCAUACUAUACAGUCACAGAGCCAACGCGUUUGUGUAUACAGCACGCAUGUGAAUCCCUGAUACAAACUCUGGGUGAGAGUGUAACUUAAUCGACACAUUACCUACUUAUUUUACCUAAGGUGGACCUUGCUGUUCAUGCAUCUAUGCAUGAGUGGUUAAUAUGUCCACUUUAAUUACCUCACAGACUUCAAAGCCUAUACACUGAUUUUGCCAUAAAAUCUACUUUAGCAAAACUUUCUUUCCAAAUAUAGCUGUCCCAAUUCAAAAUAGAAUGUAGCGGCUAUAUUCUUUGUAUGCUAUCGGAUCUAUUAUAAACCACCAAAGCAACAUACUAUACUGAAAAUGUAAUUAAAGGUAAAUAUAUAUUAUUUAUAUUGGGCAAACAAGGGAGAACAUUAACUUUAAUGUAUUCACAUCUUAAUGGGUUACACAUAAAUAUUUCUGCACAUAGAACGCUUCUUUUUAUACAUCAAAAUCACUUGAUUUAUUACUUCCUUCGUUCCUUCGUUGGAGAGUUUUUACAACCAUUUGAGGGUUUAUGCAGGAAAUGGUGAUUAGUGGUGAACUAACCUGCAAAAUUCAGUUUACAUUAGCCAAGUGGGAACAAAACUAUUCAGACUAGCUGAGCUGGAACAUUUUUCCAACCUAUUGUUUUUUGGUCCAAAACCUGUAAGUUGGCUCCCAGAUUGAGCUUCCCCUGUGUAAGGAUAAUACCGAGCACAUUGCAUCUUAAUUAAAUAAACUGUUAAGGACUGGAUAUGUCAACUAUCUAUUGAGUUAAACAGCACAUAUAUCAAGAUCAGUUUUUAUUAAACAUGUAGUGGAAGAAUUGUUAAAGGGACACCCCAGGCUAACGCCGAGGUUUAGUGCAAUUAAGAGAUAAUAUAUUGAGCAAAUACAAGUAAACAAGGAAUACAAUGCAUCUGAAAAACAUAAAAGGAUAACCGAACUUCUAAAUUUAAAGCUGUGCUGAGCUUGGGAUAAUUCAUUUGGCUUAUGAACAGGAUUCCUUUUCUAAAAUUGUCAAGUCUCUAGUUCAGCCCCUUCCAGAUAAAAUCUUAAGAUCUCAUGAGGGUUACUGAACAUUGUUUUUCGUGAUGGGGUUAAACUAAACUCUUUAUUAAUAUACUGGUCAUCUUACACAAUAUAGAAUAUUGAAAACCAUAUUUUUUCCCCAAGAAUAUACACUGUAUGCUUUUGUUUUGCAUGCCAGAUGUUUGAGAAAUGCAGGUCCUAUAUUGCUAAGUCAGCCUUGCAUUUGGCUGAGGAUAAUGGGAAAUGUAGAUCAGCCAUGUCCAUUGUUUAAUCACAUUCUAAUAUUUUUCUGGAGCAAAACAUAUACAAUAUCUUCUUUUUUCUGCACAGCCCUGUAGGAAAUUUUCUAUUUCCAUCUCACGUAGUCAUAUAUUGUUUUUUUAAAUUGCACUGUAGCACACUUGAGACAUUUGCUUCUAUGUUUUAUUCCGUAGCUAUUUUUAACAUACCUGCAAUUUCUUAGAAUAGUAGUAUUGAUGUACACUAAAUGUUCUACAAUUCAGGCUUAAAAUAGCUGUUGUCGUGUUGCAUGCCAGAUACACAAUCAUAAAUGUUAUAUGGACUAAAUGUGGUUCUGGGUAUAAGUGUUUCGAAUGUUAGUCUCCUGCAUGUAUCAUUGCAAGCAUUGCUAGUUAUACUGAACCAGUGCUUCCUCGGGGGCCUGGCCUAAAUGAUGGAAAGGCUGCCUGAUGUACAACAAGGAUUUGCAAUAAUGCAAAGCUGACCAGCCAGUAUUUUGAGUGGACACCCUUUGGUGGAGCUUAUAAUGGAAUUGGGUCACUGGUCUGCCCCCUUUACCCCCCUUCCACCCACAUUCCACCUUUCUGGGUAACAGAGUUGAGAGGUAGGGUAUAGGUUGUCAUAGGCAUUCUUUAAAAAGAGAAUGCAAACUACAACAAAGGGAGAUCACUUGAUUAUUGCUCACCUCUUAAUGGUAAAGGAUUACAGGGUUGUCUUUGAAUUUUUCAUUUUGUUGGGCUGGGCUUGGAAGUAUUGCUGUUGGCAGUUCCUGAAAUUAGCUCGCUGGAUCCAUCCUCCAGUCUAAUAUCAAACCAUUUAGGGACAGUGUAACAUAAGCCAGAUCUAUACAUGGUGCCUUAAGACUACCCCCAUCUUGGGUCACGUUGAUAAUUUGGGAUUAAUACUUCAACAUUAUCAAUGCCAGUCUUGUCCAACCUAUUUAAGGUCAAUCAGCCAAAGUAAAAACAUAGCUAGAGAUUUUCUCAGAUAGAGAGACAGACAGACAGACAGAUGGACAGACAGCCUAAUAAAGCACCAUGGGAUUUGUAUAUUUGCAAUAGCUACACAUUGACCAUUUGACCAGAACUGCUAAUUAGUUCAUGCAAACAAAAUUACAUCAAAAGCUAAGUCGGUUCUCUCACUUUUUCGAAAACAGCAUAAAAAUGUAACUUCUAGAAAAAAAUGUAGAUGAAUAAAACAAAUCCUACAUGGUUGAAGCUUUGCCUCAAUAUCCCUACUCAUUAUGGCAAGUUUUGUCAUAUUAUUAUUAUUAUUGCAAUGUUGUAUUUAAAUUUGUAAAUUAUUCCCAUUUUGUUGUUUUGCUAAACAUUAGAAUCAUUUUGCACUGCAGUAUUUAUAAUCCGUUUUACUCGGCAUUCAGUAGCAGUUCUUAAGUUAAGAGAAAAAUGAAAGCACUUCGUGACCUAUCUUUUAGGGCUUUUAACUUUUUUUUUUUUUUUAGGCAUUUGACGAUGGUAAAAACAUAUUUAAAUUCGAAAAUGUAAUAUUCAUAGAUGCUUUUUGCAACUAGGAAAUUGUUGUUACACAGUACAUUUACAUUUGAAAUAUUUUUCUGCUUCUGCAAUUUUCUUUUCUUCACUACCCUAAACAUUCCUUAACCCCUAUUGUUAAAAAUAAGUACAUUUAAAUAGGCAGUAAUACCAGUAAUAUCUGCUUAUAUUCAGCUGUAUUCUAUACAAACUUGAAAAUAUAAACUUUAUUGUAUCAUAAGACCUAGUCCUAGACUAUAAUGCAUCAAUGUUCUAGAGAGAGAUAUGUCUUGGGACAUAUUCACUAAACAGUAUUCCUGGGAGCUGCUGGUAGGUAUAUGGGUGUCCUUGCUCCCACUGGAUGCUAGUAGGGUGCCCUGCGUGCUGGAGGGCUGCCCUGGGUGGUGUAGGUAGGUGUAGGUAGAGGUCUGCCCUGAGUGCUGCUGCUAUAGGUAGAGGCUGCUAGGGAUGGAGCAAGUUAGGUAACUCUUUGCAGGUCAGUAGAACACACUCAUCCUGUAACAGCUGGGUGAGAGAAACUUCACAACUUACUUUUUAGCCACAUCUUGACUCCAUGAUAGAGCUGGCUGGAGGGGUCACAUGGCCCCGGUGAACAGAUUUUGAUGUUCAGGUACCGAAGAUCGUUCGCAUACGAGACAUUUUUUACAAAAAUUUUUAGUUCGAAUACCGAAUUGUUCAUGUACACGAACGUUCGAGUUCCGAGGUUCCACUGUAGUUACUUGUGCACUAUGCCAGAUACCUAUGUACAUUUAAAUAACUGGAGUUGGUUUUUUUGUUUGUUAUUUUGUACAUUUAUUGAAUUGUGUUUUUGUUUUUUCUCACAAAUAAAAAUAAAUGAGGGGGGCUGGGGAUACAGAAAGAAGACAGUAGGGGGUACAGGGGUAAUUGUAGAUUUAUGCAUCAUAAAGUUAAAGACAUUUGUGCUUUCUAGAAACAACAUUCUGUCAUACAGCCGGCAUGAAGCAUCCCUAGUUUACCAUAACUGGAUGUGGCAUUGCUCAUGAGAUGAUUUUGGCAUCCUCAAAGACAUCUGCCGACAUGUGCAGAUUACAGGUUUUCUAUCUCAAUUAUCCUCACUCUAACAUUUUCACGGCCUCCCAUUAGGCCCAUAAGUUGACUAGUUGCAACUCAGCUAUCUCCAGCAUGUAGUCCUGUGGACUUCCCCGAUCUCCAUGUGUCCCACAAUUUCCAGGCACCAAUGGCUGGUUUUGAAGGGGGAGAGUUAUCGUGGAAUAAGAUUUCGUACAUGUGUUGUUUAUCCAUCUCUAUAAAUAAAGUAGAGAACGAAGGGGCAUUUUGUGACUUCCAAGCUUUGACUAUCAAGCGUUGAGCUGUCAAUGAUAUAUGUAGUGUAAAUUUUCGUACAUAACUUGGUAGGUUCUUUGGGAGGUCUAAUAAAAGAAAUGUGAGGUUGGAGCAGGAGAUGUAUGUUUGUAAUAACUGGAGGUUUUUAUUAUGACUCACGAUAUUACACCUGAAUCUGAAAGCAGCAAGGUGAAUUGUUAGUGUAGGCAGAUGGGCUCACACUCAAGUGGCCACUGGAGUAAUACUAAAAACCUCCAGUUAUUUAAAUGUGCAAAGGAAUUUGGGAUAGUGCGCAAGUAACUAUUUUUUUUUGUUUUUUGUUAGGUUUUUAUCAAACUGCUUCUUACAAUUUACACGAUUGCCACUUGACAAAUACAAAAUAUUACGAAUCUGUUAGACGUACAAUGAUAUUUCUCCUCUUAGUAUAAUAUAUGUAAGUGCACGCAAACAAAGUUUAGUCCUUCGAUAGCAAUAAUAAUUAAAAUGUAUUAUUAUUUUUUUUUGUUCUACAAACAACUUUCAAAGGAAAAAAGUUGCUCAAUAUCACAUUUUAAUGCAGAAACGUGUUGAUUUGAUUCUUAUCAGAUAAUGUUCUUCAGCCCUCAGGUAACGGCCCUUCUAAGAAAACACAAUUACUAGACAGUAUUGAGGCUAACAUUUCACACUGCUCGUCAUACUUGUAAUUGACCUUGCUUACUUAUAAAUAUAGAACAUGACUGUGAAAGGAAAAAAAACAUAUAUAAAUAUAAAAUUCAUAAAGAAAAUCAUUCAUUUGUAACCCAUUUACUGUUUAAUUUUAGGAUACUUGAGUUAUUCACUAUGGUGGGAAUUGUAAAGAAUUGUGUUUAUUAUCUAGGGUUAACCCUGCCUGCUGUAAACAUAGUAGUUUCAGAGAAACUGCUAUGUUUACAUUAGGGUUAAUCCAGACUCUAGUGGCUGUCUUAUUGACAGCCGCUAGAGGCGCUUCUGCGCUUCUCACUGUGAUUUUCACAGUGAGAUGACGCUGCAGUCCAUAGGAAAGCAUUGAGAAUGCUUUCCUAUAGACUGAAUGCGCGCGCUGCUGUUGCCGGGCAUGCACAUUCGGCGUAAGAGGGAGGAGAGUCCCCAGCGCCAAGGGAGCCUGGCGCUGGAGAAAGGUAAGCAUUUACCCCUCCCCCCCCCGCCCGGAGCCUGGCAGGAGGGGGGCCAUGAGGGUGGGGAGGUCUAUUAACACUAUAGUGCCAGGAAAACGAGUUUGUUUUCCUGGCACUAUAGUGGUCCUUUAAUGCGUGUCCACAUUGCAAUGUUAAUUGAUAUUUUAAUGUUAAGCCAAAUGAUAGACAAUUUUAGAAUCAACUGCUCUUCUUCCACAACACAUGCUACACCAAUUUGGAUUGGCUCCCAGGUAAUCAUACUAGGUCUUAAAUGGCUUAAAAAUAUUAAUUUCGAGUGCUGGUAUUCCUAAAAUGCCUCUGUUCCCGUGCAGAUGUUAGAAUAAAAAGCACCGUCUUCCACAACACAUGCUACACCAAUUUGGAUUGGCUCCGAGGUAAUCAUACUAGGUCUUCAAUGGCUUAAAAAUGUUAAUUUCGAGUGCUGGUAUUCCUAAAAUGCCUCUGUUCCUGUGCAGAUGUUAGAAUAAAAAGCACCAUGCUUUUAACUUGUUGCACAUUCUCAUAGUGUAAACGAUUUAAGAAAAAUCUCCUAUGUUAUUAAUUAACAUUAUUAAUCAUGAGAAGCUCAAAUUAGGUUUGUCGACUAAGUUACAAAUGACUAAAAGACAUUUUGGCAAAAGUGCAGAAAUUCAGAAUGGUUAUUCCAUGAAUUGAAGCCAGUCAAAAAUGUUCUGAAUUGCCCUCAAAUUUUAGUCAAAUGACCUAAAACGUAUCUAGAAAGAAGCUGAGUAGCUCAGAAAUUGGUAUUGAUACUAUCGAUUAUUUCUUAAUUAGACCCCAAUUAACCCCUUCACCACCAAGCACUAUUUGAUUCAAAAAAUAUUAGCAUAACAUUUGUUUUUUUUUAAGCGAAGGAUACAUACAUUUCAUAACACAGCAAUGUUGUGUGUAGAUUCCUUUCCAGGUGAACGUCAAACUAAAAUUAUGUAGAAAUAUACUAUUUUUAUUUAGUCACUUAUUCAUUAAUCCUUUACAAAAAUAUUUGAGAAAUAGAAAGAUUUAGACAGUAUACAGUGUCCUUUAUCUUACCAUGUUUCUCCCGGGGUCUGAAAUCUUAAUACAUCACAUACAGUAGAUGUGACAAUAAUAGAUGAAUAAAAAAUGGUCAGAUAAAUUAAAAAAAUGUUCAAAUACCAUGUUUAUAAUAAGGACCCUGAAGAUAUUACUAGCAGUGCAGCUUAAUUCAAAGAGCAACAUAAUAAAAAAAUAAUGUCUACAUCUAUGCAUAAUGCCCCUAAACAGUAAGUACAGUUUAAUCAUAUAUUUCUAAAUUAGAGCUAUUUAAAACUGCUAUAACAUUUUCUUAAAUUCUUUAUUUUUGUUGUACAUUGAUAAAACAAUACAGCAUUCUGCACUGUUGUGCGACACAAGACUUGAUAAACCGAUCAUGAGAAAACAGAACAGUGAAAGUUAAACUGCACAUUUUGUAUAUAUAUAUAUAUAUAUAUAUCAAUCAGGCUAGAAGUAAAUCAGUGUAUUAUUAAGACAUCACAAGGGUAGAAUGUAAGGUAAAAACCCUGGGUGCCUUAACUGAGUUGUAGUCCGCAACAUGAGUUUACUGUCAUUACUCACUAACGUGAUUUGUCAAGAAUUUUUAAUUUUUUGUUUAACCCUAUGCAUGGACUUAAUAGCUGCAAGGCAGCAUAUUUUAACUUUGAUUAUUUAUGUCUAACGUUUAAAAUUCACUUUUAAUUUCAACAGUUCACAAUGUAGUUAAUACUUUAGUAAGGAGCAUGUGAGAGCCUCAUUAACUGCUUUGCAACACACUUGUUUACCUAUAUUUUGUGAUGGUGUAUUCUUUGUCGGUCAGGAUUUCUUUAUAUAGCAUUUUAUUUAAAGAUAAUUCCACAAUAUAAUAUACUCUUGCAAUACAAUGCAUAGAUAUUUUUAGGAUCGCAAAAAAAAAAGUUCAUAUGAUAAAUACAUUUGUAUUGUCUACCAUCACAUUUGACAAACUUUAAAGGGGCACUCCAAAGCCUCAAUACAAAAAUAACUAAAUAAAUAAAAAAUCACUGUUAAUUUAUGCAUUUUUUUUAUUGAGGGUAUGUCUAAAUACAGCCUGCAUAACCUGCAGAUCUCUGGUCUGCAACCUUUGCAGGCCCUCCUCUUCUAAACCCGCCCAGACUUUCUGUGGCUGUCCAAUCACAGACUUCCCAAUGCAGGUUAAUUGCUGCCUCUUCAAUUUAGCACCCCUGAGCUAAUCAAAUCAGGAAGUAGCAGGACCUGUUUGAAAGCUGAGGGGAGUGGGGGAGGGCAGAAAACAAGAUUAAUUUAUAAAAGUGCCAAUUUCAAUUGAAAGCUGCACUUUUUGUAGAAUGAAAAAAAGAGAACUCACUCUUCACAACUAAUGUUCUUCAACAAUCUGUAUCCUUUUAAUGAUUGAGGAUUGAGUAGAAGUAGAAAAUGUACAAAAUAUCAUAUAACAUAGAUCAAAUCUGAAUUUACCAAAGGUUGCAUAUUUUCACUUUGCACUGGACAACAGAUUGUUGGGUUUUUAAGUAGGUCACAUAUCGUAUGGGCUGAAAGUGCUUUGUACAUUGCCAUCUGGCCGUGUAAGUUAACAUCCGAUUAACUCGAAUGGAUGCUGGGAAGAUGAGCAUUAUGGUGAUGUGAAUACAUAGCGCAGAGAUUGAGACAUGUCUGCAUGAAUGGAGACAUACGUAUGUCUCUCUGGCAUACAGUAACAUUUACAACUCUCAUGCAGAUGGUCUAUUUUGGUCUAAAAAUCAUUUAACAUUCAGCCAAUGUUGUACAAGAGAAUGCAAAAUAAUUAUUUCAGUUACUUGCAUGUGUGAUAGGCAGGAUUAUUCAAUUAAACAUCUUUUAACCUCUUAAGGACACAUGACAUAUGUGACAUGUCAUGAUUCCCUUAAAUUCCAGAAGUUUGGUCCUUAAGGGGUUAAAGGCAUAGACAUUUCAUAGUGACAUUUUACUGUUUAGGAAGUAAAUGUGCUUCAUAAUUUCUUUAACGUUUUUAUACAUUUGUAUUUUUUUUUUUUUUUAAAUACGUAUAGGUUAUUAGCAGUCAUGAAUCCACUGAGUCUAACAAUAGAUGCACGACUGCUAGUAACCUGUACUUUAACCAAUAUGCCCAUCUUACCAUCCCAAAUAAAUAUAGAAGAUAUGAAAAUAUAGCAAUUUAAAACCACUUCAUCGUCACAAACUGUAAAUAAACCGUUGUCCUGCAGACAUGACCAACUCAAGAUCUCCAAGAGAUGAAGUCUUGUGGUACCUAUGAGCUAAUUCUAAUACCAUCGGUAUGUUAUAAAGGGGGAUAAAAAAAAGAAUGAGACUAGAGGGUAAGAAAUUAGGCUAACCAUUGUAGACCUUGUAUAACUAUAUUGUAAGAAAAUGAAAUUGCCACCAGUUUCCUAAUUUAUCACACUGUAUAAAAACGAGCAUGACUCUUGAUAAAACCUACCAUUGGCUGUUGACAUUUACUCCGAUAUAAAGAUAUUGGGAAAGAAUGUAAUGCCUACUAUUAUUAGAAUUUAUGUAGCGCCAACACAUUCCACAGGGCUCUACCAUUAAACAAAGGGGAUAUUUAGAGGUGAAGAAGGCCCUGUUUAAACAAGCUUACAGCCUAUGAGGAUUUGAGGUAGGUGGUUAUAUAUUGUUAGGUGAGAAACUUGCUGGGGAAGUGAUCUGACUGGGAUUUGAACCUGAGUUUAUUUUGGCCAGGCAGUGAUGGAAACAACAUUCUAAGCAGCCUAUGUCUCAAAUGUGAAAUUGGUAGGACUGCCAUUCGGAAACUGAUUGUAUUAACCCCUUAAGGACAGAACUUCUGGAAUAAAAAGGAAUCAUGAUGGAAUAUUUCCGUCAUGUGUCCUUAAGGGGUUAAAGGGCAAUGUACAGAAGAUGUUAACUUGGUAUACAGUGCAAAGUAACUGGAUCUUUGGUCUGUACACCCUAUUCACUCUAUCUGGAUGAGAUUGGUUAAUGCCAAAGGUUACCUUAACUCACAAGCUUUGCUGACAACCUUUAAACAUGUCAUUUCUCAGUCAGCCACAGAAUAAGUCCAAGGCUUGCCCUAAUAUUAUGCCAUUCUACAGGACCUAGGACAGCUAAUUAUUAUUAUUAGAUUCUCAUUUAUACACAUGAUGAGUCCCCAUACUUACUGAUAAAGAAAUUCAUGUGAGCUUUAUUAAGCACCAGGUUAAAGUCAAGCAUCUUCCGUGUUAUCUCAAUCACCGGAUUUAAAUAUUAUUGUACUUUUGUCAUACAUCAGGAGCAAACGUUACCUAAUACGGUUUCACCUGCUUUAACAGAAUAUACAAUGUAAUAAACUGUAAUUUUGUGCUACACCAGAUACAUAUCUUCGAAACGUUUAAGGUUAAUUUCUGUAUGAUUGUUUAAAUGACCUAUGCACUUUAUACAAUAUUUGUAUGAUUUGUAUAAUGUAUCUGAUCUAUUUUUCUUAUUGUAUUGCCAUUUGAUAUGGUUUUAUAUGAUCUGAUCUGUGCCUUAGGGAUUCAGUGUAAUACCAUAUGUAUGAUGUGUGCCAUAUGUAUUUUAUCCUAAAGGACUGAUAAAGAUUUAGUCGUUAAAUUCUGCACACCCGGCAAGAGGCUGGUGAUAUGCUUUAAGGGUUAAGAGCAGCCGUUAAACAGUAACGAGAGAGUUUGAAACCAGUCAGAAACUCGUCACUGAUAGCUGUAAGCAGCUCCCAUAGAGAAUAAUGGGGGCUGUUGGCCAUUGCUUAGCGGCUGGCUUUAAGUCACGGCAGCUGAUAAUUUCCUGGUGGCUACUGGUGAGAUUUUGCAAUCGGCAAACAGCUGCUACUCACUAACAGAAGCGGCAGGCAUUUCGGUGUGCUAGAACAAGUAGCGACAACAUUGGAAACAAGCCCCUAGUCUAUUCGCUAAACUGUGAGUGGGGAAAAUCUGACAAAGAAAUUGCACAUUUUAAUUAAAUAAGCUAGAAAUAUCCAGAGAUAUCUACUAAAAUGAAAAUACAAAGUGAAUUUCAAAUUUAAGGCCAUAGUGUCUGAACUGGGUAUUUCUAAUUCACUUAGAAUUCUCACUUUAGAUAGAGUUUGGAAUAGCAUACAAUCUGGGUUAUCUUGACUAAAAGUUGCAUUUAACUCAUAAAAUCAUUACAAUAACCAGGUCUGGGUACGUAUAUCGAGUACAUUUUUCUGGCACUCAAACAGUUAAAAGAGAAGAAUACAGUAUUUUUUUAUUAUUAUCUGUUCUUCCUCAGCUAGAACAUUUAAUCCAUUUGUAAUUGGUAUGAUACGGAGCAGGAAAAUCUAUUUUGAAAUGGCCGUAUCACAUGACUCCUUCUCUCAUAGCUAGCCUUGUCUAUUUUAGGUUUUAACCAAAUAACACAUCAAUAUAAAUAUGGUUAGAAAGGAUUUUCUAUCAGAGUCAUGUUCCAUUAAUGUCUCCAAGUAUUCCUAUGUUAUCAGCCUCUCCACAGCUCGACGAUUAUAUUACAUAGUUUUUUAACUGUGAUAUUUCAGAAAUACUAGCUUGAGAUUUCAUCAAGAUGCAACUAAAGACAGGAAGGAUAAAAUAAUAUGAUUAUAUUUAUUUGGUUCCAAUUGACAAUAUGCUUAAAUGAUGUAUACAUCUCUAUGGAUAGUUCAGAACAAAUGUAGGCUUACAAUAUCUUGUAUAUUUCUAGUUAAAUGGACGAUCCAGACCCCUAAAGCACUUUAGCUUGCUGAAAAGCUUUAUGUGUGAAGAGUGUGCCCUCUUUUUUUAUUUUACAAAAAGUGCAGAUUUUAAUAGAAAUGGACCCUUUAAUAACUUAUACUGGUUACACCCCCUGGCUUUUCAAGCAGACAACUGGUCCUGUUACUUCCUGGUUUGGUUAGCUUAGUUGCACUGAACUCAAGAGACAGCAAUUAUCCUGAGCACCUGCCUUGCAAAGAUUUCUCAUUGAGCUGCAUUAGGAAGUAUGUGAUUGGACAGCCACAGAAAGUCUGGGCGGAGUUAGAAGGGGAGGAUUUGCAAAGGCUGCAGACAAGAGAUCUGCAGUUUUUGCAAGCUGUUUUUAGAUGUAACUACAAUGAAAUUUUUUUUUCAUUUUGGGUAUAUCUACUAGAAAGUGAUUUUAAGCACUUAAGCCAUCCUGGUGCCAUCACAAAGACUCACAUCAAUGUAUUUAAAAUGUUAUGGCUUUCUUGAGACAGAGGGAACAAGGAAGGAGAACCGAUAAGGGAAUUUGAGCCAAAGCAGGAACAAAUAUAGCAAAUUAGGAGUUUUUGUUCCUGAUUUAGCUAUUCUGGUGUAAAACCUGUCAGGCCUGCAUCAAACUUCUAAUUUAAAAAAAAAUAAUGUUCAAAAUAAACAAACUGAAAAAGAAGAAUAUACCAACCACGUUUUUGUUUAUUUUAUUUUUUUAUUUUUUUUAAAGUAAGAACAAUAAACAUGUGGAAUUCUCUGUCUGAAGAAGUGGUUUUAUCAGAGUCUAUACAAAUAUUUAAACAGCAACUAGAUGAUAACUUGUAAAAAUAUAAUAUUCAGAGAUAUAAUUGUUAAUAUUUGGGGUAAUCCCUUCUUGAUCCAAAGAGAGAUCUGACUGACAUUCUUGGGAUUGAAAAGGAUUUUUUCCCUAGUUUGUUGCAAAAUCAGAAAGCGCUUUAAACUCUGUAUUUGAACAUGGACCAUAAGUAAAACAUAAAGGAUAAGUUUGAUGGAAGCCAGUCUCUUUUCAGCUGUGCAACUAGUUUCUAUAUAACUGCAUGACUGAUUAAUUGUGACAUUAACCAAAAAUGUAUAAAUCAGAUGUACUGGAAAAGUUCAUAAAUGCAAUGGAUAACUCACUGUAACAGUUGUUUUACCAAAAAUACAACAAAUACUCACAUGAUAAAUGAAUACCACAAUACACUAUAACUGCUAUACAAUGACAUUGAUGUCAUUGAUUCCAUUGAUAUCAACACAUGGAAAGUAAUCCAGAUAUCACAAUGUAAUAGAUGACCUAGAACAUGCAACACAUCACUCCAAAAUUUCACUAGCGAAGCACCGGGACACAAACUUGAAAUGUUUGUGAUGUCAAUAAAACACUACAAGAGUCCAGUGACAGACAAGUACUUGAAAUACGGUAACAAAGUUCCAGGACUGUAAUUAUGAGAAUACAUUAUCAACAGAAUAUCUAAGAGCCUAAUGAAACACCUGGGUUUGCUACGGCCUUCUCCAGAACUGAUUGAAGAUUUGUUUCACCCAUCCAAUAAAACAGAAAAGAUUUUCGAAAGAAUUGAUUUAACAUAUUAGUUGCGUUCAGGUCGUAAUGACAUAUGAAAAAGGGGUGAGCUGUAUUAAAAUUAAAGAAAGCCCAAAGUUAUAUCCCAUGGGCUGAAUUCAUGUAUAUAUUGGGGUGGGCUUGAGAUAGUUGAGAGCUUCCACCGAAACUCAUAUGCAAUUGAAAAUAAUCACCUUUUUACCUGCUAUGGCAAUUCCUGGAAUAAAUGCUUGGCUUCCAGAGAAACAUAUGAAUAAUUUAAAAUGCUGUACAUAAAAAUAAUCUGUAUCUCAGUGGACUUUCUAUAUGUGUGAAUUAAAUGUAGACGUGUGAAAAUACAUACUAAACACGCCACAUCCUCAGUGUCUAAAAAAAGAAAACAAUACAGAGUAAAACAAAACAAUAUAAAGUAUGGAAAUGUUGCAGGAAUCAAUAAAGGAUACGUGAUAGCAGACAAAAAAUGAUUUUAUGUUGUGUAUGUCUGUUGAAUUGCAGAUGUCUCUAUAUAAUAGUGGCAAACUAAGUGAUCUAAUUAACAUUACAUUAUGAGCAAGCCCAUGCAUCAUUAGCAAUGAGCUUAUAUGUUUUUUCCCUUUAAAGACAUUACUGUGGGAGCAAUUGUACUCACACUCAUGGAGACAAUGUGGAGCCCACGUGUGUCCUGUGAAUACGGGUCUGUCUUUCUUGUUUGUUUGUCAUUUGCCAUUUGUAAUUAGUGUUUGUGUAAUAAGAAAUCAGAGAAAGAGAGAAGAAUGCAGGUGUUUGUUGCCCCAUGCAUAGCAAAAUAUUUAGAUAAUUCUAGUUUUCAUUUAACUCGCAAAUGGAAAAGGAGUCUCUGUUGCUAAAACUAAAUUAAUUUGGAAAUUUAAAUCCUCUACAAAACAUUUUAUAUUGUAGACAAAUAUUUCUUGAAAUCCUAGGUGGAGGACAUUGACUGUGUUGAAUUUUUUAAUCUAACACAUGACUUGUACAAAAACCUGUACCUGAAAAUGGAAUAGAUUGGCCCCAAAAAGCCUCAAACAUUCUGCACAAUGUGUCUUCUUUAAGAACCAAAAAGUAAGUGAGUGAGUCACCAGAACCCUCUGUGGACCAAUUGUAGAGUCUAUGAACUUCAGUUGGAGGUCCCAUAUAAAAAUGCUGGACAUAAAUGCUUGUCAGCGGUAAUUAAAGUUACUAUUUGCCCAUACUUCGAUGCCGUGGAUAUAUAGAGCAUAUGGAGGUCCCCAAAGCCAUCUUCAUCUUCCCAUUGGUAAAAAGUUAUAAUACGGCAGUGCAAUAUUGUUACACAUUAAACUGCAAAAUGUAUGCUAAAAUAUCAUGACUAUAGUUCCCUGACUAUGACUAUUGACUAUUCACUAUAGUUCCCUGUCAUGACUAUUGUUCCCUGUAUAGUGCAGUUUGGUUAUAACUUUACUACAAUACAGCAUCUAGUCACUAGGAAGUCAACACACAUCCUGGGGAAAAAAUGAAAAUAGUCCCUAUUUAAUUCAGUGUUUAAUUAUUACAAUUGAUUGUACAAACAGUGCUAGCACACUACUAGAGCAAUAUCCCAGGACACCAAAUUUUAUUUCUGAACAUAUAUCACUGGGAUUCGACUAUCUCGAAUUGCUCUAGAUCAUGGAUGUCAAAGAUGCGGCCCACAAUGAAUAUCUCUGCAGUCCAGAUAUUAAUUGCUAAGGGGACCUGGAGUUUAGUGGAGGGGGGCUGGGGUUUAGUAGAGGGAGGCUGGAGUUUAGUACAGGUGGGAGCUGGGGUUUAGUAGAGGGGGAACUUAGUAAGGGGGGUGGGGUUUAGUAGAGGUGGGGGAUGGAGUUUAGUAGAAGGGUGGAUAAGGUUUUGUAGAGGUGGGUGUUGGGGAUUUUUUAGAGGAAGGGGCUGAGAUUUUGAAGAGGUGGGGCUGGAGUUUAGUAAAAAAACAUACAUUUUAUUGUUGUUCUUGUUCGUUUGCUUCUUUUAUACUGUACCUUUCUGUGGAAAUUGAAGUUGGGGUUUUUUUUGCGGCCCACAUAAACGUAAGCCUUGUUUAUUUGGCCCAUGUUAGCCUUUGAGUUUGACAUUCUUGCUCUAGAUUAGUCUUUGUGCUAUUUAAAUCAGUUACUUUUUUUCCCCAGAAAAUUUAUAUUUUGUUCAACAAAUUUAAACAUGAUCAUUAAAUCUUACGUCCUCAGAAGGAUGGUUCCCCAUCACAGAAAUGCCUCAAUAUACGGUGAUAGGUCAGUUGCUGUUGAUGAAUCCAAGAUAUUCAUCACUUUUAUUCCUGUCAUUCUGUUUAAUACACAUUUUAUUUUUAACACACAAGUGGAACUGACAAGGAAAGUUAAGUGUAAGUUUAUUCAGUAGCUACAAUUUAUCUGCCAAACCAUUCCAAAGAGAAUAUUUAAUAAUGAUCCUAAUGAGCUACUUCAUAAGUGAAACUUAGUUUGCCUAAUUUACAUUUCAAGGGCACUCAGUAGGAUUUACGCACAUUGAACUCCAGGAUAUUAAAAUGCUGAAUAAUAUUACCUGAUUUUGUAGAUGCCAAAAUAUUCUUACUAGACAUCUUAGUGGUAAAGUAAGAACCUGUUAAAGAGACACUUUAGGCACCAUAACCACUUCAUCCUAUUCCCAGGCACCCACUCACAGUUCCACGCUAGACUGUUUUCUGACAGCCCCCUCUGCUAUUUGGGCUGAUGAUUCUGCAUUAGAUUGAGCAGCGAUAGGUUCGCAGCUUAUUACAAAUGCUCAUCUCUGGUUGUGAGUUGGUAUGGCUAAAGUGGUGUGUUACUCUUCCUGCUGCCUUUGCCAUACCUCCAGUUGGGGCUUUGCCACAGGUACCUGAGGACCCAUAUUCAAUGUUAAAACAUUCAUAAUUGAUUAGUUGUGAACAGUGAGCUGGUGCCAGUGGACUCCAGGCAUCAUAGCCACUUUAAUAAUGUGAGAUGGCUUUAGUGUUUCUAAUGCCCGUUUAUUACAUUUUUUUAUUUCCUAAUACUGCACUAUGCAUGCGCAAUCUUUAACUGAGCCAUUUAUGUAAACUAAUUCAAAAUGCCCAGAGAGGAUUUGGAGGAAUAAAUUGCCUGAACAUUAGGGUGUGCUUGGGCAAACCCCUUGCACACACUGAAAAUUAUGUAAAGUCCUAUUUUAUCACAUUACACCGCAGUCUUCAACUCUCCAUCUUCAAAUCCCACUCUCUAGUUCAGAACUGCCUGUGGUGAUUGCUGAUGCCCAGCUUAAAUGGCCAGUCUAAUCAAAAACAGUCUUGUAUUAAAAACUGUCACCAGCAAGCUACGUAUUCCCAGUAUUAACAAAAGCGAAUGACACCUCCACCUCGAGGAGCGAAGUGCACUAUCCCUACACAUGUAGACUCCGAACACCAUGACCCUUUGAGUAACCCUUUAACUUAACAUGUAUUUUCUUUGCUAUAUCUUCACCACUGUUCUCAAUCAGGUACCAUGUUAUUUAUUUUGUGCCCUUUCUCCGCGAUUCUCUGUGUGUGGCUGUCUUGCAAACCAGCCAGAGUGUAGGAUUGAGUUAUCCGAGAAACAUAUCAAUUAAUAAAAAAAACUUUUUUUUUUUUUUUAAUAUACACCCAUGCCAUUUUAAAUCUAACACUGUCUAAAAUCAAUAGGAGAUAUUUAUCAAGGCAAACUGCUGAGAGACAUUCUAUUGGAUUCUUGGUCACUACUCAUUAUUUAGCACAGUGCUCCAUAGUCACUCGGGUUUUUGGCUUGAUAAAUCUCCCUUAGAUUGUCCUAUUUAGAUCAGUUUUUAUUUAUUUAAAGGUUCACCAUGCCAAUUCUUUGCAGAAUAGCACAGCUCAGCCUUUUCACAGCUCUGAACUCGCAUCUCACAUUAUCCAGAUAAAAGUCUCUGGAAUAAAUGAGGUCUUGAUAUCGGUUGUGUAGGUCGAAAGUUCAAGCAGAUGAGAACGACACUUCUUGAACGCAGUAUUUUCGUUAAUGUUGUGCUCUCAACGUUGACAGUAAAGAUCACCUUUCUAUGGAAGAUUAGAUUCCAGUUAUCUAGUUUAUAUGAGUUUCGUGUUUUCUCUAGAAUUGAGAAAUCCCCUACUUAUUGAAAUAAUUCACUGACAUUGUUCUGCCUCUUCUUUAUAUGAUGAAUGACUUUGAAAGUGAUACUUACCGGGUAGAAUGGUUUAUGUUCUAUAGCAGUCAAGAAAGCCCAUUCAGGUUGAGUUUUCAGACCUAUUUUAUUUUUUUCAAUAGCGUUUGGAUUAAACAAAAGAAGUCUAACAUUACACAGAUAGAACUUCCUAAUUUUUUAACUAUAUAUAUAUAUAUAUUAAAAGUUUUGGAGAUAAAUAGUAUUGUUUUCUAGUCAAUUGGCAAACCAUUCGUCAAACUAUACCAGAAUUAUUAAUAAAUUGUAGAUAGGGUUAAUUAUAUUUAUUGCCUUGUUUUGUGCCUGUUUAUGGCUUUACCCAGAUAUUUCUACAUACUAUCACAUCAAUAUUGUUUUAACAUCCUGAUUGCAUUCUUUGGAAUUGCUUCAACCCCAAAAAUGCUAUUCGGGUAAUUGUGAAUGUCCGUAAGCAGAGUAUUUCACAUUUUAUUUUAUUUAUUCUUAAUAGUUACGAUUAUUUAUACAACGCCAACAUAUUACAAAGCGCUGUACAAUAGGUGAAGAAAGACAAACAGUUCAUUCUAACUUGACACGUUUGACAUAUGUGAGCAGAAGGCGCAGAAAAAAACUUCACAAUACAAAGAACUAAAUUAUGAUUGGUAAUGAUGUUUUCUGCUUACACCCAGUUUUUCCGGCUACUUGGGAAUAAAUACCUCCUCACUAUAAUGUAAAGUAGAGAUUGUUAACAUUGCUGAGAGAAAAUUGUAGGUUUCCAAUAUAUCAAUACAUCGCCAGUGGACAUUCCACAAAACAUACUGUUUAUAUCUAUAUACAUUUGCUGUAACACUAUAGCUGUGUGAAACAAUACUGCAGAUUUACAGUUGCCUUUCUCAUCUCUUGUACAUUUUGUCCCAGCAUGCAACUGAUGAUCUCUUCCUGAUUGAGUUUCUAAGUAUUUUUAUACAUGUUGCAGCUGUCAGAACAGGGGAUGGAUUAGCUAUAUGGCCUAGUUUUCACCAGCAGUAAUAAAAUGAGUUAUUAUAGAGUGGGAGGGGUAAGAUCUCUGAGAUAUCGGGAAUCUAGACUAAUAUAAAUAAAUGAAGACCCAUGGGGCUGAUGUACACAUUUUAUGACGAGUCAUAAAAGGGCAAAUGUUAAUUAAAAUGGUGUAAAAUAGUAUGCUUGACUCUAUGGGGAUUAUUUACUUAAAUGUGAAUUUAAAGCUGUAUUGCAGAAUUUAAACUAAAUUAGCUAUAUCUCAGCCAUAAUCCAAGUGUGGCUAUUUUAUUCUGGAUUAUAUAAACCUGUUUUCAGUCCACAUAUUUCACUGUUUAGUGAAUAAACCUGUGUAUUGCUUUAAAGAAUAGGUUUACUGUUAUUUAGUUACUGUGUACUUUUAUUUAUUUUAAAAAUUAUUAUUAUUAUUUUUGUAUACAUGAAAUCCCGUGGACAUAGUCCCAUUAAUGCAUUACUUUGUCUUUAUGCAUAUAUAUAUAUAUAUAUAUGUUUGCCAAUAUAUCGUCCUGCAAAAGCUUGUUUAUAUGAGUGUGAAAAAUACAUUCGGUAUUUGUGAAUCUGUUGAUUCGAUAAUAGCUCUCGACUCUAGCGACUCCACCCUCCCCAUUAUAAUUUGUAAGCGGAUGUUUCUCACUAAGGUGAGUCUUUUACUCAACGAAGGCCUCACACUUGCCAUCGGUAUUAAUGCCAUGUUAACUCUUGCCUCUAUUUUGUUUGGUAACCAGAGUGCUGCAUUAUUUUAACGUCAUACAUUUUGCUGUGCGUUACUUCAUAUAUUACCUAUAUAAAUUUACAUUUGGAUUACUGUCACCAACAGUUCGACUCACUAUUGAAUGUCUUACUCCACAUCAAAAAUAAAUAAUUAUUUAAAAAAAAUGAAUCAAGAAUAAAAAUCAUAUUCAUAUUUGAAGUUUCUGCGUUUGCAACAAACUACCAUGUUUUUUUAGUUUCUGUGCUUCACUAUCACCAAACCAGGAUGUGACACAGCAAAUCAUGAUGCUCAAAUAAUGCUCAAAUAAUGCUCAAUUAAUUCAAUUAAUGUUCUGAGUUCAUUUUCUAUAACAUUUACAAUGUUGCACUAAUUGUAUGCUCACUUUAGGUAUUGAAAAGGUUCUCUUAAUAACAAAAAAAUAUUAUAUUAUAUAACAUCAUAUCAUUUUCUCACAGAAAUAAAACUAUCUGAAAAAUGAAAACUUAAAAACGUGUUUAUAUUUGCAAAUGAAGUAUAACUAAUGAAAAAAACAUCAGAUAUUGAUACUCAUAUACACUUGAAAUUUAGCAAUUCUUAAGAAAAUGGUUCUAUCCCUAGCUAUAUGUAGUCAUGUGUUUGUGUUGUAUGAAAAAUGUCACAAUUAUUAAAUAAUCUCACUUUCAAUAUGUAUUAACCUCUCAUUUUUCCCGGACUUUCUUUUUUUUGAAUGCUGCAAGAAAAUAUCGUUUGCAGUGUGGCCAUCAUAAUGACGGAAUUCUUCAUUGGUAAAUAUAUAUUUUAAAUUUUAUAGUAAUUACAUUCUAGUGUUUUAUUUGUUUGUCUUCAAACUAAUUAAUGUUUGAUUGCUUAUGCUUUGCACAUGUUUAUUUCAAUGUAUGAAUACUAGUGCGGUUAGCCAAGUUCCCUGUAAGUAUUUAUAUGAAUUAGGAACAUAAGUUGAAUGAUCUUGCACUGAAACAGUUACAUAUGGACUCUAUAUAUCCACAUUACAAUUAAAUCAGGAUAUGUAAGACCAUUGAGAACUUGAAUAAACUCAGUAAUGCCCCGUUUCCACUGAGCGGUUUGGUUCGGGUCGGUACGGUCUGGUACGCUAUUUUGAGUGUUUCCAUUAUGAAAGUGGCCCAUACAACCAAACCGCACCAUUCCUGGGCCCCCUUCAGAUGUAGGUCCACAGGAAAUGGUACGGUACGUUUAGGGCGGAGCUACUUGUGUCACACUAUGCAAUCCAUUGAUUGACGGACAGGAACUUGACUUGCAGUGGAGACGCUUACCUGAAUAGGCUGGACCAUUCUAACCCUUCUGAACCACACCGACCUGAACCAUCCCGCUCACUGGAAACGAGGCAUAAGCUUACCCUCACUAGGGCCAUUACAAAAAAAAGCUGUACCAUUUGCAUAUCAGACUAAUAAAAUGACAAGCUGGAAAAAAAUCUUGAAAGCUCUGCCUUUUUCAGCUUGGCAAUCUUUGUCGAAAAUGUUCAAAUAGUUUUGUCAAUUUUCCCUAAUUUAGUGUACAGACUUAUUGUAGCUGUCGGUGAACGCUUUUGCAUUAUCGUCUUUUACGAUUUAUUUGUUGUGAUGAUUUGCACAAAAGAUUAAAACUGGGAAAAUGAAUAAUUAUAGAUGUUCAUUCCAUUUAAUACUCCUCUAAAAUGUCUUUCUGUUGGACAAUUUACUGUUUAAUGAUGUGUGCGAUGAUUUACACUUAACUUCUGUGCAAAAUUGAGUUUUGUUGUAGCUGUUUAAUCCCCGUUUUUUUUUUUUAUAUGUAUUUUAAUUUUUUAUUUUGUAAUAAAGCCACGGCAAUGCUGUUUUUUUUUAAAUCUAAUAACUAGUAAAACCCAGAAUAUAUUUUUAUUUACAUAUUUCAUAAUGCAAUUAAGGUUAAUGGAAAAAUGAGUGACUUCCUCCAUAACCACAGACGAGAAGAUUCUUAGUGAUAUUUACAUAAGGAUUGCUUGAAAUGAACUUGUGCACAUUGGCAGGAGAUUGGCAUAUCGUUUCUAUAUUAUUGGAAUGUGUAAAGUGCAUUGUUGUAUUUUAGUACACAUUGUAAUAAUUGUCUAAUUGAUCUCUAAUUUAAUAUUCUGAAAAUCUAAUUUAACUAUUAAUUAAUGUGUUGACGCUUGUGUAAUAAAGUUUGAAGUUUAUAUAAUAAUCACAGCAUUGACUUCAUUUAGACAAUGUCUGUGCAUUAAAGCUAUAGGCGGAUUGGUUACUACUGUGACAUUUCUAAAAAUCUAACUGUUCUGAAUGGAAUGGAUCAUAGUAUGUUGUAGCACCCCAGCUUCUUCAGUAAUCCUGUUUACAAUCCUUACAGAAUGCAGUGAUAUUUUAGCCAGGACACCACAGGUCUGUGCUUGGGGAUGCCUUGUAAAUCCACAAAAUGUGCCAAGCAUUACAGUUAUUCUAUUAACAUAACUAAUGAAACUAUAGGGGAUCCAGAUCUUAACUUACAUUUACUCCAGACGAUAUUCUAUCCCCAUGGAAACCAGCGGAACCAAAGACCCAUUCCAUUGGUGACUCCUUCUCUAAUACAUUUUUAGAAGUUUUUAGAACAGAACAAAUGGAAAACUCCCCUAAGUGAUUGGCCCAUUCUUACUACUUUGACCUUCUUCUGGAAUAGAACUGUGAUAACUAUCCCCUAUUGUGCUGAAAGGGACACUCAACUGCCCAAAUACAAAAUACAUUUUAAAAAUCACUGUUUAGUAGUUAUUCCUCAAAUGAAAAUUUACAUGUAUUUAGUUUUACAUUUUUUUAAUUGGAGUUAUAUCUAAACAGCUUGCAAAAAUUGCAGAUCUCCGUUGCCUUAGAAAGCCCUCCCCUUCUAACCCUGCCCAGAUGUGGCCCAAUCACAGACUUCCCAAUAUAGCUCAAUAAUAAGUCUUUGUAAGGCAGGUGCUCUGGGCAGUUGCUGCCUCUUAAGUUCAGGGGGUGUAACCAGGUUGAUUUAUAAGUGCACAUUUCUUUUGAAAUCUGCACUUUUUGCAUAAUAAAAAAAAUAGGACACACUCUUCACACAUAAAGGUUUUCUGCAAGCUAAAUUAAUUUAGGGAUCUGGAGUGCCCCUUUAAUUCCAAUACUGCUUUCAAAAUACCCCAAUACCGGUGAAUAUUACACUAAUAUUAACUGUGAGGUACUAGAUGUCACAUAAUUAAGGCAAUUGUUAUCCAAAACAUCUAAAAGCCCCAGGCUGUCACCUGUGUUCAAGAAAAACCAGAACGUCAUCAUGACACUGCUGGUGAGAGAGCUCAGUAGAUAUGACUCCAGCAGCAGUAUUUCAAAGCCUCACACCCGAUUCUGGCAGACCCAGUACAGCCAUUCAUCUUGUUGAUGUCAACAGAAUGAGUUGUAAAAAGUUGGGUAAUAAUAGCAUCUAGAGCUCAGGACAUGCAUGGAAAAUAGCAAAACUGUUUCCUUUCCUGGCGAAAUACUUUGAUAUUGUAAUUAUAGUGUGAGAAGGCUUUUCCAGAGGGGCUAUAAUUAUUUAACAUGCAUGCAAUCAAUUCAACAAUGCUAAAUGUGUUGUUUUCUGAUUUCUGAGAAAAUCACAUUGAAUAGAGAACAUCAAGACCUUCUAGAGUCCAGUCUCAUGGAGUUCUUCAUGGGAAACGGGCAGCAGUUUGAUGUGAAAACUUGUAUCCCCUUAGGGAGAUCAUUUUGUGUUGUAUGAAUCCGCUCAGUGAUAUUUAUUAUUAGAGUGUAUGUGGCCUGUACUGUGUCAUGGGAAGAUCUACUUAUUCAGACAAUCCUUAGAGGGCUAACAUUUUAAAUAAAUAUGUGUAAUUUUGAUUAAGUGUAACUAGUGUAAAAUAUAAACCAGAAAUUAUUACAAAUUGGCCUAAUGUGUACCUGUGAGUGUGUUUCUGUGUGUGUUAGUGUAUUAUAACAAAACAUGGUGUUGUGAGUGGGGAGUUUGUCCUGAAUUCUGCAAUUUUUGUUGGAAAAUCUAAGGUUUCUGCAGGUUCUGAAAUUGUACAUGCAAGCUCCCGUAAUCAAGGCCGUCAUUACUCUGGGCUCCUUAUAAAACCAUUUUUCAAGGCACCCUUGUCACACAUGCUUACACAAAAUACAAGGUCACAGGUACAUUCCCAGAAAAAUGCACACACAAAUACAUUCUUUCAAACACUAACACAGAAACACAUUCACAGAUACACAUGCCCAGCUUUACAUAUGUAUUCCCAAACCUAGUCACACAUAUACACACUCAAAUACACACUGCCAGACAGAAAGAUUCGCACACUGAUACAUACUGUCACAAACACUUAGAUUCACACACAGAUAUAUAAUGGAAAGAAAUACACAGAUUCACACACUGAUACAUGCUGCCACAAACACACAGAUUCACACACUGAUAUAUACUGGCAGACAUACACAGAUUCACACACUGAUACAUGCUGCCACAAACACACAGAUUCACACACUGAUAUAUACUGCCACAAACACACACAUUCACACACUGAUAUACACUGCCACAAACACACAGAUUCACACACUGAUAUAUACUGGCAGAAAUACACAGAUUCACACACUAAAAUAUGUUGCCAGAAAUACACAUAUUCACACACUGAUAUGUACUGCCAGAAAUACUCGGAUUCACACACUGAUAUAUACUGCCACAAACACACAGAUUCACACACUGAUAUAUACUGCCACAAACACACAGAUUCACACACUGAUAUAUACUGCCACAAAUGCACAGAUUCACACACUGAUUUGUACUGCCACAAAUACUCAGAUUCACACACUGAUAUAUUCUGUCACAAACACAAAGAUUCACACACAGAUAUAUUAUUUCACAAACACAAAGAUUCACACACUUACACACACACAGACAUGCACACUGCCACACACACACACAAAUACACAGACAGAUAUUUACUGAUAAACAUGCACACUGACAAACACAUUAUUUGUAAUCUCUUCCUCCCAGCCGAAGCAUUGGGGUGCAAGGGAGAAAUACAGUUCUUUUUGUCAUUGGCUUAGCCUGAUGCAGGCUGCUCAACAUAAACCCUUAAGCCUGACCAGCUUCUGAAAUCCACUUAAACAACCCAACGUGGCCCUAGAGAGAGUUACAGCUAAUUGACUUUAUCUGUUUCUUUACGUAAUCCUUUUUUUUUGUAAGCUUGUUGGAGCAGAGUCCUCCACACCCCACAUUUCUCUUUUUUAAUUAGUUUAUCAUACAUUAUCUCAUUGAUUUUUUUUCUAUAUCAACAAAACAACGCUGUAGGAUAUUUAGGGUUCUAUAUAUAAUAAUAUUACUGAUUUAUCUAUGCUCUCAUACCAUUUCUGGUGGGUUUUUUGCAGUGGCUUAUGGGUAAAAUAUGCAUAUUUUCACUAUGUAUUGAGAGCCAUUAGAGUUGCAUUGUUUCACACAAUGUGCUAUUUUUUACUGCAGCAGUUUCCCCACUCCACUGGCAUUAUGUCACACAGUAAUUAUUUAAACGGUAAGGUGAAUAUUUACACUGUGGGAGGCUAUUUUUCUGUUCCAACUGGUUCUUCAAGUUAACAAUGUAUCUUCGAGUGUUCUUUCAUACAUCACUACACUACAUAUUUCUUAGCUUAUAUUUCUUGUAACAUUACUGGAGGAUUUUAACUCAUUUACUGGUUAGCACGGCUUUCAAACCAGUAUGUAACCUACCAUAGCUGGUGUUAUAACACAACACGCCUUUUCAUUCCUUAUAGAACAUUUUCAAACCACAUUAACAGAGUGACACUUCUUUCUCAGUUUAUAAAAGUGUCCUUUUCAUGAGAAAUCUUUAUUCUUGUCAAAUGUCUGGGCUGUACCUUCAGCUCUGCCAAUCACACUGCCUGCAGGGUGAUCUUUGUCCAAUUUCAGGACAAAGUGGAUGUAAGGCUUCUCAUAGGGAACAUUUGGUUUCAAGGUUUCAAAGUUUCUCUAUGAGAGGCAAUGCAGGUGCAGUGCGCUGAUUGCGGGACAUGCGCCGUGCGUACCAAUAUUUCUGAGAUGCACUGGGUUGUAGUAGAUCAUUUUUAGUGAGGAUCUCUGACAGACAGAGCUGCGGUGACGGACCUGCUUGCUGCUGGAUCAGAGUUAGGUUGAUUUAUUUUUUUUAGGGCGGCGGGGGGGGAGGACAAAAAAAUAGCAAAAGAAUAGUGAAGCAAUGGAAGUCUUAGCUCAGGCAGGUCGAAGGCAGCAAACUCUGAAACCGAGGACCCCUCCAAGCCCCGACAAGAAGUAAACAAAUCAAACUGCACAAAAAACAGGUUGUGCCAUUAUAAAAAAGACAAAUAUAACAAAUUACUGGAUAAAAAUGGGAACAAAAAGUGUUUGCUUUUUUAUCCCGUAAUUAGUUUUAUCAGUCUUUUUUUUAUAUUGGCACAAUCUGUUCUCACCGUAGGUCUUAAUUGUUGCCAAAAGUCUCUGAUUGCCAAAUACCAGCUCUUUGACAAUACAUUUAGAAGCACUUUUACAAAUACCGGAACUUUCAGCAACACCCAGAGAUUGCCCCCUCCUCUUCUAAUGCGAUAUUCAAACUUCCACACUAUCAAUUCAUUUAGCAUGUUUGCAAGACAAUAAUACUGUGGGAUGAGAGCUCUGUAAAUGGAAUAGCGCUCCCAGCCUAUCUCUGCCUUUCAAGUUUGAUACAACUGAGAAGGGGCUGUUCUUUAGAUGUCAGAGAAGACUCACACCCAGUAAUAUUGACAAAGAACCAGGAGACGGAGCACAGAGACCCUUGGUAACAUAAACACUUCACUGAGUUAUGUCUUAGGUUGCCCAUAGUGUCGCUUUAAGAGUCAAAAUGUAUACCAAAAAUUCAAAACUCCACGUCUCAUUUUUUCCAAUUUCUGUUUGAAAAGCUUUAGCUUGUUUUGUUUAAACAAACAUAUUUAUAACAGGUAUGUUAUUUUUAUUUUGGCCUUUGAAAAACAAAUAUGAAACCUUUGUUAUUUCACAGUAAACAGAAAGUGUAACACUGUCGUCGCCAAAUAGUCAAGAGUAUACAUGUAGCAACGAAAGGUUUAACUUACAUUAUUUGAUCGUGUGAUCUUUCAUUUGGGAGCGACAGGGUGUGCAUGACUGCCUUCUAUGCGACGUGUUUGCACUGCAUGGGGAAACUAUGCUAAAAGCAUUUCACUUAAAACCACUGACUGACUGUGUACUUGGAAAAAGAAAGACUGUAAGAAAAAGGAACUAGAUUAUUAAAAAAAAAUAAUAGAUUCUAAAUUGUUCAGUUUAUGAUUUAUAUACUAGUAACUUGGACUAGAUACUAUGCAAUGCAUCCAGGAUUCUUUAAUGAGGAAUGUACCUUCCUGUGUAUUUUAUAAUAUCAUGCAUCCUGAUCCUCUAUAACUGGGUUGGCCAAACUUCAUGUCUGUAAGAGCCUCAUGUUAAAAUUUAGAAAUAUUCAAUAGCCACAAUUAAGUCUCAUUCCCCCAGCCCCUCCAAUCAUGUGUUUCAUUCCCUCCCCCCUUGUGUCUCAUUCCCCCAGUCCUCCCAUGUGUCUCAUUCUCAUUCCCCCAGCCCCUUAUGUGUCAUUCCCCCAGUCCCCUCAUGUGUCUCAUUCCCCCCAGCCCCCAAUGUUUGUCAUUCCCCCAGCCCCCGAUGUGUCUCAUUCCCCUAGCCCCUCCAUUCAUGUGUUUCACUCGAUCUCCCCAUAUGUCUCAUUCACCCAGUCCUUAAUGUGUGUCAUUCCCCCAGUUCCCCCAUGUGCCUUAUUCCUCCAGCCCCCCAUGUGUCUCAAUGCCCCAGACGCUCAAUGUGUCUCAUUCCCCAAGUCCCCUAUGUGUCUCAUUCCACCAGCACCACUAUGUAUCUUAUUCUUCAAGUAAUUUAUGUUUCUCAUUCCUCUCAUUCCCCCAGCCUCCCCAUGUGUCUCAUUCCCCCAUAGAACUAUAGACUCCAAGUAAACUAUUAUUAGAGGACACUACAAUACUAUAGACUCCAAGUAAACUAUUCAGUACUAGACACUAUUGUACUUUAGACUCCAAGUAAACUAUUCAGGACUGGACAAUAAAGUACUAUAGACUCCAAGUAAACUAUUCAGUACUGGACACUAUAUUAGUAUAGACUCCAAGUAAGCUAUUCAGUACUAGACACUAUAGUAGUAUAGACUCCAAGUAAACUAUUCAGUACACUAUAGUAGUGUAGACUCCAAGUAGACUAUUCAGUACUGGACACUAUAGUAGUGUAGACUCCAAGUAGCCUAUUCAGUACUAGACACUAUAGUUACUACUUGUAAAUGUUCUGUACUGAUAAAACCAGUAGAAUUUAUAGCGAGUUAUAAAUGUAAUAUGUAAUGCAUAUAUAUAUCCAGGUCACAUUAGUCUAUAAAUCUCUAAGGUAAUGAGUGCCAACUGACCUCGCGUUUAAUAGAAUAAUGUGACCUGAAUAGAUGUACGUGCUAUAUGUUUAAUUUUAUAGAACGUGCAUUGGUUUUAACCAUGAAGAACCAUGUGUACAUUAGUGUUUUAUUAAUUAAUACAGAUUAAUACUGGCAGCCCCAACACACUGACCCUUCAAACCUCAUUGGUUCUUCUACAAAAAGGAGAAACAGAGGUAACUGCAAUCCAUCAGUGUUAAAAACUAGGUGCUUAGCUAGGUGCUUAGCUGUGGUCAUGUAACAGUGUUGUUCUUCCAUGUUGGCAGUAAAAUCAUUUAAAAUUAACAACCUAAUGGUGUAAAUUUAUGAGAAAGUGCUAGUGAUAGACACAAGUGAAGCCCCGUUUAUUUGAAUAAUUAGUGUAAAUCUUUAUUAAACAAACAUUAGUAUAACAGGUAGCAAGGUCUUUUAGCAUCCCUUGGAAGGGGGCAUGGAAGGGCUGUGACAGGAGGCAGAGGGGGAUGGAGGGGCUGUGACGGGGGUAGAGUGGCUGUGACAGGGGAUAGGGGGUGGAAUGGCUGUGGCAGGGGGUAGGGGGUGGAGUGACUGUGACAGUGGGUAGAAGGGGUUCAUAAAUACCUUCCCUGCUGGUCUGGUGGAUUCCCUCGGUGGUCCGGUGGACGCCCUCCCUCCUCGGUGGUCCAGUUCUCCGUUCUGCAGUGUUGCCAUGGUAACCCGCAGCAACACUCUGACAGGCUGGAGAUAGCAAGACACCUCAAUCUGCAGCUCACACCCGGCAGAGCUGCAGACCGGAGGCAGUGCUCAGCUCUCAGACCAGUUGUAUUGAGUAAAACAAGUGAACUGUUUAUUACAGGGAAAACAUGUAUUUCUACCCUGCACACAACAGAGGGUCUUUAGCCAAUGCAAUGCAAACCACUCCCUGGGGUCUUGGUGUCUAGGACAUAAUUAGGUUAGGACAUUAUAAUUUAAUUACCUGCGGGACACCAAGCCAUUAAUAGUGACAGCUAUAUGAAAAAGGCUCUAUCUGGGAUCCUCCACAGACCUUCGUGACAUAAGCCAAAGAGCAACGAGUUGAAGAGGACCGUUAGGAAAAUCAUGGUGGUGGCCCUGAGGGAGGGUUCACGUAAGUAUAACUCACCUUGCCUUGAGCCCAGUAUCUAUAUGGAGGUAUUUGCAAAUAAUGCAAAGCCCCCAGACUGUGACAAAGCUGCUUUAAGCUUGUGAAAAUUCUGUGUUGAGGAAACAUAGAGUGGAAGGAGAGAAUCGAGUGAAACAUGUAUACAGACACCACUUUGUGUGAAAACUAAGUUUAGACAAUAAUCCCCUUAAUAUACACACAGUGGAAUAGUGAAGCGCUAGGCAAAAGGCUUACCCAUACAAUAUAGGGAGUUUCUCAUAUGUAACCGGAAACAUAAAAGACAGAGAAAUACGUGAUUACACAAUUGGUUUAUAUAUUAAACGUUAGAGAGAAUUACGCUCACAAAUCAAGAGCCUUUUGGACGCUGUGGCUCUGAACAUAUGUGCUUGCUGUGCCUUUAAGGUAGCAACAGUAACCUUUAGUUUUCCCCUUCACUGGUUCAGAUGGAGUGGGUGUACAUGGAAAACAUAACCAGGCGGCAAAACAUAGUGUAGAUGGUAGUAGACUUUAUGGGUUGCCACUUUCAGUCUAUUCAUAAUAUAUACAUAUUGCAAAGCAUAAAUAUAAUACCAUCCAAGUAACAAUAAAGAUUCAUAAUUGUGUACAUAUUGGGAGGGGGGGGGGAAGGGAAGGAAAGGUACAUGUAGUUUAUGCCCUUAGAUGCCCGUGCAACCUUGUGUACAUAGGGAGAACCAAACGUCCCCUCCACACUAGAAUAGAGAAUAAACCAAUUGUGUAAUACAAAAUUGCACUAUCGCGUAUUUCUCUGUCUUUUAUUUUUCCGGUUACAUAUGAGAAACUCCCUAUAUUGUAUGGGUAAGCCUUUUGCCUAGCGCUGCACUAUUCCACUGUGUGUAUAUUAAGGGGAUUAUUGUCUAAACUUAGUUUUCACACAAAGUGGUGUCUGUAUAUAUAUAUAUAUGUUUUUUCUUGGUUAAUAGGAGGACCCUAAGAGUUCUAUAGCUGCUGAAAGGUAACUAGACAUUAUUUUGCAACUAUUAAGUGCCUUAGUUCACACGUGCUAGAAAAACCUUGUUUAUUUCUUUCUAUGUUUUGUUCUUCUCUGAACCCUCUCUAAGGUAUCAAUAUCCUUCUGAAGAUACGGUCUCCAGUACUGUGUACAAUACUCCAAGUGAGGUCUCACUGGUGUUGUUUACAAUGGCAGGAGCACCUCCCUCUUUCUACUGCUAAUACCUCUCCCUAUACAACCAAGCAUUCUGCUAGCAUUUCCUGCUGCUCUAUUACAUUGUCUGCCUAGCAUUGUCAUCUUACCAACCUUGGAUUAAUGAAAGGCUGGCUUGAAUUUACAGAGAAUUAAACUUGUGACUAUAAGAGGUAUAUACCAGAGGCCUAUCCACUAAGCUAAUCUAUAUAUUCAAUUUGUCAUAAUCAAAGUUAGGUAUCAAAUUAUGAAACAUGAUUUAAAAGAAACCACCUCCGAACAAGUCCAAGUUUCACAAUAGUGCCUUAUAUUUUACAUUUUUACUCAAUACCCUAUUCACUUCCUCCCAGAGAAUAUUUAUACUUCACAAUGUGCUAGGAAAAGACGUUGAAUGUAUUAAUCCUAAAACAAGUAGUUACAUUGUGUUUGUUAUAAUGUCCGUUGCUACUAGUAGCUGACAAGCUAUAUUUGUCGACAUUUGAGAAAUAGCUUUGUUUUAACUGCAUCCAUUUAUGGACACUUAAUUAAGCUAAAUAUAGCAUGGAACUUUCGCAUACCUCUAAAAGGAAAUUAUUAUAAAUUAGUAGGUUUAAGAGCGGGGAAUAUGCAAAAUAUAUAUUUUCGCACAAAUCAUCUUAAUCUACAGAAGUGAUUUUGUAGUUGUGGGAAAUUAGGUAUUGCAUAUAGCGGCAAGUGAAAAAUGAAAAAACGAUAUAUUUUUAUUUAAUUUGCAUCGACUGACAUGCUGGAGCAUUUACAAAAAAAAAAAAAAAAUAGUUCCUAGAUGAUGAAUGACUGUCCCAAAUUGUAAUUAUUGCAAGCUUGCAUGCUGCAAUUUGGGAAUAAACAAAGAUAAUGACAGCUCUGAGCUGAGUUAUCAAUAUUAACCCCUUAAGGACACAUGACAUGUGUGACAUGUCAUGAUUCCCUUUUAUUCCAGAAGUUUGGUCCUUAAGGGGUUAACUACAUACCAGGAUUUCCCAACAUGUAAACACUCUCAGGGUGUCGUAAAAUACUGACAGAGAGCAGUCAUGAAUAAGGAGGUGUACAGUGUAGUAAACAUCACUGUAUUAUGCCAUUAAAUUAAUUAAAUGAUCCACUGCCCAGCUGCCCUAAAAUGAUAUAUAGGCCAAGGGUUACAUUUCAAAUCUAAAAUGGACAGGUUCUAAAUCUAGCUCUUUAAUGUCAACAAAUAGGAUAAAAAAUAAAUAUAAAAGACAUUUAUGUACUUGGGAAAAUCUGACAGAGACAGAAAACGAAAACAAAAAGAUGUCGACAGUUGAACAAAUCAAGUUUAUGAAAUUCACAGCAAGGGUGCAAUAGUGUGUUUAAUAUUGAAAAAUAUAUUUUGUGUUGUUUACAAAAUUUGGUUUGAUGAUUGAUAAUUAUUACAUUUAGAUACAAAACAUACCUGAAUUUAAAAGCUGGUAUCUGAAAGAGGAAUAUUCUACUGGUAUAUAAGCUGAGAAGUAUGGGGAAAAUCCUAGCAAUAUGAGGUAUUCUCAAAAUCAGGACAAAUGGAUGAAAUUAUCUUAACAUACUCGUCUUUAGCUACACCUACAAAUUAUAAUGGGCAGAAUGGGAAAUAUAUUAAUCUGAAACAUAUAUAUAUAUAUUUAUAUAUGUAUAUUAAAAAAAAUUUAAUUAAAUUUUUCCAGUGGUUAUUAAGAAGUCAGAUACUUAUAUAUAGUAAAAAAAAAGCUAUAAGUGUCCUUUAAAAGUAUUGCAUAAUUCAUAUUUGUGCACUAAGUAACGGAAAUGACGACAUGGCAAAAAUAUAACAAUUGCUAUCGUCUUCGUGACACAAAACAACACAUGUCAUGUAGAGUUGUAUUGUAGAUUUUUGUACCUAAAAAUAAUAUUAAAUAUUAUGUGUUAUGUCUGUGAAUCCAGCUUGAAUGUAGGUAAGGCUUCUAAAUUUUAGCUAUGUUACAUACCCCCCAACAUUGGCAUCUCCUGAAGCAAGACGGUGGUGGGCAGGGUAAAAUAGGUAGAGCGGUGAUGCGAAUCUUGUCACUGGUGUCACCCAAAGGGUGUUUGCCCAGAAAAGGUAGUGGACCCCCAAAGGUUUUGUAGGUCAGCGUGGCAUCAAUGCAUGCCAUGGAGGGGUAGGUGGAAUAUCAGUACUUGCAAUUGUAGUAUGUGGAUGCUGAAACUUCCCAAAAACCAGAGCCUCUUCUUUUCUGGUGGUACGAUGGAUGUAGGUAGUCGGAUCAGGGAGCAGCGCCUGUGAAGGAAUUCCCACGCUCAGAGCGAUAUGGAGGAGGGAAGGAAAAAGACAAGGAUAUAGUGCAGUAUAUUGAGAUCUUAAGUGAUGGUAAAUGAAGGGAAAGGAAUUGCACUUACAAUUUUUUGGAGCCUAUACUCAUACAUACUGAUAUACAUACAUACAGACAUACACACACACAUACAGAUAGAUAUAUACAUACACAGAUACAUACAGACAUACAUACUGACAUACACACAUACUGACAUACAUACAAACAUACUGAUAGAUAUAUACAUACCCACAUACAUACUGACAUACACACACAGACACAUAUACAUACUGACAUACACACAUACAUAUAGAUACAUACACACACAGACAUACACACACAGAGACAUAUUGAUUGAUAGAUAGAUAGAUAGAUAGAUAGAUACAUACACACACAGACAUAUAUACAUACAGACAUACACACACACAUAUAGAUAGAUACAUACACACACAAAGAAAUACAUGCGUACUGAUAGAUACAUACAUACUGACAUACAUACUGACAAACAGACAUAUGCAGACACAUACAUAUACACACACACACCUCAUUUAUCAGUCACACUCCUCUCCCUUACCUUUUCUUUGCAGGAGGGUGGCUGGGGAUGAUGGCUGUCUCUCUCCCCCCGCGCGGAGUAAGCUGGGAGGAAGUGACCAGCCGUCACUUCCUCCUAGCAGCACUUGCGGUGCAGCCGUAAUUUUUUUAAAGGGACUGGGUCAUGCUAUUACACUGCCGCAGCGCUGACCGGGCCCCUGAAGAUAUAGGGCCCAUCGUGUGGCCCUAAAUGCUUGGGCCACCUGAUGGGCCCUGGGGCAGAUGCACCUGCGGCAGUUUCGCCACUCCACAUGGUUGUCACCCACUGAUGGCGGCCCUGAGCACUGAUACACAUAUAUCCUAGUUCUGUCCUAACCUUUCAUUAAUCCCCAAUCCGGACUAACCCCUACUCUACCCUAACACGUAAAUUACCCAUAACUCUUAAGCCCUACACUACCAUAACCAUAACUUCAUCCUGGGGGUUCUGGAUACAUGUAUAAACCAUUUAAACUUUAGUAUCAUCAUUUAUUAUAAUAAAUUCAGAACCUUAUGAUGAUAUUAUUUUCAUAAAAUAUACCAUUCGCUGUUAUGUAUGCAGUCUCUCUCUCUCUAAAUAAAUUAAAUGUAACUAUUCAUUUAUUCCUUAAAAUAUACAUUGCUUGUUUAUGAUUUAAUGAUUCCUAGAAUAGAUCAGUCUCUAGCUCUUUCCAUGGGUCAUCUGUCUAGGUUUUUAAUAAACCAUUAUUCAUUCCUAAUCAUGUAUUUCACCGAGUGUGGGAGGAAAGGAGGUUAGCUGAGGGCAGAUAUUUUAGUAAUUAUAGAGCAUGUUUCAUAGUUUCUAUAAUAUUCCCCAAAACAGAAAAUGAACCUCAGAGGGCCGGCAAAGUAUGUAUUGUCUCAUGACCGAUGUGUUGUCCUUCAGUUUCAGGUGGAGCUAGAUCAGGAAUACCAAGACAAGUUCAAACGGCUCCCUAUGGAAAUUCAGGAGUUUGUCCAAGAGACAAUGAAAGGAAAACUUGGGGAAGAAGGAGAGCUUGGUUCUGCCACGACCAUCUUAACACCCGACAGUGCCAAGUCUCCGAAUUCAGGGAAUCACAAAAGACAGGACCAUGAUCAAGAAACAGAAGACGAAACUCCAGAGAAAGCGUUUGAUACGUCACUCUAA